CCGUUCUCUCGACAGUGCGCGUGCUCCACGCCGACCGGGUAUUCCGUGGUAAUAUCUGUGUGGUUGUUGUCGUGGUCGCGUCGUCCGUCGGUGUCGUGUUCGGUUUUCGUUUUCCGCGAUCGGUGCGCCAGUAGUACGGUCGGUACGACGUCGCGCGCGCGCUCCUCCGUUUUUUUACCGGUUUCUCCUGUACGCGGCCGCGGCGCCCGUCGCGUCUGUUCCCCGGAAUAUCGAAAUAUCAACCGAACGCAAUUAAUAAUUAAUAUUGUACAUCGAGUACAUCCCGUGCGACGACGAUAACGCCGACAUCCGCCCGACGAUAUCAACGCAAACGUUUACUCGAUUAAUGCUAUUACAAUUAUUAUGUGAAAAUCCGAAAAGUCCGUCGCGUUCAGCCCCGUGCCGUCAAGUUUUCCGCGCGUACAGUGCUCUACGAUUCAGUACGCGUUUCCGUCGGAUUUCGCCCCGCAGCCGCGUGUUUAUUAUUAACGGAUUAUUGUCACACGGCAGCCGCCGUCAUGUUCCCGUGUUGAAGGUAGGUAAGAUCGCAUUUCCGCCGACAGAAAUACAUAUAGUAUUCUUAUUGUCAAAACGUUAACGGGCACUCAAUGUCCGCCGGCCCGUCCGUUUUUUAUCGACGGCUCGCCCGCCGGACGGACGAAAAUACCUACGCGAACGUAGGGCAAAGAAAACAAAAUAAUAAUAAACUCCCGCGUAAAACCGUUAUCGGAUCGUUUUGUUUUUGUCUUUACUUCGACCCACUACGUCCGUACGCCCGGAUGUUUAGUUAUUUUAUUGCAAUAUAUAAUCGCAAUAAUCGCGAACGACGCGGCCCGAUCGUAUCAUUAGAAUGUCACGUGUGCCCGAGUGUUUUUUUUUUUUUUUUAUAUACCCUUGGCUCUCCGCGGUCAGAGAACCCCGGCCGAUUAGAAACCUGACGACGUAUUUCGUACGUUCCUCGAAGCUCCGUUAUUCAUAAAAAAAAAAAACCCCUCGGAAUCUCGAGCUGCGCCGUUGUCAUUCCGAGUGUAAACUGCAGCGGGACGGGGUUGACGUUUAAACAAAAAUUACCGCGCCCGGAACCCAUGUGCUUUCCUGGGAUAACCCUCCCCCCUCCGCCCUAAAUUAGUACACCCGUUCGUUCUAAUGUUAAUUGCCGUCGAUCGGACGGCCCGCCGUCGGCGGGUGAAGAGUACGUACGUCGUACGUCUCGUCGACGACCAACAUUACUCGUAUUGCUUAUUACGAUCUCAGAAAGCCCGGAAAAGUACGUUAUCAACACCUGUAUACACGCAUUGUUAUUGCGCUCGACGAGAUAACAAUAUUUAUCAUCGUCGAUGGUAGUGUUGUGAUUUCGCACGGUCCGCGGCGUCUCGAUACGGCGUUACAGUGUUGUGUUCGGGUCGUCGCCGGUAAACUGGUCCGUUCGAUUGUCGAAAUCGUUAUCGAUUCGACAAUAAUAGUGUGCGUGUAGGUACAUGGCCGGGGCAGGCAUGCUUACCUAAAACGCGCGUGCUUGCAUUAUAAACCGUAUCGUGCCUAAUAAACCCACUUUACAACCGGUCCCUGGCCAAUCGAUUUCUAAUAUCCGAAAUUUCUUACUCCGCGAAGCGACGGCGAUGGUCGGGUCGGAUCGGAGAGUUUUCCUCUGCGACGGGGAAAAAAACCGGAUGCGUUCAACGCCGUGGCAUUUUUGAAUUCAUUCUGAAAAAAAAUAAAUAAAAUCAGCAAUAUCGUCGUGUUCAGUCUUAAUGUUUAUGACAUUAGUUAUUGUUUUCCGCGUCGCACUUUCGCCCCGCGCGAUAACAAGGUUAACGGUUUAACCGAAAUCCGAACGCUAUCGGUUUUUUUUCCCCUGUGAAAACGAAUUAAGUGUACACAUAACCAAACGUCCGUGUAUACCCAAUAUUAUUAACGAUACAGUUCGCAUGAAACAAAAUAAAACCGAAAAAAAAACGUAAACUGCGCGAGAGUUGGCGUUAUCGGUCGUACUUUUGUAGAAUUACUAAUUAAAUAUUGUCCCGAACAAAUUAAUUGGAUAUUACGAUCGAAAAGUUGUGUAAAGGAGAAUGAGGGGGGCGGGGCCGGGGUUAAGGGCAAACGUGCCCGCGUGUCGGCUCGAGACUUAUUAUUUCGCUUUCCGAUUCUUCCGAUUCGAUCACCGGUAACGUUAUGUUUUCCGAGGUUUAUCGAAAAUUUGCCGUUGCAAACGACAUUUUGGAAAUGAAUCGUUUUCCAAUCGCGUGGGCGUGCUGCAGGUCUGCAGAGCGCCCCGCGAGAAACAUCAACGCGUGGCCAAACGGCGUCCAGCGUGUCUCGGUCGCGUUACGAAAAAAUCGCAAAAUUCAAUUAUUUUUCCGGCCGUUCGAUCGCGUACCUGCGCAGAAUUUAUAAUUUUUCGAAAUCUCGGUCCCCAGCAGUUUUCAUUGCGUUAUAUUUCCAGUCGAUUUCAAUUGCCGGCGUAUGGCUGGAUUACCUCUACCUACAUUAUAUACCCACUGUUUGCAUUUUUAACAAACGAUAUUAGCGAUGCGAUAAUAAUAAUCGGCGCAAUAUCGUUUAACGAUAAUAUUCCCGGCCGACAUGACUAUUAUAAGUAAUCGUGAUACCUCCGGGCGAGAUACCUCUUAGAUAAUCGCCGAUAAUCAAUAUUAUCAGGUAGACAUACCCACAUCCGUGUAUUACAUUAUUGAAAUACUGUUGUUUAUGCCGAGUAUUCGCGGCGAAUAUGUAUGUCUUGGUGCCCGGUAAUUUUCCUAAAAACGGUGAGUCAGAACGUUGGUGGAAAUCCGCAAAGCGAACCGAACGGAGAAUAAUUUCCCAGCAGGUAGUUUUGCAAAACGCGUCUAAGAAUCGAUAUGAAUAUCGGCACAUUUCCCGGUGUGAUAAUUUCUCCUUAAAACGUUUUUUUCCUCUGACCCGCCCGACCCGGUUUUGCAUUACAAAUCGAGAAUUAUUUCCGACGAGUUCCGACCCGAGCUCGCCAAGUGAGCGAACGGAGGCGGCCCGAAGUGCUCAAACGAAGCGAUAUCGGAAUACUUAAAGGUUAUGUUUUAAGACGCUUUUCUCUCGUCAGACGUACGGCGGAAGAACUGCAGACCUCGGCAAUUUUUAUUUUUUUCCAUAUCAUUCUUUGAUUUCUAUUUUUCCGCGAUACACUCUGUUGGUUUUAUUUUCCGGAUUCCAACAUUCCGGCGGUUUAUUUUCCGUCACGUUGUAUACGCGCCUUAAAUACGUCUUAAAAUUUAUCGCGUUUACUAGUUUACUAAAUAAAUUUAGCACAAUACCGUCCGUUCUAAAUUCGUUUAUUCCGUGACGCAUUUCGCAGUCGAGUGCCCGAGUCUUAUAAUAUAGUAGUAUUGUGCAAAUAAGAUACGCAUAGCAGCAUAGCAUUAAAACCGUACAAGUACAGAUAAUAUUUAAUUAAAAUAUUAAACGACCGAGUAGGUGCCAACCUAUAUUCGUAUUUUAUAAACAUUUGCGAUAAAAACGAAGGUUCGAUCAAGAGUUAUAAAUUAUAAACAACCAGUAGAUUAUAAAAUAUUAUAUUCUGUUUGUUUUUUUUUUUUUUUUUUUUGAUUUAAAGCCGAAUUGUAGUUGAAUAUGUUUUUUAGACUAUCCAUACGAUGUAGGAACACUGCCGUUUCGGUGGCACGGUGGUCAUUGUAGUCGUUGUGAACUUGUGACGAAUACAUUUUCAAAUAGCCGACGACGUUCGAAUGACGUACGUUCAACGUCUCGGUCGUCGUUAAUUAUUAAAAUCUGGAUUUGAUUUUUUUUUUCUAUUUAUUUAGAUUUAGAUUUAGUGUAUAGUAUAUAUAGCCGGUAUAUUAUUGUAAAAGUGUUCGUGUUCCGACGCGAAAUCUGGAGUAGGUAUAAUAUUUGUAUUCAAUAUUCAGUACGCGAGAUAGAUCGCGGAGAUAAACAUAUUACAUAGGUAUCUAUAAUAUAUUAAGUAACGGGAUUUUGCAAAGUCGCCGCGAGCACGGUGUUUUACUCUGGCCGCUAACCGAUAUCGGGUAUUGAUAACUCUUGGUUCGUUAUAUUGUAUAGAAAAAAAAAAAGAAAAAAAAACUAGUAAAACAUUUUGCAGAUUUUAUAUGUUUCAAAACCGAAUACGAGCUUUUUUUCCCCGAGAUUUCAUUUCUUUUUACAGCGGGGCCGAAUUCCCGUGGAUUUUCUUUUAUUAUUAUUAUUAUUUCUGGUUCUGUCCGAUACAAUAUUACGUCCAACUGUACACGAGACAAUAAUAAUUGAAUAUAGAUAACGUAAAUAAUAAUAUUAUAACGACAUCCUCAAACAGGAUAACCUACAACAACUAAUAUAUAUAUAUAUAUAUACGUAUUAUCAAAAACCCUAAAAAAACAAAAAUAAUAAUAUGAAUAUUACUAACAGAUACCUAUCUUUGUAUACGUUCACAAUACGCGGUAGGUUUAUACGCAAAAAUAUCCAAUAAUAAAGCCGCGACAUUGCGAAAUUGCAAAAAUUACAUAUUGCUGUUAUUAUAUUGAUAGGACGUAUUAAUAAUAUAGAAUUAUACCGAUAGACUAUCUCUUUAUAAUAUAUAGGUACCCACAUAAAUUAUAAAAUAUGCGCUUAUAGGAUAUUAUGAAUUGUAGGUAUAUAUAGCAGUAGGUACCUAUACCAUACCUAUACAUGCAUUAUCGGAUAUGUUAUUAUCAAUAUCGUACGGGUUUAUUUAAUAUUAUUAUUGGUCUUUUAUGUACGUGUAAUUUUAUGUUCGUUUGUGCACUUCGCGUAUACAAUAAUAUUGGGUGUAUAAUAAUAAUAAUAUUACCCGGUGAGCACAGGAGCUAAACGUGUUGCUUAACAAUUUAUAACAGCCCAGGGUCCGGCUGGACUAAUUAUCGCACUUUAAUAAAAUCAACAAAAAAAAACUAGUAAGAUGCGUUUUUUAAUAAACUACAGAAAUGAACGAAACCAAUAAAGCACUUUUAAAUUUAACCGUUUAAGCCCGGCAACGAUCGACACGACCAUAUGAGUAAACAGGAUGACACAAACAAAGGAAUAAGAAUCGUAUAAUAGAAUACGAAGGAGAAAUUACGUAAAAAUCAUAGAAAGGGGGGGGGGGUCAUUUCGGGAUCAGUUAGUAACUUACAAACCUCGUUACAAACAUUUCGAAAAUAUAUAAAAAAAAAAAGUAAAUAUAAGCAAACUAUGAAAAUCAGGUACGAAAUAGCUUAAAAUAUCAAAAUUGAUUUGAAUUAAUACAAUAACAACUUAUAGUAUAAUAAGUUGAUAAAAAUUAAAAGUAUUUCGUUCAGUAAUUUCGAGCGGAAAAAAAAACGAACGUUGUUCGGCCCUCGGUGACUCGAACGCCUAAUGAAUUUGUUUAUAAAAUUUUCUUCGAGAAACGAUUGUUCUAACCGAAUUAAUUCGUAUAUAUUUUCAAAAAAAAAAAAACAAUAAUAAAAAACGGCCUUGGUUAUCAUUAAUAUAAUUAUAACCAUUAUCUGCGGUGGCUUAGUGUAAUACACAAUAAAUAAAACUAAUAACCGUUUAUAAUCACCCACGCUCGUCGCCCCGCGAAAUAUAAAAAAAUAUGGGUACCUACUUAAUAAUUGUAUAACCCAGGCUGUAACCUAAAUGUUGACUUAAAAACUUUUGCAUAACGAUAAAGUAAUAUAAUACACUAGAGUUUACGAUUUUCAAAUUCUUCAGAAUCUAAACGCAGCGAUGGACAUUAUUGUCUAUACGUACAAAUAAUAUAAUAUCAACGGUGUUUCUUUAAAAGGGCGUCUAUCAAAUUUCACUUUUUUUUCAAGAAGCAAAGAAAACAGCAAAAUAGUUUCUAAUGAUGUUUAUCGUGGAAAACAAUAAAAUUACUCGUACUGCACAAAGUAUACGUACUACAUGCAUUGAAUGGGGUAACGCCCUUUUAACAAAUCGGCGUUGAUUUAAUUAUAUUUUAAAAGAGCGCCUGGAUAUCUUUCAGUCAGCAUUACCAACCUAAUUUUGAAAUAUACCCUUUUAUCGGUUUAUGCUCCUAAUUUUUACGAUUUUUCGGUACCAAAAACGUAUUUUUCGAUUUUUAGUAGUAUAAUACGCCUUUUUAACAAAACACCCCACCGAUACUUUAACCUCGUAAAAAAUGUAUAUUAAAAGUGCCCCGAGUAACCCACCUAUAUAAUUAGGGAAGAAAAUCGAUACACGUGCGGUUCAUCGGUCUUAUAUACCCAGUCUUAUAUUAUAAUAUGCCACUAAAUUUUAUUUGAAAAAACGAUAUUUAAAAAAUAACUAUCGAGACGAAAACGAUUAACAUAAAAUGUGCACGGCCAGCCGGCCUCCUGCGGUGGUAAACGAUUUUAAUCGAUUGAUAGUUUUCGGGAAAAAAUUCACUACAGCUGCGAAACAUUCCGUCUUAUGUAGACUCGAAAGCAUCUGUUUUCGAGUAUCCGUGCGUAGGACGGCAUUAUAAUACGAGUUUAUUCUAUCAAAUGAUCGUCAUUUUUAUAGGUACCCGUUUAUUUAUUUUAACAAUAUAUUUAUUUAACGGGCGAGGCCCUUUUUACACCAUGUGCGUAAAAGUGCAAUUGAUAAAGUGUUGAACGACUCCGAGGUUUUGUAUUACUGCAUGCAUAUUGCAUACCCACCUAAAACAGUUUUCGUAUUUUUCAAAAACUCUCCGCCGAAAGUGAAAAUUAAAUAAGUUGGUGAAAUAACAUAUUAUACAGGCGAGGUGAACUCGGAUACUUGAAUUCACUUAUUACGGCCUACAUUUAUAGUGGUUAUAACGAGCACGCAAAGGACGUCCGCUUUCCCCUACCUCUAAUAUUUUUUUUACCCCUCCUUUUUUUCAAUCUCAAUAUACUGUUACGCUGCCGUACUACGGCCGCGAAUACCGUUAAUUUUUCAUUGUAUAAAAUUAAUUAACAAUUGUUAAAUGAAUUCCGAAUAAGUUCUAAUAAACGUAACAACAUAUACUACGCCUGCUAUAGUUUGUAAAAAGCAACUAUAGACAAUUUGCUUCGGUCGCUCGGCCGGUGCAGGCCUAUCAAGAACACCGGAUUAUUGCCUUUUCGCUCUACGUGAGGUUAGGUUGGCAUUACAGUAGUUACGGUGUUGGUUCAUUGAGUUAAUAUAGGCAUGAUUAUAAUUUCCCGAUUUUCAUUCCGAUCAAAUUAAUCAUUUCUUUUAUUUUAUUUUUUUUUUUUUUUUACGAUUUCAACGAGAGUACCAAUAUAUAAACGUAUUAAACUAUAGGCAUUGUUUUUCGGUAAUAAUGGUAAAUAUAUGGUAUAGUAUACUGGUAGGUGACGAUGGAAAGUGUGAACAAGACGUGGCUAGAGAUUGCAGACGGAGUUCUCUAAAUAAUUUAUAGUUAAAAUCCAAAACAAUAACGUACAAAAUCACUGCAGGAGAGCGUAAGACAAAAUAAUAUGUCCAACACCCGAAAUUAAGUCAGGUCAGGUUAGGUUAGUUGUCAACUGUCCGUGACCGUACAUAAUUUUUUUUUCUCCGAUAAACGUACACUGAACUUCAAUCAGAACCAUAACAUGUUCAACGUAAAUCGCAAAUUUCGUUAUAACUAUGGAUGUUUUUUUUUUUAUCUCGUCAUUAUUUAGUAUAUUCACUAAUUUCUACUCUCUAUACCUGUUAUCGUUAAGGUUCAUUAAACUGAUAUUAUUUUUGAACUGCUUACGCCAUAAUGUGUUCACUAAAUAGGCAUUAUUGAUAAAACAAAAUGUAUAUAUAUAAUUAUACGAUUAAAAUGAACAUUAUACCUUGUAAGUAUAUCUAUAGAAUAUUUGUUUUCUAAUAGUUAUUUUAAAUAUAGCGUUUGUUGUCUCCGUCUUACAAACAGCAAGACGUGCUGUCGGUUUUAAUAUCAGAGUGAAUAUUAGCCUAUAAUCAAAGGAAUAGAACAAUAUUCUGUUUUGGGAUUUUUUUUUUUUUUUAAAUUUUUGUAAUCUAAAGAUAAAUACCGAAAAACCAAUACGUUUGAUAACAAACCACUCUGGAUGAUUAAAACUAAAAUCGCAAAACGGGUUCCGCCGAACGAAAAUUCGCUGUGUCGUGCGUUCGUAAAAGACGCAGAGCCAACAAACGCACGUGGUACGCGUCCUCUUGAAUCGAACAAUAAUUUUUUGUCCUUGCGUCGAAUAACGUCGAAUCGAUUCCGGAUUUGUCGAUGACCCAAAUGAAUAAUAAUAUGUUAUAUUAUUAAAACGAGAUUAUGACGACGACGCGGUGUUGCAUAAUGAAAAAAAAAGUGCACCUUGAAUUCGUUUUUUUUUAAAUUUUAUAUACCUACCUAUUCUGAAAUAUAGAGAAACCUUGAAAACAGGUCGAAGAAGACGAAUAUUCUCUAUUGUGUUUAUAUACACUCUCGUAUCUAUAUAGCUGCGAAAAUAUUUUAAACAGUGUAUGUUUUUUUUUUAUUAUUAUUAUUUUUGUCUAUUAAAAAACGAACACUGCAGCAGUGUGUGUGUGUGUGUGUGUGUGUGUGUGUGUGUGUGAUGGAUAGUAUAAUAAUAAUAAUAAUAUAUACACUACCUAUAUCAGCCAACAACAAUAGUGUUCAUUCACCUUGUGCCCAAAGCGCGCGUGUGUCAAUGAAUAAUAAUGUGAUAUAGUACUGAUACCCUAUGACGACGAUAAUAAUAACAAUAAUAAACCCGAAGUCGUCUGAAGCGGCCGAAAAAAAGAAAAAGUAAAAAUAGGAAUCGGCUGUAAACUAGGUAUAACUAUAGAUAAUAUACCUGUACACCGUACAAUAUCGUUUAUAGACUCGCGGAUCUCAAAGGCGUACGGACACGUUUAUGUCUAUAAAUCGGGUAUACCUGCAGCCUACUGCACACCGUAGUGGUUUACUAUUUUUUUUUUUUUCGUUUGUAUCUAUUACAUAUAUAUAUAAUAAUGUGUAUAACACGAAAGGAUAUCCGGAAACCGUCGGCCUCUUUAUGCGCGCGCGGACAGACGCCGAUAAUACAAAAUAUUAUAUACUAUACGGGCAUCGUAUACGGUUAGUCAUCGUUCGGCGGCCGCCGCCGCGAUGCGCAUUACCAGACGUGUAUUUUUAUACUCGCGGAACAACUUCUCCGUCCGACAAUGACGUUCUAAAAAUUCCGUAUCGGGUGCGCGGUAAAACCAUCUACGGGGAACGACGACGUCAGCUGCCACGGGUAUGUACCGACGACGGCAUCUAUGCGGCUUCCGGGAAGUAUUCUCGGCCGUGUGCGCAGUAGAACUUCAAAAUACGAUACACGUGUGUAUUGUACAGUUAUUGGCGGCAUAAUAUUUUACGUUACGAAUUAGUACAACGCGCUAGAAAAAAAAAAAAAAGGUUUGAUUCGAUUCUGACGAAUUUAAUCUUCACUAGGGGAUUGUGCAGUUAUCGAAAAAAAAAGAAAUGCGGUAUUUAGACGAGACAGGCCGGACGAAACCGUAUUGGAUUGUUCGGGCUUAACGAAAUUUUAAUUUUUUAAAACGGAUUUGAGUUGGAUAUAACAAGUUUAAAAUAAUUAUAGGUUUAGACGGAGGCGAUUUCAAAUAUUCCGAAAACUGUAUGUGUUACGGAUGAAGAAUAAUGUAAUAUAUGAUAAUAGAAAAAUAUUCAUUUUUGUAUUUUUGUUCAUCGAUAUCACAGCUGAGAAAAAAACAAGAUAUUUAUAGAUAUUCCGCCAUAAUCUAUACUAUAGUAUACGUGUUACUUAAUCGAAUUCCGUUUACAAAAUUGAAAUCUUUCAAAUCCAAUUGUUCUUAAAUUUUUUGCCGAUUUUUCGAUCUAAAAUGUCACAUUCGUCCGCCAAAAUGACUGCAGUAUUUUUUCUCCUAAAAUGAGUGUUGGGCAGUAGAUAGGUCUAAUGGCAUUUAGGUGGUAAUUAAAAUGUAAACAGUAAUUGUUGACAUAUUACAAAAUUGGAGACAAUUUUGUUAACUGAUUCCCAAUCUCAUUAAGAGGGGGGGAUAUCUAAUUUUUUUUUUUUGGCAAAUACUAAUAAAUGAUUAGUUAGUAUACAUUUAUACUCAAAGUUAACACUAGGUGUAUGAUAGAUAGAAAAAAAUGUUUAGCCAAUAAAAACAAUUGUACAUUUUGAGUUCCUUAUUUCGACCGACAUUCUAGUCGCUCAGUGGUCUGCGACAUUUUUGGACUCUCGGGCUACGUUCAAAAAAGUUCUGCAGGCUGGGUCGGAAAACAAAAUACGAAUUUAACAUUCAUUGUUUAAAAUAUCGUUCAAUUAGUAAUACAUUUUCUAGCUAUGUAUAUGUUACAAAUUUUCGAAAACGAUGGAGGAAGUUUAGCAAAAGUACAUAAAGGUGCGAUUGUUUGAAGAAACUAGACUCUAGCUGAAUUUCGCUUAAAUUAGUUAGUAUAACCACUAAGUAGGUCACUUAAAGUUAAUAUUAGUACUAAAUUUAUGGUAAAAUCAAAAAAUAUUCUUUUAAGUUAUUGCCGUUUAAAGUUUACCCCCUUUUUUAUUCAAUAUCCGGUUUUACAAAAAAACACUAUGAUGUCACUAAAAUUGAAAGCAAUUUAAUUCGUAUAUUCGUUUAUGAAGAAAACCUAAUAUCUAAUUAAAUUUUCGAUAUAAUUAUCGCUUCUGUAAUAAUUAAUGUAGUGUUCUGAUUCGGUAUACGGAUAUGCGAUUUUAAUUAAUUUCUACUACAUAUCACAUAAAUUAAAUCGUUUUGCUACUAAAAAAAAAAAAUAAAUAAAUAAGAUUGACUAAAUCUUCUUUUUUCUUUUUUCUAAUUUAUGUAUGAGAAAUUAGUAUUUUCCUACAACAGUGCUAUUGUAUGUAUAAUACACAAAUAUAAUGACUAGUCAAAACAUAUUUGUUCCGUUAACAUUUAACUGUAAUUUUACUACCUACGCUAAUAUUAUAACACAUUAUAUUGUAAUUUCAAAAUGAAUACAAUUUGCAAACCUACCAUAGACUCGAUGGCCUGUAAUCUCUCUGUGUACACUUACCUACUUACUAAGUUCAAAACCGGAAAUAACCGGGGAAUUUAAAAACGGAGUUACACGAGUAGGUAUAUAAGCGUAUAAUGUUUGCAAUUUAACAAUGAUGAACGAUCGUGAUAAACUCGAUACGUAUCUCGAAUAAAUUGCUGUCCGCGAACGAGGAAAAAACUCGAAAAAGUACCUGUGCACCGUAUUAAUAUUAUCGUAAUAAUUCUCAAGAUAUCGAAUCAAAUUUAACUGUACGGACUUGGAUAUAAUAGAGUUAAACGAAAAUGUCGCGUUUCUCGUCCGCGACAAAAUGUUAUUAGGAAAUCCGAAUAUUGACAACGCGUCUGUAGGUAUCCAUUUUAAUAUUCGUCGUUAAUAAGAUGUGCAUAAAUAAUGAACACCUUUACCCAAACAAUAUCCGAGAAUAUCGUAACAAGAGGCGACACUCUGCGGCAGAUCGGUGGGCGUUCGUUAACAGAUAAAAACGUGCGUAUAAUUACACAAUAAUAGGCGUUGAUUGUUGCGCUGUGUUAUAAGUGACGAAGAAAAUCAUAAUUAUUUUAAUUUUUUUUUUUAGAUUCUAAGUGUAGCGAAGAAGCUAUUGAGUUUUACUGAGAUGUGAUUUUUUUCGAUUAGUAAUGACGCUUCGAUUUUUUCCCGUACAGAAGAACCUCAAAAAGAUGCACGUAUUUUUCAUCCUGCUGACAUAUAUAUAUUAUUUAAAAACAUUUUAUAGGUUUAAAAAAAUUUAAAAGCCCACAACAAAUAACAAUACAUCGGUAUAAUUUUUGUUGAUUUCCGGGUCGCCUUGUUAUUAAAGCUCAUACUAUUACAAUAUAGCCCGAACAGUUUGCCGAGCUCCGCGCGGAAUUGUUUUCUGAUUGCAGUGAUUUAUCGUUUCUUGCAGUCUAUUAAUUAGGUUGCUAAUAAUACAUGUUAUACUCUUAUAUAUAGUAGUGCUGAGCUCAAGUUUGAUCAAUCUGGAUUUCGGAUUGAGAAAUAUAUAUAUAUAAAGGAUUCGGUUUAAUCCGGAUUAACGGAUUCUAGUGUAAUAGUUAAUAUAUAUAUAUAAUAAUUAUCCUAUAAAACUAAAAAUAAAUAAAACUAAGCUAAACAAAACAGUGCAGACAAACUAUGAAAAAUAUUUCAUUCAAUGUCAAUGGUACCAGAUAUUUAUCAAAUAUGUCAGCAAUCGUCGUUCAUCCGUCCGGAAUAAUCCGGUAAUCCAGAUUAAUCCAACCAUCCGAAUUAGUAAUUUUAAUCGGGGUUGAUUAUUGUAAUCCGGAUUAUACGGAUUGAUACCAUUUUUCCAUUAUGUAUUUUGUAUUUGACCAGAUUGAUCCGGAUUAUAGUAUACAUAGUUAUAGACGAAUUUCAAUUUCGACAAAUUAGCAUCGGAUGAGCACCUGCUCGCAAGUGCAACCGCAACAGGAACAUUCGAAAUUAUUGUAAUCGCCCGUAAAAAUACUAAUUUUUUUCCCGUCUGUGUAUGUAUUUUGUAUAUAUAUAAAUAUACCGACAAUGACGUAUCCGAUGGCAGAACGACAGAACGCCACGGAAUAAUAAUAGGUAAUAAUAUUAUAAUAUUCAAAAUGCAUGAUAAUAUGAUAUAUUUAGUAUACAGGUAUAAUAUUGAGAUUUGUGUCGGGCGAGUUUUUUUUUUUUUUUUUUUUUUUUCAACACGUGCGUAUAGUUGCAUGCAUGUAUAUAUGUGCAUCGGCAGUCGGGUUCGGUGCACUUUUUGACGUGGUUUUAAUAAUAUCGUACGAGCCUAGGUACCUAUAGUAUAAUGUGUAUAUGCAUCACAGACGGGUACACAGAAGGAGAAAACGAUUUUUUUUUUUCUACCCUCCGCGUCUCUCUGAAUUGCGCGCACGUUUCGUUACCGCAUAAUUAAAAGAGGAUGCGUAUUCCCGGGCGGGAGAAAGAAAUCAAUAUUAAAAAAAAACCACGGUGAAAAUAAAAAAUAAAAAUAAAUUUAUUAUUAUAAUGUUAACCAUUCCGCGUAACACACCGAAACGGUCAGUGGGGACCGAGAGUAUAGGGACGGCAGCACGCGAUGUGUUUGCUAUAUUUUAUAUAUAUUUUUUGUACUUUUUUUUUGCGGUGUUGACGACCUUCCGCCAUCGUCGUCGUUUAGGUUUAUUUUUAUUUUAUUUUUUAUUUUUCGUCCACCGUCAGUCGCGCUCCGUUAACAGCGGCCCGGCGGUCGUUCGCAUUUUCUUAUUAAUAUAAUAGAUAUAUAUUUUUUUUUUUCGUCUCCGUCCGCGUCGUCGCACUUAUACGGUCCGUUUGUUUUUCGGACAAGUCCGGAUUAUAUAAAAAUUCGAUAUACCGCGUAUAUACAUAUUAUCAUUAUUGUUAUUAUUAUUAUUAUUAUUGCUGUAUCGGUUGUGUUUCGUAUUAUUAUUAUCGCAUCUGCGGCGAUGCAGUCGUGCCGGCGGAACGUCGGACGGACACGGGUGACGCGAUGACACGGACACGAUCGCAUUUUGAAGAGAUUUUCGUUAUCGUUAUUAUUGUUUUAUUACCUAGGUGUUAUCCGUAAAAAUACGUAUUUUACAGUCGCGGAUGCGUCCGCGUAAUAUCGCAAAAAGCGUUGUAUGCCGUGGCGUUAUUUCCCCGUCCUUAUUAUAACUGCAAAUUGAAUAAUAUUUAUACGCCGAAAACAAUAUAGGUAUUUAUUAUAUUGUUAUGACCGCGCGUUUUAUAAUAAUCGACUGUGCAUUGUAAGACGUACACAGGUACUUUCGCGAGGAUAUUUAAUACAAAAAAACAAAAAUCGAUAACACAAGUAACCAUCACUAUAGGCGCACUAGCACAAUGAAGUGAAGAAAAAAAAAAUAGUCAUCAUUACAUUAUUAUUAUGCGUAAUGCAGGUACCUGUUCGUGUACGUCCAGAAAUUUAAUAUUGAAUAUCCGGGAUUUCUAUUUUUUUUUUUUUUUCGGAUUUUGAAUAGAACGAGGAACCUAUUAGCUUAGCCGUACGCGGUGGUUUUAAUAGAAUGUGUUUUUUCGAUUAUAAUCAUUAUGAACGCUCUAAUACGCAACAUGUUUGGGGAUCCCCACCUUUGAAAAAAAAAAAUACGAUAUUAUGAAAACCUAACCUACCUAUUGGCAGAGACGUGUUUGGGUAUUUAGCAGUCCAGGUAAGAAAAGAAAGGCCCCACCCUCAUUAUCCCAUUACAAAUUUCUUCGGCAAUAUAUAUGUAAAAACACAAUCCUUUUUGAGCCCUUCUCCUCUGGGAUCAAUGAUACAUUGUGUAUAUAUACUUACAUAUCUAACAACUAUACAGUCUAUGGAAAGCCACGGUGGGUUUAGGAUAAAUCGGGGGCGAGACGGGAAUGUAAAAACCGCCUCGGGUAAGUUACAAGAAUCGGAGGUAGAAAAUACCGAAAGAUAUUCUGUUUUUAAAAAGGAAAAAAAAUGAUUUUACAAUUAAAACACGUUUUAAUCAAGCGCUAUGUGUACGAUUCAAGAAAAUUUGAAAAUAAACACUAACCAUAAUAAGACGUGUAAAAAGUGCAUUUUAUUUUUUUUUUUACCAAGCUAUGUUAUAAUAUUUCGAUAUAAAAUUAAAUAGUGUUAUGCGAUUGGUUAGUGCUAAAGUCAACCUCACUGAAAUCGCUUCCGGUAUCAUCAGACACACAUUCCCUAUGAGCAGAAGGGAAGCUCAUCCGGGUGAAAUUAUUAAUAAAGAAAACAGUACAGGUGCUAAACACAUAGUGCUCCACCGAUACGCGUUAAAUCGAGAAAGCCGCCCCGGGUAACCGUUCCACACCUCAUACGAACAAAGUAUCGAAUGCGACCGAGGAACUUGCUUUAUGGAAAAAAGCCUGGAAAAAAUAAUUAAUUUUACAAUACAACAACACGUUUUAAUCGAACGCUAUAAUAUAAUUUCUAAACGAUCAUAAGAAAAUAAACACUAACCAUCGGGGAAGACGCGUAAAAAGUGCAGUUUUUUUCCCACGGGUACGCGCGACGGUGUUGAUAUAAUUACAAUUUAAUCUCUAUGUUUUACUACAGUGAACAAAUAAAAAACGAUUUCUCUAUACGCGAAUUUUCGAUUCAUAAAUCAAUUGUCGCGGGUACCGUACGUGCGUUUUCGCAUACAAUAUAACAGUACGUACAAUAAUAGUAUAGUAGUCGAUGUCUAUCGUAUCCAAACACAAUCUUUAGCGACGGCGGCGGCGGUACGUUUUCGUCGGACGACUCGCGCACGAUAAAAAAAAAAAAAAACGUGUAAUACCGAAUUAUGAAUUAUUAUUGCAUUUCGUACGCGCGCCGCCGGAUCAUUAUAAAUAAUUUCAACCAUCUCUUUUCGGUCUCGCAAUAUAAAAUACGUUAUCACCGGUCGAAGAGGCUGCGUAGACUACAAAGUCCGCGUGUACUACACAUGCGCGCGCGCGCGCGUACAUACACACACACACACACACACACAAUAUAGGUUCGCUCGUAUUAUAGGUAUGUUACCGAAACGACGACGACGACGGGAUAUUAUCAGGAACACACAUGUCUGAAAAAAAAAACCGGUCGAUGUGGUUGCAGGUGAGCGGUUUUAUCGGCGAUUAAUAAUUCGCUUCCUUUCACAUCUUCAUCUUGCGGAUAGGUCUUGUGCGUGUAUGUGUGUGUGUAUAUAUAUAUAUAGGUAUAUGUAUAAAGACACCCGCCUUACCUAUACACGAGUGUGUUUAGAUAGGUACGACUGUGUACUUAAAAAAUUCGCAGGAUUAUUUUUUGCCGGUGAUGGUCGAGCGUUGCGAUACAUAAUUGAAACGAAUGUCGUAACGAAAACUGCAGCGGUCGUCCUUUGAAAAACAAAACCCGAUGCCUAUAUGAUAUGUACUCGUAUUAUGAACUUUUACGCGCCCGCCGGCGAUAAAUAUUUACCUACGGCGGUGCGUUAUCGUCGAACGAAUCCUAAUUGACGAUUUGACCCAGAAAAAGAACGCAAUGUGUUUUGCGUACAAUCCUCGAAAACGGAACGACGUUUAUACACAAUAUACGUCUUGUGUUACACUAGAUUCCAGUGGCGCCGUGUACAAUGGGGGCUCCGGGGACACAGUCCCCAUCAUGAGCUUGAUAAGACGGAGCUCAGCUCCCCACGGUUCACGUGUUAUUAAAAGAAAAUCAAUAUUUUCCAUGUACGUCUUCAAAAUACUAAUUUUAUUUAUAACAAAUUAAUUGGGAAAGAUAAUUUUUUUUUUUUUUUUUUUUGAUAUCGAUAGCAAAGAAAAAGUGUAGAUUUUUGGUAAUCAACCAGAGUCUUGGUUAACAGGAGUCUGGUGUCGGGCAUUUUUUAAUUUUUGUCUUAUGAUUUUUCAUGUUGAUAAAAUACAUGAUGCAAAAUUAGGAAAUAUAUGAUAAGAUUUAAGUAAAACUAUAAAUGUUUUGUUUUUAUAAAAUAAUAAGCCCCCAUGACAUUUUCAAAACCUGGCGCCUCUGCACUAGACUGUAAUGUUUAGGGAAGAGGGACCAUAGAAAAAAAAAAUGUCUAAGAUAGAUAAUUAUUACGAUAGAAAAAUUGCAGAGACUAUAAUUUUAAUAUUGUAUUACAUACAUACAUUAAUUUAUUGAAAAGUCUUUAUUGAAUUCAAAACGUUUAAAACGAGUAAAAACAAACAAAAAAAUCGAUCGUUUGUCAUCGGUGAGAGAUGACGUAUAUUAUUAUUAUUAUUAUUAUUAUAUUAGAAAUUCGGUGCCCGGAAAUUCGGCGGUUAUAAUUCGUUAAUAAACUUCCGCAACAUCCCUGCAGAUGAUCGAUUAAUCCCGGAAGGUUAUACCGAACAGUGAACCGACCGCAACGGACCGUUUCGCCAACUAACACGCGAUAUUAUCGACAUUUAUAGACCAGUGGUUUUCAACCUGUGCGCCCCAGGGGCGUCGUGGUUUAUUAUCGACGCCUCUAUUGUAAACAUAUUGCAGUAGUACGGUAUAUUUGUCUAUUUUUAUUUUUAUUAUUAUCAUAAUUCGUGAGGGACGUGCUAAUUUGGUUUUCAAAAUCAAAAGAGCCGUGGACCCAAACAAAUUCAAAACCCUGUUUUAGAUAAUAUAUUUAAAAACGCAAACAAUUUCGGUUUCGCAAAAAAAAACCAUCUUAUAAAUGUACAACUAAAAUUAUUAUUAGUGCGUUGAAAUAUUAUUAUCUAUAUUAUCACGCAGAUAUAUUUAUAUAUAUAGGUACCUACACCUAGUUUUAUAAUUUUGAAGAUUUUUGAAAUUCCAUUCCCAUCGUAUAUUAUAUUAAGUAAAUAUAUGUAUAAGGGUGGUCUGGUUUGGGUAAUGGUGGACGCCCCGAAAAAAUUCGUUAGCUAUUCGUAAGAAAGUUACACGGGAUGUCUAAUAAACGUUUUUUUUCCAGCCUCUUAAAAAGUACCUUAACCUCGAUAAUUUCCAUUCCUAAAAGAAUAAUUUUUUUCAUCAACCAAUUAUUAUGCCAUAUGUAAACAAAAUUCAGAACCAACGAAAAAAUUAAUGUAUUUUAAAUGAGAAAUUUUACCUCGUUACAGAGGGACAUAAGGGUUGUCCUAGGAAUCUCAAUUAGGGUUCAACAGUUUUUUUUUUCAUUCGUUUAUAAUAACGUCAUGGCGCGUCAAAGAAAAAAUUCCGCCAUCGCCCAAAUAAGAACCACUCUAAUAUUAUAUUCAUAAAAGUAAACGAAUACAUUUUUUUUUUUUGCAUUUUAUACACGUACAAUUUAUCGCUACGUUGCAGUAAGUCUUGAGUAAAAUCUGCAUAUACGCAGCUGUCGUUUGAAUAUUUCCUCGGGGACCACGCAGGUACAGUAUUUUCCUGAGCAUCGUUUAGUGUUUUUAAACGUUUUAACUUCUAACUGCGCGUUAGACGAACAAUUAAUUCGUAAACGCAUAAAAAAUAAUAUCUUUUUUUUUUUUAACUAUACUAAACAUACGGACACAUUAUUACAAUAUGUGUAACCGGCAAAAUGUCGUGUUAUACAGACUCAAACAGCUUUGUCGGCAUCGCGGCUAGUGAGUGUCAUUCCGUUUUUCUCGGGGUUUUUUUUUUUUUUUUUUACAAAACGCACAUAUUAUACAUAAUAUAUUAUAAUCUCGAUACGAUUAUGUAAAUAUAUUAACCGCGUUCGUUCGUUCGUCAUGUAUAGCGAACUGUAAUAAUACGGAGAGGUACACCCGUCUUCCGCGUGUUGAAAUGUCAACGAGAUUUACGUAAUUUUCGAUCGAAAGUUUUGCUAUUCUUAUCUACGGGCAAAAUCAAAAUUUUCACUUGUGAGUUCGCCACGGCUGCGGUGGCGACGCCCAUCAAUAACAUACAAUAAUAAUAUAUAACUAUGUAAGUAUAACCUGUAUUUUUGCAGUAUCGCCCGUUCGUUUUCAACAUUUCAUCAAUAUUAUUCCGAAUCGGGAUGUUGUAUGCUCGUAUUCGAAACGCUACCCGAUUAUUGAUGUACACUAUUGGGUUGUGUUUCGACGUACCUUACCGCACAGUCAUUGACUCGCUGUAAAGUUUGAAAUUUGACCGUCCGGUAAGUACAUAAUAAUAACAUGACGGUAGAUAUGUUCAAGUUUAAAACGCCGCAGACAAACUUGUAUAUGGGUAUAUAACAUAUAAUAAAAAAACAAAACAAAAACGUUGAAUUAUACAGACUUAAUUCCGUCUAACGACAUGUACGAGUCCGUAAAUCGUUCAAAUCUAGGUAAUAUUGGAUUUUUCCCGUACGGCGUGCUUAUAAUAAUAAAACUAAAAUUUCGCAAAAAUAAGAUAAGACGAAAAAUAUACCUGCAUAAUAAUAUUUAUUAUACGGUUAGCGCCGUUGUAUUUUCACUUUAACCGAUUUCGUGCUGUUAUAGUUUUACUGUUAUAGAGUGUAUAUUGGCCUAUUAUCGAACUCGGAGGUAAAAACAUUAUACUGUCUGUGUUUGUCCGUCGGUUUUUUCUCGGUAUUUCGAUUUUUCAGCGAGAGUCGAUGAUUUUCAAAUCGUAUAAUACGUCACGUCAUAUUCGUAACUCGCUUGAGAAUCGAAAUAUCAACAAAAACAAAACCAAAUGCAAUGCAAAACGGUAUGUUGUUAUACCCUCGCGUUUGAUAAUAAGCUAUAAUGUUACGGCGUAAUACUAAAACUACCGGCACAAAAUCGGUUUUUAUACGCGACACGUACAAGUAUACAACGACAUUAACCGUAGCACUUACGCACAAUCGAUAAUUCGGUUUUACGCAUGUAUACUAUUGUCUAUAUAUAUCGUAAUCCCCUACGGAUGCAUAUCACUUUGUCGCGUAAUCCCGUAAAUCGGCGUAAUUAUACGUUAUACUUACUCGUAUCUUUUCGAUUUUUGACAGAGCCUAAGGAAAAGAAAAUAAAAAAAAUCGACGUACAGUAGCACACGUUAUGUAAUUUACGACGGCAAUAUAAUUAUUAUAAUCGCAGUCGUACUCGAGUGGUUUCGAAUAACAAUCUGAAAUGGGUUAUUGGGCGCAGUUGAUACGCGUUUACGGCCAUUAUACGGUACGUUCGCGAAGGCGCCGCGGAUCUGUGUGUCCGGAAUAUUUCGAACAGAAACAUUCGCAACGAACUUUUCAAAUUUAAACGCGUCCGCGGGAUUCCGUUCCGAAUCGUUGUCAAACUCGAUAAUUUACGUUGUGUUAAAACGCCGUGAUCGAGUGUGAAAUAAUAACGCGGGCGGUGCGAGAACUGCUGCAAGUGCUACGAGCUUGAUUCGUUUAAAAAAAUAAUAAUAAUAAUAAUAACAACAACAAUCGUCGUAUACACAAGGUAUGCAUUUACUGUUCUAACUUGACGUCGGAUUGAAAGUACGCUCUCGUUGUAACUGUUUCGCUUGUCGUCGCCUAAGCACGAGAAAUAAUAUUCGCCGCGCGCGGAAAUCUGGAAUUUUGAAUCUGAGCGGUCAGACGCGUGCGAGUCCGAAAACGCAUCGGGAAACGGAUUUCUAAUCGUCUGCGGAGACUCGAGCUCGAAUUUCGAACAUUCUUUUUCUAGUUUUCCGAUUACACGACCGAGCUCCGCUCAGAUGCGUUUUUAUUCGCGAUGAUUAAUCGCCAUUGCUUUCGGCACCCACCGCGGUGAUACUGUUAACUGUAUAAAUAAUUCGUAACGCGCUGUAACUUUCCGCCUGCGACAGUUGCACGGCCUGUGCCCGCGGACCGUGCGAAACAUGUCGCGUGCCUUUUUUCAGACUAAUUAUUAUCGUCGAGACGGCGCGUUUGAAACGCGUGUACAUUACAUCAGACAAUAAUGUUUAUUCGCAAUACACCUAUGCAUAAAUAAAAUAAUGUAUACGUUACGCGGACGAGAAUCGCAUUCGAGUGUGUGAUAUUAUCGCGUAGGUUAUAACGCACGAUAUGCGGUAAUAUUUUGUAAAUGUUAGAAGGCUUUGGAAGAAGAAAAAAAAAAAAAACGUACGGAAGUCGUUGCAUAGAAAAUAUGCAUUAUUAAUAUUAUUAUAAACUUCUGUUUCGCUAUAAUAUACCGGUAUAAUAACACAAUGUGUAUAAUGCGGCACAGUGUACAGGUAAGAGUCCCGGGAUUAACAAUAACUUUUCAAAAUCUCGAAACUCUCCCCGGCACUUUUUGACCGCGCGAUUAUAUCGUUAUGCAACGGAAAAAUACUCGCCGUGCCGACCGACAACGCUGUUGUUUAUAAAUUAUAAUCUGAAAAAAACAAUAAUAAUUAUAUUAGAGAGGUCUGACUUUUUCACGCGUGUUUUCUAACGAACGUUUUUACAGAAGAAACGGAGGCGGGGUGGGGGGUGGUGGGAAGAAAAUUAGUUUUACCGUAAUUAUAAUAUUAUAAUAGUAUUGUAAUAAUAUUGACGCCGUCGUCGUGACGUUUAGACGACGGGAAUAUAACAUUAUGCGUUCGCCUGAACCUCCGAACAAAUGUCGUUUAACCUUGAAAAGUUUUUCGUCGUUGCGUUUUUUCAAUAUGAUACUAUUAUACGUGCAUCGGUGUUGUGUCGCAUCCGUCAUCUUACAAUAUCAUGGAAAAAAAAAAUCAAAAGCGAAAUUAAUAACCGUUAAAUUACGAUUAAAUAACGCAAUAUUCGACGCGUACAAAGUUUUUAAUUUAUUUCAGCUUCCCGUUUGAAACGACUAAAUAAUAUCCGAUAUUUAUUAUAUUUCAAGGUUUUUUUUUUUUUUUUUUUAAUGUUUAAGACCGACGAGCGACGUCUAUUAGAAAACCAUAGAAUACUAUAGUUUUUUUUUUGUUUUUUUUGUAUCUUUUUAUGUAUUUUUUUUUUUUACUACAAUAAUAUCGUUUUUUAAACGAUGGCAUAUCGCCCGGAUGACUGGGCGAAACGACACUGCAGUAUAUGUAUAUAAUACAUAAUAAUAUCAUACCUGUAUACGGAAAAUGACCGGAACAAGUCGGUUCAAUAACAGAGACGGCGCGUUUUACAAUAAUAUUAUAAUGCAGUAAUAUUAUUAUUACGACGACGAAAACAUUGCAGUUUUGUCGUUCGACAAAAGAGGUCGCGUUUCGAAGUCGCGGGAUGACGUUUUACGCGUUUAGCAUACACAGUUACGCAUAAUAAUAACAGCGUACAGAUAUCGAAAUACGACACUAUACUGGCGGAGUACUCGAAAACGUCCAAUCGAAUAGAUUCGGACUUAAUUAUUUUAAUUAUUAUAAUUUUUUUUUUUUCGUAUAUUUAAGUACUCGAUAAUAUUAUGCGUUAUCAAAUUGAAUAAUACCCGGCAAGGCCAGUAUUCGUUUUAUUUAUAAUGCAGCGUGCGGUGUCGAUUGACCAUCAAUAGCGCAAGGUUAUAAUAUAUAUAUAUUAAUUCAACCGUCGUCGUCAUCAUCGCUGUCAUACUCGUAUUAUAAUAUCCGUCCACGUCGCAAAAUAUAAUAAAACAAUUAUAAUUAUUCCACAAAGUUAGCAAAGCAUAGUAAUGAAUAGAGUCGAAUAAAGCAGUUUUAGAAAUUUUCCAUCCUAAACCGUGUCUUUUAUUGUAUCGCAUACCGAACGGCGGAAAAUAGCGCAAUUACAACACCUUACAAGACGUAUAAAUUGUGGCGUUUGAAAUUCGAAAUUUAAAGAAGAGCGUAAAUUUUCGAGAGGGUAGUACGCGUUGCUUUUUAAAAGAAUAAUAUCGGCAAACGAAAAAGUUACAGCCAUUUAAAAAAAAUCGAAAACUAACACGGCUGCGACUUUUUUGCUUAACGUUAUUUUAGAAAAACAGCGACGUACUGCCCCCUCGAAAAUAUUCUCCUUUUUAAAUAUCGUUAUUUUUACUCAAACUCCAAUUUCAAAUUAAACGCUACAAUUUGUGAUUUAAGUACGGAUAUUUUCGUUGUGUUUCCCGCGUUACUUUUGUCAGACUGAGCAGUAAAUAUAAGAGCAUGAACGAACCUCCUUUUGAACGUAUCGUAAUUUCUUUUUUUUAAAAUUAGGUCAUAUUAUUACAUGACAAUCAGAUAAUUAAUAAUCUUUAUAAAAAAAAAAUACACACGCGCUCAGUCGGUCAAUUUAAGAUAGCAUGUAUUAUUUUUUUUCGAUCUCAUUGCAGUAUUCGCUUAUUAUUUAUACUUCGAUAUAUUGAUCUUAUUGGUAUUAUGAUUUUUGCGAAAAUAUUUCACGUUGUGUAAACAACGACAACAACGGCAAUGAAUUAUUCAUUUUGGGAUUCGAAAAGUUUUACUCGAUACCCGGUUUUUUUUUUUUUUUGCGCCCGCAUGAAAAUCGUAUCUUACGCGUCAUAUAACAACUUACAGAAUGAAUCACUGGAACGAAAUCGCUGUCCCGCGUCAUUCAGUUAUACAAUAAUGUUUGGCAAAACUAAACUCUCAAUGAAAAAUAUUAUCGUACGAAUUUCUAUAAAACGGAACCUCCGUAAUAACACAGAACAAUAUAGAAAUAACACUCGAUCGGCUGAUCGAUUGUUGUUCGCCUGUGAUCCGAAUUUCGAACCUUCGGAAUUACGAAUCCCGCGUACCGACCUGAUGUUUUACAACUCGCAUGGAACUCCGUUUUUCAAUGUUUUUAUCACAAACUCUACGAUUUCUUAAAAAAAAAGUAAGAUUUUUAUUAACUUAUUAUUAUAACAUCAUUUUAAAUAAAUUUUAAAAAUCGUAGUUAAAUGCGAGCUACUAGAACGUUAUUAAUGUUGCGUUUAUCAAUUAAAAGCGAAAUGAUAGGUGUGAAAUGAUAGAAAAAUAUUAAGUUAACAACGAGUGUUAUCUCUAUUCCCGCAGUCAUAUUCACCAGAGUAAAAACUGUCACAACCCUUCAUCAUUAAUGGGUCUUGGGUAGAAAAUCGGCGGAAAAUCGUAUAUCUUUAGGGUGGUAAUCGAAAUGUUAAAAAUCGUUUUUAAACGUUUCAAAACUCGGAGAAAUCAUUUGCAAAAUACGAUACCGGGCCCCGUUUAAGUUCGCGACAAAUUUUUAUCGAAACUGCAGAAGGUAUUAAUGUCAAAACUAGUGGUUUUAGAGACUCGAGGUCGCGCAUAAAAAAUGUGUAAUGUUUGAUACGGAAAAAAAGACCGAUAUUAUCAUAAAAUAUCUAUAAAUUAUAUAAUAUUAAUUUCAUGUUUUGUGUAUAUUAAUUUUCAAAAUGUAGGUAUUAUAAAUAUUCUACAUACCUAAUUAGUUUCAGAUCGCGCAGCAUAAUAAACUUUAUGAUAUUAUAAACGGCUUUUUAUCAAUUUUAUUCCGUAAUAUAAUAAUGAAUGUCCGUAUAAUACAUAAAAUAUUAUAGACGGUAGUAUAAAAUUACAAUCAAACUAGUUUUUCUAGAUCGAAUCGUAUCUGUAGCUAUGAGAAUUCCGUCAAUUCGGUUAUAGAAACGCAAAUAAAAUAUAAAUAUAUACGCUAUUAUUAUGUGCAUUGAUAAUCUACCUAACAACCUUCAACGGCCCACAGUCGUAUUAUACAUUCGUUUAAAUGAAUAAUCUCGAUAAAUAAUUAAUUUCAAAACGUUAAGUCUAAUAUUUUAAUAAUUACUUGACGUUAAGUAUAAAAACUUACACAUAAUGAAUUGUAAUUUAUUCGAUUUGUUUCAGUAAUAAUAAUUGGGCAACGUUAUAUAAUACAAUGUAUAUUGUAUGUUUUUAAUUUUUUUUUUAAACAAAAAAACGAAAAUGUAUAUUAUCGAACACUGUCCUAAUGUAAUAGUAUAAACAAUGUUCGAACGCGAAUCGAAACAAAACCCGAAUAAGAUAGCUGUGCGCAUAAUAUUGUAUUAUAAACAAAAUUGAAAAUAUCGAAAAAUCACGUUCGUCCGCGUAACAAUAUAUUAUAGUAGUGACCUAUACGUAUUGGGACGUCAAACUAUCGUUAGGUGUACAAAAAAAAAAAAAAAAAAUCGUAAGUGGUUUUUGGAAUGGAUUUUUUUUUUUUUUUUUACUAUUAUUUGUAGUAGUUAUUGUACCCUCCCUCGUAAGUCAAGGCCGGCGGAAAGCCACAAACGGUACAGGACAGCAGCCGCGGCUACUAGGUACAGGUACUACGUCGUGUCUGGGAAUCCGUGAGAUAAGAACUGGUUGUUGUGUUUGACGGAGCCACUGAAGUAGCUGGUUCGACCGAGGUAUUUUUUUGUUUUUUUUUUCUUUUUCACUCCGACGGCGGUCAUCCUUUUGUUUUUCUAUAUUAUUAUUAUAUGCUCCGCAGUCGGAAUCACGUACGAUAUACCUACAACAACAACAACAACUGUAUACACUCUCGCAGUAAUUACGGACGCAUUGUCUCGUAGGCGAUAAUACAUAAAGAAGUUUUCUGCGGCCGAGCUUGUGAAAAAAAAAAAUAAAAAAUAUCCGAUCCGAUAUCAUAUAAUGUUAUAAUGGUAUCAAAACAUGUAUUGAAAAACGCCGGCGAAGAUUAGAAGUAUAAAUAACGCGCAGAUACGGAACGAGCUGAGAAACGAGAAGGAAAUUAUUUUAGAUUCCUUUGAAUGUUAAUGUAAACAAAUUAUUUUGAUUCAAGUGUAUGAAAUACACAAGAAUAUUGUUCUUUUAAACGCAUUGAAACCGUUUACAGUUAACGGAGUUAACUUAGUGGACUGCGCCUUCUAUGCCUUCACCCGUACGAUGAAAUAAAACAACUUCGGGAUCAUCCGGGAAGUGAAAAAUAUAUUUUUCAAGAUUUUUUUCCCGUGUAUUCCGUCGAUUUAGCGAAUAUUCACAUACUUUUAUCAGUUUGUCGUAAAUAAAAUAGCUAGGUUUUACCAAAAUGUAUUAAGCAUAACGAUUCUGUAUGCACAACAUAUUAUUCCACAUAUGUUGGUAUUUUUAAGCCGUAUUUUAGAACUUUAUACAUUUUUAGAGUAGGAUUUGUCUAUUUUUAAGAUAUUUUCAACUCGAAACCGUAUAUUAUUAUCUACGUUAUUAUUUACGAUAAAUCACUGCUUUUCGGAAAAAAAAAAAAAAAAAAAAAAAAAACAAGAAAUAUCUCUUUUUUCUUCCCAGAUAUAGGUAUCCAUUUGUGUCUGAGCAUUUUUUGCUCAAGGCGCACAGUCCGCUAUCCAUACAGUUAUUGAACUACUAUUAUAUAGUUUAUUAUUUAGUAGUAUUAUAUAGUUGGCGAAAAAUCGUCGAAAUAUUUGAAAUCCUUUUCGAAUUCAAAUGUAAAUAUUUCCGAAUUGGUGUGCGUGUUUGACAAAAUUAAUACCGUGUUGAAAGGUUUUAUUGUUAUUGAAUGUUAAAAUUAUUUAAUGUGUAUAGGUAUCUAAAAUCGACUAAUUUUAUUAUUUAUUCCGAGUGUUAAUUUACGAAGACCUGUACGAUCGUGUUGAGUGGAUGUAUCUGUAUUAAAAAAAAAAAAAUAUUAUAAAACAUAUAUUUCUUUAAAUUAUAUACAAAACUAUUUGUGUUUGAUUCGCGGUGACGACAAUUGGCGAUUAUGUAAAAAAUAAAAAUAUAAUCCAAUAAACACUCCGUCCAAUUGGUCGACAGUUUUAUUAUUGUUAAAGGGAAAAGAAAAAUUAUAAUAUAUGCCGGUAAAUACGUAAAUCGUUUACAACUGGAAUAUUUGCAUUUUAUUUGUUUUCAUUAGGUAUUUACGUCAAUUACGAAUGUGUGUAUACGAUACAAAUAUGAAUGAAAAAAAAAAUAUCGUCGAUACUAAAAAUACGUUUUCCUUCGGGACGCGUCCCGUAUCCGUCGGAAACCAAGCGCAAAAUAUGCUUUCAAAUAUAUAUAGGUGCUCUCAAAUACUGCAGUCGUGCGUAGCAACUGUUUAAAUUUUAGAUAAAUAUGCGUAAUUAUAAUGUAUAGGUAAGUGUACCGUUAUAAUGUACUCGUUAAUUUAAUUGUGUUCCCAUUAACCGCCGCUGCAUCAUCAUAAUAGCUGCCAUUACAUUAUUAGCGCGGAUUCGAGACUGAUACCCGCGUGUAUAUACACGAGAAAAUAUACGAAAAUAAUUUGUCUCUUGAAAACAAAACAAAAAAUAAAAACCCUUAAUUUCGUACUUAAUUACCUAUGGAUCGUACGUUUUUCGAUAAAUACGCAUCUAUUCGGACGUGUCGUAAACGGUCUCCGUCUCUCCGCGUUUAACGUAACAAUAAUUUCGCAGCUAAACGAUCUCGACUCUCCGGUCGGGGCAAACGGACCAUAAUUAUACAAUGUACAAUAUUUUACGAAGCAGAGUAAUUAACGCGAGCCUUGCAGUCGAAUAUAGGUUCCCCCUUGCCCCCCUACGCUCAAAGAGUCGCAAUCGUUGGCGUACGAAAUACCAUAUUGUUUCGUUACUAUACCACCCGUGAGGCAGACAGCGACAUCAAAAACUGUGUGCGUUGAGGCACUUUAACGUGUAGGUUACACUUGCAAAAUAUCUGUCUGAAUCAGAGAAGUUUACCGAUAGGAUAAUGUGGGGGGAGGCGAUUUAGAAAAAUCAACAUACGACCGAAAACAGUAUGUUAUUUCAGUAGGCGCCCUCGCUAUAUUAUAAUGUACCGAUGGCAUUGUGCAUAUCUAAUUAUACUUUUUAAUACGCAAAAACAUAAUAAAUAUAAUUGGCGGCAAGGAUUUUUUUUUCUGCGUGCAACGUUGCGAGAACGGCCCUGCGCGGUCUCUGCAGCGGCGGCGAUAAUCACCAUACGGGAAUAGAUAAAAAUGCAUCGGCCAUCACGAGAUCCGAGAUUUCCGUUAUUCCUACCGCAACGGCUGCCUGUACCGUUUCGUUGUUGUGCAUGUUAUUAUUGUUAUAUUGCUAAUGUAAUGUACAAUUAUCCGCGAGAUCGUUCGGCCGUUUCGAACGUAUAAUAUAUUAUGGAAUAUAUCGUAUUUCUCCCCCUCUCCCUCUCUUUAAAGAUUCCAAUCGUAAAGAAAAACACCCUUGAGCGACUCUAUAGCCGACUAUUUUUAUCUAAUGAAAUAACAAACGCGAACGUUUCCAUUAAAACAAUCGUAAAACGCCCAACCCGGCACGGUGCGUAGUCAAAUACAAUAUGUAUAACUAUCUGCACUGUCGGUUCGUCCUUUGCUUUUAUUUGCCCGUUCCCCUCUCUCCCCCCCCUCCCGUUUUAACGUCACCUAGUUUUGUAGUACACACUAUACGCGUAUAUAUUUGUACACGGAUUGCACAUUAUCAUUAUUAUACGCUAACUAUACAUUGUUUCCUAUACAGCGUUAAUCCGUCGACAACGUCGGUAUUAUUAUUAUAAUAUAAUAAUAUACGAGUAUGAUAGCUCUCGAAGUGGUUUUCUCCUGGGUAUAAUAUCCGCACGUUUAAGGCGAGAGAUUUUUUUUUUUUUGUUUCUGAAAUUAAAUAGCCUACAAUUAUUUCGAACAGCGCCUAUAAUGUACAAAUACUAUACCGCGGUACUUAAUAAUAGGUGUGCAUCACUUACCUAACCUAACCUAUAUAAUAUUAUAACGUACACGAUAAUAAACGAUGAUCUCAUCCAACUGUAAUUACAUACGUAUACUGCACCAUAAUGUGUAUUAUCACAGUUAGCGAUGUUACCGUAUCGAUUGUGUAAAAAGAACUAUUACGUUUGGCAAAUUUUCAAAACAUAUAGUGGACUAGAUAUUGAUUAGAUAAAUCGUUUAUCUUUCACGUUCAUAUUAUAGUUUUGUAUUAGAAUAUGCAUGUACAUAUUUUAAAGUUUAUCGGAAAAAAAAAAACAAAAAUUUGUUUAAUGAACGAAAAAAAAACAGCCGUGACGACCGUUACAUACAUAAUUUGAACUUUCCACUAUAAAAAAAAAACCACCCCGAAAGUCUCGCAAUAAACUAAAAAAAUAUCAAUAUAUACGUUCGUUACAAAUUCACGAUUUUUGAUUGUAAAUUAAAACGUAUUGCCUAUUAAAACCGAUCAAUCCCAAAAGUUUAUACGUUAUUUGUUCGAUAUAGUAUAUUGAAAAAAAAUUAUAUAUAUAUAUAUAUAUAUAAUAUUAUAAAUAAAAAAAGGACGGACAUACUUCGCACGUGGGUGGAGCCACUGUUGUAGGUGGGAAGUUAGGAAGGUAGGAUACAGCCGGGAAUUUAAUGUAUAUCAGUAAGCAACGAUAAACCAUUACUAACGAAAAAACGAUUCUGAACGGAGGUCAGUUGAUAGUGUUACUUUGUCGACAGUAUAUAUUAUGUCAUAUUAUGGUAAAAUUAUUACAACAAUGUGCGUUUCGAUGGCAGCAAAGAUUAUUUGAAAAAUAUUAAAAUAAUAAAAACUUAAUGAUAACAAAGAAUAAAAUAUAAAAACGGUUUUCAAUGACAAUAACCUUAUUUUUAAUCUUUUAAUCUUUUUUUAACCUAAAGAACCAGGUUUUCCUCGUUACAAAUUGAGAAUUUCAAAAAAAAAAUACCUCUCUUAAGUGCCACCCAGAGAACACUUCCUUUCAGGAAAAGUGCUAUACUUGAUGGUGUAAGCUUUCUGGUAGAAAAAGUGUUCACAUAAAUUAAAUGAAUAAUUAAAUAAAUAAAUAAACAUCUUAGGUAAAACCAAUAUAUUCUUCGGUACACUCGGAAUCUAAAAAUGUUACGAUAACGUAUUUUCAACGUGCCGACACCGCAGUACUAAUGUAAUAUACGUGCCCACACAUAUUGGGUAUAUUGAACGUGCACAACGUUUACGGGUUCAUUCAAUUUAAAUUUUGUCAUAUUAUUAUUAUUAUUAUUGUCUGCAGUAUAGAGUAAUAUUAUUUUACACGAUAAAGUUUGUUCAGCCGUGCGUUGUUUACAUACCGAUGUUAUUAUAGUCGAUAUUGCAUAACGUAUACCGGUGGUGUUCAAUUGAUCUUUAAAACAAUAACAAUGAUAAUAACAAUAAUAACAAUAAUACCCAUACUACCUGUAUGGCUCAAAAAACAUUUCGGUUUGCGCGUUUAUUGUUUGUAAUGAUAUUAUAAUUCGAUUUGAGUUACAGACGGUACACAUUAAAACGAACAAAUAAUCAUCAUAGAGAUUAAAUAAUACGGUUUUCGUAUUUUUCACGUAACGUUUUUUUUUUCUUUUCUUUAAACCGAGUAUUAAAUUUCAAAAAAGUCGAAAGAUACAUUUAUAAUAAACGAUUGUAGGCCGAGUGAAAAAGAGUCGAACGAUUUAUAGCGGAGUUGCCGAUUCGAUCGUAAAAUAUACGAAUUGUGUUCGUCUUGUUACAAUACUCACAACAAUACUAAAACGAUCGUAAAAAAAAAACCGGACGUAAAAUUAAAUUAUUAAUAUUGUAUAACGUGUACACCGUGUGGUUUUACAGUAACAACAUUUUUUUUAUAUACAUAGUAAUAAAAACAAGUGUACAACUGCUGGUAGUCGAUUUUUUUGUUGUGUUACAAUUAGACGUAGGUUAACAGCAAAAAAAAAAAAAAAAAAAGCCUAUGUAACCGUGUAAACUGCGGCGACAGUGACGAAUUAUUAUUAUAUACUUCUAUACUACAAUCGUUUAUGACUACUUGUUAAAAAAAUGUAUUAAUAAUAUCCAGAACCUUCGUCGUCAACAACGAAAUUCAUUAUCGCGUUUUUACAAACGGUAUUUUUUUCGGAUUUUUAAAAUCGCAUUGUAAAUAUAAUUGAUCGAAUUCGAACGCGAUACGAAAUUCAAAUACCUUCUUAUUAUAUUAGUAUUUUUUUUUUUUUUUUUCACAAACGUAUCACGAACUUUAUUUUCGAAACCGGUUUCGACUUGCGGCUUACAAUCAACAACCACAGUCUGUUCGCCUCUGUGUGAUGUACGCGAAGUUAUUACAAUGUUUCAGAACGUCGUGAGAGCGUAAUUAAAAAUAACAUACUUCAAUAAUAUGAUGUGUGUGCAUACGUUUAAAAAGAAAACGGCGUGCCUAUCCAAUAAAUCAAUAUAAUGCGCGUAUUCGCCAAUGCCUAAAAUUAUUCCCGCGAUUAUCUAUUAUAGUUCGUGACUCAUCUUUAAUCGAAAAGUAUAUUCAUAUCGCUGUUUUAAUAAUUUUAAGUAUUCUGUGUGUAAAUAUUUUUUUAUUAAAACUUUUCCAAUUCGUACGCGCAUGAAUUAGUUCGAAUAUGCUGUAUUUUUUACACACUUUAAAAUUCUAAAACAAAAAAUGUAUAUAUAUAUAUAUGUGUAUAUAUGAUAAAGUUGUUGGUCGUCGGCCCAAAUAGGAAAGGCGGGGCUCGGAGGAAAUAUCACCUCGAAACUCGUCUGAACUCCUCCGCCAAUCGAGUCCUUCUCAAGUAAACACUGAGUGUACACGAUCAUAUAUUAAUCAAUAGUACGCGGGCGCUUAAGUUCCCUCUAAUUGGUAUUCGGGUUAUUUGAAUCGUGGGGUACCAAGCGUCUCGAAUGGUAUUUUUGAUUCGGUUUGUGGUCUGACGAAGCGAGUGAAUCAGUAAUUUCUAAUUAACUGUACAUCAGAAUUGGAUAGAAACAUAUCGAAUGAAUGUACAAGAAUUACAAGUGCCUACCUAACCGGUGAGUGGUCUGUAUAUGCGUUCAAAGUCAAUAUACUCUAUAGUGUAAUACAUUAUAGUGCGUCCUAAAAAAAGCUAGAAUAUCGUCACUUUUUUCCACGUCACUCGUGGAAUAGCGUAUAUAUUUUAGCCGUUAAUUUGCGAUUCUAAUCAAAACGGCGGGGUAGGUUAGGUUAGGCGGGAUAAUUGUAAUUGAAUUUAAAUCGCGCGGAGAAGUAAUUAUAAAACUCGGUUGACGUAAUUCAAUGGUUAACGAUAAUAAACUUUUUUGAAACAUUUGUGAUUUACGUUUAAUGACCACCACCAUCACCCCCCUCCCCAACCCCGUUGCUUACACCGGUUUAUUUAUAGUUUUUUUUUUUCUGUUUGUUUCAGGUAAGCGAACAGCGUGAUCAAAUGAUUGUUGUUUAUUUUUUCGUUUCGACGCGAUGCUCGUCGAACGAUCACGCGCGCAUACAAAAUUUUCGAAACGUAUACGCAUAUAUGCUCGCGCGUUAGGCACACGGUGGUCUCUACCAGCCGAGCGGACCGCGAGUGUUUCCGUAAGUGUGUGUACCGCAUAUAUAUUAUACAUAACACCUGUAUAGGUUUUCGAGAUUUGUAUUUAUAUUAGAUGUACCCGUCUUAAAAUUGAUUUUAAGAAACUCUCCUUAAAUAUAAUAAAUAUAUGUAUGCGCGUGUAUUUAGAAAAAAAAAAAAACGAAUACGAUACCCGGUCACGUUCUGCGCGCCGGGAUGAAAUUAAUACCUCUACAGAAACGUGAUGAGUAUUAGACAACGCCGUGUACAUUUAUAUAUACGGUAUGGGUGUCUGACGCGCAUUCGUAUCGCGGCCACAGUGUAUAAAUAUAAUACGUACGCGGUGAACAGUUAGUUGGUGAAAGACGAAGUUUUUUUUUUUUUUUUUUUCUUCGGGGGUUUUAGUCCGCGGGCGUAUUGUGCGAGUGUAAUCAACGUCGCAGCUGUAAUAACGUUCAGACGCGCGAUACGAAAUAUACGUGUGAACGAAUCGAUCCCGGCCUCGGAUUUAAAUAAACUCCGGAGUACAAUAAUAUUGUAGGUAUCGUCCGUAGUAUGAUGUAUGAUAUUUUAGUAGCGGAAACCGUUCGGGUUUCCGCGGACACAGGCUGUGCACGCCGCGCGUUUACGUACACGAUCCGUCAUCUUAUCGAAACAUUAAUUCUUUGUUAGGCAUUAUAAUACAAUAUUAUACACGAGUGGUCGAAGAAUAUCAAUCGGAAUAUACCUUGUUGGUAUUUUUUUAUUUUUUUUGAUAAUGACAUUUUUCAAUUAGCGUUAUGAUGUUUUCCGAACGCUCGGUCGCCUCCCGUAAUCCUGUUCGUAUCGGAUUACGGAUAUCUGGCGUGACGUUCUUUUCGGAUGAUUUUGAACGGACCCAAGACUACGGGUAUUUUUUUUAUGUAUACGAAUCGCUGCCUCCCGGUCACAUACAAUACCUCCUGCGCGCCUGUAUGGUAGCCGCCAUCCCGUGGCUGCAAGUAUUACAAAUGCGAGCGGUUCUAAACGAGUUUAACGAUAAAAAGACACUUAAACUUCGAGUUAAUCUUCAAACGCCUACGUAAAUUACUAUAAAAUAUAAACUUUAAUUGAUUCGUCUGUAAUAAUAAUGUAAAUAACUAAUAACGAUUAUAAUAAUAAUAAUAAUAAUUCAAUAUUAUAAAAUCGUAUAAUUGAGCUGUAUAAAAUUAAUUUAAAAAUAAAUAAUUAUUCGAUAAUGUAUUUUUAUUACGCAAUACGAUUUCAUAGAAAAUUCAGGACUGUGUAUAAUAAAAAUCUCGGUGUUUGGAAAAUCGUUUUUUUUUUUUCACAUAGAAUUCUUAUGUAAAGUUACAAAAUCUAAUCGCUCGCCGUUAUUAUAAACUGUUAUUUAUUUUUACGGGCCAAAUUGACCUAAUCUAUAAGAAAAUCCAGAAAAUCUCGGAAACCCACUUAACUUUUUACUUAUUAGAUAAUAAUAAGUAUUGAGUAAAUCGCCUAACAGUUAAACUAUUACGCGUACAGUGAUUUGUUGACAAAUCUAUGCAUGUAUAUAGUUAAAUCGUUAUAAUUUCUGUAGACAACAUUUUAGUUGAUUUUUUUUUUUUUUAUAUUCUGCAGUUUCUUUAAAUCGUAAAAUGUUAUUUAAUAUUAUAACAUAGGUUGUUAUUAUUAUUUUUUUUUUUUAAGUAAACACUUAAACGAGUGCUUAAAUUAUGUGUUCAGGAAACGUUCAGCGUUAGUGAAAAUACCAGAUUAUCAUAACGUCAUAACGAAUAAUAAACCGAAAUCUAUUAAACCGCCGUAAAACCGUCGACACGGUAAAAGUUGCAGUAUAAAUUACAAUGUCCGUCCAAAACUACUCGUAUUUACGCCGUCUUGCAUAAUUUUAUUUAAACGAGCCGUACACACUGUCGACGAUUCAAUGCGUUCGUUGACAACAAUAUUAUAACGAUAAAAAAAAUAAUAAUAUAAAAGAAUUUCAGCUCGUUGGUAUCGUAAAAUAAAUUCAAACACGAUUAUAUAGCUUCGCAAAACUCACUUACUCACUUACUUCUUUUUUAAUACCGUCGGCAGCGUACUAGAAAAAAAAAACAUUCUAACUCUAUCUGCGCAACGAGGUUUUUAGCGUCCGUACGGCUUCUCGUGAUACGUUUAAUCCGAAAACGAAAAAAGAAAAUGUACAAAUACAAACGGGAGCGUGCAAAAUUUCUAAGCUUCACGGACGCUGGCACUAUAUACAAUAAUAAUAAUGAUAAUAAUAAUAAUAAUACAGUGACAUUGCAAGUGCUUCUGCGGGAUUACGCCAAACGACUUAAAUGUAUGACGGCGACCCCAACGAUAAUAAGCUAUCGGGUUCAACCGUUACAAGUGUAAUAGGUAUAAUAGGCACUUAGGGUUAGGGUAUAACAGUAAUUUAUGAGCACUUCGUUUAUUCGUAUCUACGUGAUACGCGAUGUCUUAUUAUCGAGAUGAAAUAUGCCGUAUACCGGAUAAAGUGUACCCCGCCACCUCCCCCCCCCCCGAAAUAUAUGUAUCGUUUAUAUAAAUCGAAUUUUCGCAUUUAAAAAACACGAAUAGACGUGAAAAUAUUAUACGCCCACUGUAUUGGCCAGACUCAAGUUUUACACAAAAAAAAAAAAAAUACCCCCGCCAUAAUUCAAAACUGUAUUCUGUAUCUGUCAGUAUAUGUUUACCAGCGAUGUAUACACACUGUGUGGGCCGCGCGCAGAUUAAUGGACGAAAUACAUUUUCGUAAAUAUUUUCUUCUAUUCCGAGUUCGUAUUACGCAGUGCGUAGUUCUAUGCGAUAGUGUAAAAAAAAAAAAAGAAACCGCCCGCGUAAAAUACAUUUCAUUUCUUUAAGUAUACAGAAAUGUAUUUUUUCAAACCGUGUGUGUGUUUUAUUAAACAACAAUGGUAAUUAUCGUGAUAGUAUUUAAGUUGUUGUUAAGAAAAACUUUUUUUUUCUCUCUGUAAUGUAAUUACAUAGAAUAACAUAACAUUACACAAGUUCGCUAUGUGUUCCUAAGUAAUCAAGUUUUUGUAGAUUUUUUUUUUUUUUUUUUUUUUUGUUCAUUCAUUCGCUAAUUUCGACUAAUUUUUUUUUUUUUUAUAAAUACCUUACCGUUUAAAUAAAUUUAUGAGAAAAUACAGUAUUUAUAAUAUACGUGCAGGUAGUUAAACGUCAUUAUAUCGCAUUAUAAACAAGGCGCGUCAAUUAAAAACAAUACACACGAUAUUUCGGAAUCGAACAUCGCGUCUCCCACAGCUCGGAAUCGCUCCUCGCUAUACGCGUAGUCGAAGAAAGUGUUUUUUUUUUUUUUUUUUUUUUUUUCUAUCAGUGCGAUUCUCCGGACGACUCGGAUUCGAACAAUGCAAAGCAUCAUGGGAAAAAGAGAUUAUUUCCACAGAUGUUGCCGCGCCGUCACUGUGCAUUUCAAACGGUUUUCGUGUUGCGUAUAUGCUUAUGAAACCUUCGAUAGAGAUUCAUAACAAUAUAAUCGGCGUCAUUAAGGAAACAUUACGUUCGAAGUCGGCCGACGAAAUACGAACGCCGGGAUCCCGUCCAAAAGCACCGGUAAUGUUAAAACACUCGGCGUGCGGUUGUUCAGCGCCGUUUCCAAAUCCGCGUUGUUCUUCCGUGCGUACGACGCGUGCGCGAAAAACAACGGCGCCGCAAUGUCUCGAGACUUAUAGAACGAUACGCGCCAACGUGUACCGAUGUUCCGCGACGACGUUGCAACCUUUUUGUUCUGGCGAAACUUCAAGCGCCGCGGCAUGGCGUCAUGGCGCACGCACGGUGUUUGAAACUCGAAAAUUCUGUUCCGCGCGUACGCCACGGUAUUGUAAUCGCGCGCAUCUGGCGCGUUCCGGUAGUCGUGUGCACGUGACGACGCCCCAACUUCGACGCCGACUGUUGUCGCGCCGACGGUUCGAAACGGCUCGUUGUUUUUGGGUUUUGCUCGGGCCGUCCGGCGUAAUUUCUUCGCGGCAUCGCCUAACCGAAACGAAGUUUCGCGCCGUCUGUGGAGACGGCUCUGCGCAGAGAUAUUGCCGUUAACCGUGUACUCCGUGUCUUUUCGCGCACCUCGCAGAACAGCGGGCGUGCCGGCACGGACAGGGUUGCGAGAUCGAAUUUUUCUUUUACUUCCGGCGUAGUUUAACGCGGUUUUCCGUUGUUCGGUCGCCGGCGCGCAACACCGCGCACUCGUCUCGGUUUAAGCACGGAAAUACAUCAGAAAGAGGAAAGAAAUGUCACGGUUUGUUAGGCUGGUGUACGACGAAAAUAUUGCGCGGAGAGAAAUUCGAACGUUCCAACGACUAUACCGAAUUAUUAGGUACAUUUUGAAAAAUGUUCGAUCUUUAAAAAAAAAGACCAUUUGAUUUCCCCAGGUAUAUAAAAAAAAAAAUAAAACACAGAACGAUAAAUUAUGCAUUUAACUUUGUAGACAGUUACAUCCGCGUGCUUAUAUAAAAAUUGAUUAUAUGUAGGAACACGCCGAGUCACUUGGGAUCGACGGCGGCAAAUGGUUCAAAAGAAAUUCUCGUCUUUUGACCGUUCUCCUUCAUAGAAUCAUAGUUCUGCAGAGUAUAUUUCCCUUACGUUAUUACCGCCGUAACAACAUUUUUUAUCCGACGCUUGUUUUUAUGAUAUAUAGUUUGCAGAAAAUUAUUAAACUCGGUCUUCGACAAUUAUUGUAUGCCUCGGAUUCUUCCUUCACCACUCAAUCCUCUCACUGUACGGAGAAAAUAUUCGCGCUCGUAUAUCUAGUAAAUAUUUAUUAGUUUUUUACUAGUGAAACGUGUCGGGAAUCUACAUUAAGUGAUAUUAAUAAUUUUCUAGUUCUCCGAGCACUUUUUUUUAUUACGACGACAUAUUCGAGACAUAAUAUUAAUCGAAAAAAACAAAUACCAAGAUAAAUGUUUACGAAAAUUGUGUUUCACUAUUGUAUACACGAUCGAUGUUCAGUACGGUAUAAAGUUUCGGUUUUAAAACUCUAUAGCUAAUAUUAUACGUCACGGUCCUACACCGCGCAGGUCAGCCGAGGGCUAUAAAAACCCUUCAGGUAUGCUAUUUCGUGGAAUUGCGUGUUCUGCUGUGAAAAAUAAGUAUAGAAAAUCAUUCGCAUGUGUAAACAUUGCCGUUGUUAGGGCCGGACACCCCCGUAUUAUGGUAAUUUGACAUUUCCGACGUUAACAAUUUUUUUUUUUAAGUUUUAACUGUUAAACUUUUUAAUCCAAUCGUCCAAGGAAAGCUGAAUGUAAUAACUCGGCGAAAAAAAAAACCUGACGGUGAUGAGCGCCACUUGGUCGUUUGCCCCGUCGUGUAAAUCAAUAAAAUAACACUAGCGGAUCUCGUCGAAAACUUAACACGUCAAAAAUAGAAUGCAUAAAAAAAUGCGAAAUUCCUAUAAUCACUGAGCAUAACACUAGUAUAGUAUGAUCUUCUCGGGAAACGAAACUGUUCGAUAAUUGGUUCAGAAAUGAACUUGCGUCAGAGACGACCGUCUAUAAAUAGGUAUACGUUGAGAUUCCGGUAUAUUAUUGUGCCUUGGCCGUUUAAUAAAAAGAGAAAACGAAAAGAAAAUCGUUAUCGAUCGUAAAUACGUGUAUACCUAUAUACACUUGUGUAUGUCAUAAAAAUUCCGAACAAAGUUCGGUUAAACACGUUUUGAAGUGCCGUAAUUUUUACUAUUUUCGUUAAAAUUUUAACUUGAAAUGCCUAUUAAUCACUACAUUAAGCUCGGCUUUUCUAUUACCACUCAGUACGACUUAUAAUAAAUUAACGUCGUAUUGAAUUUUAAAGCAUUUCUGUUUGACCAGGCAAUUUUAUCCACACGAAACCCCAGAAAACCCAAAAUAUCACUGGAAAAUAUCAAACGCCAUUAAAUAAUUCAAAAAUCGCCAUGAUAUUUUGACAAUUUUACAACGUCAAAAAUAUCAAUAAAAUUAUUUUGUAAAAAUUACAAGGUAUCUAUAGUUAUUUUUCGUACCGCAUUACAAAAAAAGAAAAGACCGAAAAUAAUGAAACUGCAAUUAUGCCGCAACCUUUCACGUUUUUCCUACGUUUCUUCCUUGGUUUUUUGUAAUUAUUAGAAAGACUAAACGGAAAACGAUUCGUAGCGAAAUCCGGUAUACAUGUUUUAAAAGGCCGUAAUAUUUACAAUUUCGUUAAAAUUUGAUUUCAACUCUAACAAGCAAUACAAAUGCGACAAAAAAACGUUGUUAGAAAACUUUAAAAUAAUAAAAUGGCUAAUUUGAAAAAAAAUUCAUUGUGUUUUUCGUCUUUUCCAUUAAACAGUAAGUUUAAAACAUUGAAGAUUCUUAUGAUAACAUAAAAUAUAUGCCUACUCCAAUAUAUAAACGUUGAUCGAUGAAUUCAAACAUAAUUCGUUUCGAAUACACGAGCUGCUGAUAAUUAAACGGUUUUUUCGUAGGUGUGUUUACCAGAGCGAUGAAAUAAUCAGAACAUGUUAGUUAUAUUAAUUUUUGUUAAUUUUAGGCGUUAACCUUCGACAAAGCGGUUGGUUUAAUAGUGGAGUGACAAGGUGAAAUUAUCGUAAAGCAUUUUCGUCGUGUAUUCACCGCGGAGUGAACGAAACGUGUUUCUAUUGAAAACUGGCAUUUUGAGUACCUUACUUGUAUAUAUUGAUUACAAUAUUUGACCGUCAACGGUUCUUUCGACAAUCUUCUUGUUUCAAAACACUUAACCGUCAAGAUACGAUCAAAACAAAAACCCAAGUCGUUAAAAAUGCAUCGUCAUCCUCUUUUCGUAUCUAUUAUCGUAGCAUCACAUCGAUAUUAAUUUGUUCUGAUUCUCUGCUGCGGAUUUGUACUGUUAUACUCACACACAAUAUCGAUGUAUCGAUUUAUUAUUUAUAUUAUUAUAACAGUGUGAAUAAAAUAUUCGAAUGCGGCCGUAUACUUGGCGUUCUCUAUUUAAAAAUGGUAAUAAUUUAAUGAACACAACGGAGCGGUCGCUGUUCGAGGGACGCAUAUUAUAUUGUUUACAAAUAAAAUAUUUCAAAAUGGGCCGAAUAUAGAAGUAGUUUAAGACAUCCGAGGACACUGCCGCUCAGCCGCCACAGUCGUACUCUGAAUAUUCUUAUAAUUUCCACGCAACACCCCAAUAAAUAUAAUUUUUUCAUUAGUUAUCUUCUAUUGAUACCGACGCGAAGGCCGACGGGGCCGUUUUAAACUCACAAACAAUAACGAUUGUUUCGUUGUUCCAGAAGAAUCCAUAUCACAUUUAUUACUUUCAUUAGAAAUAUUUCAAUACAAAUCAAAUAGAAAUAUAGAUGCACGAAAUUUGUAAAAUCAUACCACCCGUCGUCACACUCCUACACUAGAUGCCCUCAUAGUUAUUCCCAAAUUCAAACAAAAUAUAACGGAUUUUUUCCAUAGAUAAUAUUUACAUGGAUUGGACAUUAGGUGGUUUGGCGCGUGCCGGAAGUGAAUAUAUGUUACCGUGAUGAUUAUAUCCGGUUAUGAUUUGUGGUAUCAUCAAUAGCGAUAAGUGAUUAGUGAUAAGUGAUUACACAACAAUUUAAAAAGUAAAAAUACAUUCGUUUUUAGAUUCCGAGUGGAGCGAAGAAGCUUAUGGUUUUACAAAGAUGAUUAUUUUUUUUUUUCUGUGGACGACUUUUCUACGAGAGAACUUGCUCCCAUUUUUACGUGUAGCACCUUUUCGAAAAGGAAACCGGUGGUGGAGGUACUUUAUUUUUCGUUUUUUUUCAAGAAUUUUCUCACUAAAUGCGAAAAACCGAAGGUGAAACGGGAAAAUGUAAGAAAUGUAGAUAUUAGUUAAAAAAUAUUACGGCCUUUGUUUUUCUUGUGGACAAUUUUACUACUAGCAAUAUUAUGUAAUUAUUUGAACGUAAUAUAUAUAUAUAUAUUGAUUACUAGAGGACGGAUUUUUUUGAUUUUACAUAAUCGUUUCUAGAAUAUGCAGUUAAAUGAGAGUAAGACAUCUUCACGAUUCAUGAAACAUAAAAUUCAGAGGAAAAAAUUGAUUUUACAUAAAAAAAAGCAUAAAUUUAAGAAUCAUAGAAUCAAGAAUUUAGAGAGUAUUCAAUACGUUAGGGAAUAUUUGAGAUUUUGAUAAUAUUGAUCAACAACUACAAUAUAUUUUACAAGCUAGUUAUGUUUGUAUCCUUCUGGGUUUCUAAUAAAAACUAUGGCAACAACGAUUCCAUUAUUACAAAUGUUUUUCACUUAUAAAUAUUGCUCAAAUAGAAAAACGACAAGAAACCAAUUUUGUUAAAUUUUUAAUUUGGUUUGCGAUUACGUUAUUCGAUUUUUGAUUUUAUUUACUGUUUUAUUAAUAAUUAGGAAAACCCGGAAAAAAACGACAACUGACAAGUUUACGGUGCUACGAUUUUAUUAUUUUAAAUAUUUACGCUUACCGUUUUCUACCAGAAAUAUUUGUCUAAUAGAAAAACAACAAAAGAUCUUUUAUUUUGAUGACUAAAAUAGUUGUUUUUGUUUAUCGAAAUAACGCGGAUUUUAGUAAUCCGCGUUAUUAAGUAAAAAAAAAUAAAAAAAAACCCAUAGAUAACAAUAAUUGUUCCCGUAAAUAUUAAUCGAAGAUUUCAAAAACACAGAAGAACUAAAAAAUGUAUGUAAGUAAAGUAUGUGUUCUGUUAAUUGUAAAAUAUCAAAAUAUUCAGCCUGUCUUUUUGUAUUCGUAAUCUACAUUUUUAGUGUUAUAAUUUGGUUUUGGUAUAGAUUUUAAUAAAAAUGACGUGAGUUACGUGCAAUUUUCGGAAAGUUUGACUUUGUCUGGCUCUAUAAAAGCAUCAACUACUUUGGUGUGGUCGAGUAAACAAUUAUCUUGACAAGUUAUGCCAUCAUUUAAUUCUAAUCACUAACGUAACUUCAGUGCAAUUUAAGCGGUGUUCAAUUAAGUGCCCUGUCCACGCGCGCCAACCAAGCACCACCAGAUUUCAAGAUUCAUAAUUAGAAAUAUUUAGUGAAAUAAAGCAGAUUAUCAAAUCUUUUAAUGAAAACGACGUUGAAUUUACGUCGUGGGCUCUUCGUCUAUGUGAUGGGAGUGUAUUUCAUAGACAAAUCGUAGAUUUUUAAUUUGCAUAAUCACCCGAAAUACAUUUUUUCUUUUUUUUUUUUUAAAAAAAAAAAUUGUGUAUUUUAUAAAUGUUAAUUUCGAAAAUAAAAAAAAAAAUCAAAGACGUAGAAUAUUGAUGAAAACGCCGACAAAACGAAAAGCGAUUCUUCGUCACGUGAUAUAAUUCGAAUUUUUCACUAAUCAAACCGUGUGUAUCGAAAUAAGUCCUGCAAAUCCACUCUCUUCAAUCGUUAGACACGUACUAUCUAUCUUAUGACCGUCUAUAUAUAGAUAUAUAGUCAGCCGCUCUGUAUAAACGCAUUAUGGCGAUGUCAAUUCUGUGCGGCAUGUUACGAAACGGUUAUUGUUGUUACUGUCUGUUUGGCCCGGAAGAUUGAUGAAAUCCGGAGCGGUCGCGCAAGUCGCGGGAGCGGAUAAUAAUAAUUAACGCGGCGAAGUACGGCACAGCUGCCGGGCGCAUACAGGGCGCGGUCCUCUGCGAAUUGUCGUUUAACGACUGGAAAUUAAUUCGAACAAUAUUAUCAUUAUGUAUUCGAAAUGGUACGCGUUUAAUUAAUUCUUAACUGUUAUGUAAUUACGUAAUUUAUCGACGACAACGGCGACGGUCACGCGUGUGCGUGCAUGCAUCGGCCGCAAUAAGCUGUCUAGCCCGCAGAAACGAUAAAGAUUGGCGAUUGUCUGCGCGUAUGCGUCACCACUCCGCGUCGUGUAUACUUAUUACAUAUUCGCGUAAAGACUUUUCCGAUUUUGAGUGGAGCGUAGAAGCUUUUGUUUUUACAAAGAUGUUUAUUUUUUAUCUGUACGCAACUUUUCUACUAGAAGACUUGCUCAGCGGAUUUCUAAGUGUAGCGUCUAUUCUGAAAGGGAAUCGACGUGGGGAAGGUGCAUUAAGGUAGUCAUUUUUCGAUUUUCUCAAGAGUUUUCUCAUCGAGUUUGAAAAACCGAAAAAAAAAAAAAAAAAACGGGAAAAUGUACGAAAUAUAUUACUAAAAUAUUACAAUUUUUUUUUCCUGUGCACAACUUUCUACCAGCAAUUUGCUCCAGCUUUUAAUGAUUACAAUGUAUCUAAAAGAAAAUUUCAUUAGUGAGGUACUUAAAAGUAGUCAAAUUUUGAUUUUCCCAAAAGUUUUCCUAGUAAAUGUGAAAACCCGGGAAAAACGUAGAAAAACUGGGAAAAUCGUUACAACAUUAUACAAAUAUUAUUAAAGAAAAUAUGUAAAGCCUAUUUAAUUAUGUUACUAUAAAAUCACAUAUAUAGAUAUAUAUAUUGUUAACAAAGCAUCACUAUCAACUGAACUCCGAUCAGAAUCGUAUUUUCGUAAGCAAUGGUUUAUCGUUGCUUACAGGUACAUAUUAAAUUGAUUUAUUAGUUUUAACUUAGCAUAUUAUAAUAUGUUUUUACUACAUAAAUGAAUAACCGAUGCAUGAGGUAAAGAACGGCUAUCAAACUAGUAAAUAAGUUUAAAUUUGUGAACCUCCCCCCAAAAAAAAGUCUUGUGUGUGGAUAUAGAAAUACCAACGGCAGAUCAUAUAAUCUAAAUAAUUAAAUACGUGCAUAAAGAAAAGGGUCUAAAAGAACCGAUGUACAUACAGCAGGAAGGUAUUGAGAACUGCAACAAAUUAAUUUUAGAAUUUUUAACAAGAAUAAGAAGAAUGUAAUUUACCUACCUAAUGAGUUUUUAUAAACUUUCUCUUAUUUUCUGCAAUCUCGUUUUAUUAACAAAUUAACUUUAAUAACUACUUUACUGUAUUUAUUUCUACGUCACUGAUGACCAUACUGGUGAUAAAGACUGAUGAUCUUUGUGCAGAGAGAUUAAUUCUCAUGCGAAUAAAUUCGCAUAAUAUAAGUACAAUGUUUGAUGUCUGAACAUUGUUAGCGACAAUACAACUAUAUUUAAAAACCACUUACACAAUAAAAUAUAAUAAGCAGUUGGAUACUAAAUCUUUAAAUUUUUACUAUUCUAUUCGCCUAUUUCAGUUUGGCUAUUACAAAACAAGAGUGCUUGAUGAGUGAAUUGUUGUUACUACAUGGGCUUCUUUUUGGGGGGGGGAAGGGAGGAGAGUAGUUCACUUAUUUCACUCGAGUCGUGGGUGUGUGUAAUUCUGCUGUAAUGUCAAGUGGGAAAUUAAUUGACCGUGUCUGAUUUUAAUUACCGAAAUAAUAUUUCCAAUGGAGCGUAAUAUAAAUAAUGACGAUUCACGAAAUGCGUUGCAUCUAACACUCCUUAAAAUGCGUUUAAACAAAAUGUGAUUACGGGUUGAAUAAGUCGUUUGACUGGCUCGCUCGAAUCUAAAAAAAUAAAAAAAAUAAAUGUUUUAUUCUGUUUAUUAAAAAUCCCGCACACUCGGUGUUCCGUUUAGCUUAAAAAUUCCCUAUGUACAAGUACUAUUUUUUUGUAUUUAGAGCAAAACGUAUAUCUGAAAAUCGCCACACACUGUCGAACGUCGGACUGCAUAUUACGCCGUUCAGCGAAACAUAUUGAAAAUGUUUUCAUUAAAAUAUCGUAAAUUGUAUAUUAUGAACACGGAGUUGAUACGAGAGACGGUCAGGCAGGAUAAAUCCAAUCUAAAAAAAAAAAAUAUACAAAUUCCGCAAUCUCGGUGAAAUCACAACGUUUUCGUAUUGAAUACACAUAAUAAUUCACCGGCGGGGCAACGGUUUUAUGUUAAUACAAUAUGUGAUAUUUCAAAUAAAAUAAUUAUUGGCCAGCGCGUUGCACAUCAGCCGAUUGCGUCACAUGUUUUAACCGCUUUUGAAAUAAUAUCGACGCGCGCAUACCCAAAUGAGCAACCGUAUUAGUAUUUUUAUAGGUAUUUAUAACCUGAGGUGCCGUACCGCGUUCAGUGUCGUAUAUUCUAGAAUUUUUCAAGCACACGCGCGUUUUAUUUCGAAAAAUAAACCGACGAAAUGCAUUGACGACUCUCGAUGUUUUUUUUUUUUUAUCAAGGAUGUCCGCUCGAGAGAAAUCGAUAUUUUAUAGCGUAUACAUGAAUAUAAUAAUACUAAAAAAUACUUAAUUCGGAUUACCCGCUUUAUUAUUUUAAAAUAAACUCCUGAUGGGUAAACGUGUUUUCUAAUUGUCGGAUUAAAAAUAUACAAAUCUAUUAAAAUAAUCUCGCCCGGGUAUUAAAAUAUACAUUAUGAAUAUAAUAAUAAUAUUAGAUUUUAGCGAAUACACUGCAACGAUGCGUUUUCGGUUUUUAAUUUUUAUUAUUCCAUCUCGAUUAAUUCACAAAUCGAUUGAUGGACGGAAUGAUUUAUAGUCGGCCGGAUUCGAUGAAUAUCAACGUUUCGAAAGCGGAAAUGCCACCGUUUCGCUUACAGCUUAAAUCUAAAAACCAUCGUAAGAUUUUUUUUUUUAUUAAAUUAAACCAAACUCGUACGUUAAUCGAUAUAAUAUAGGCGUGUGCAUUUAUUUUUCAAAAAUAUUUCAAUAGGAUAUAUUAUGACGGAGAUACCUAUUUGGGUAUAGUAACAAAAAACUAUGUCGACGGUUCAAAUUAUACUAUAGGGUGCUCAGAAGUCCUGCAUUUUAAAGGAUCGUCAUUUAUUUUAGCCAAGUAUCCCGUGUCCUAGGAAAUUUUAGAAAAAAAACCUAAAUGUCCAAUAUUUCAUAAAAACGUUAUUUAUUAUUUUUUUUUAUACAUUUUAUUAUGUACCCUUUAGAGGAUAAAAUUAUAUGAAUCUGAUUUAACAUUAUGUAAAUGGUUUUUGGCCCUGGCCGUAAUCUGAUAAAUCCAUCAAAUUACGUUUUUCGAUCUACAUUUUCCAACAAAUUUACGAUAAACAAUUUUAAUUUCAAUGCCUAAGUAAUACCAGUCGUAGGUGGGUUGUAGGUCGAAAUUUGUACUUUAGUUUUUAAUCAUUGCGUAAUCCGUACACUUAGGUCAUUACAGUAAUUAUAGUUGUUUCGAAAUUUGAACUUCGCGCACAAUUUUAUCACGCUUAAACGAAAAUGUGUUUUUGUUGAUUGGAAUUUUCUCGGAUCCGAUAAUAGGGACUGCUAUAUACCCGCUAAAUCUUACCGUAGUCCCCGUAGCCCCUUCCGAAAGUCUGUCAAACGUUCUCGUACCUACCGGCCAAAAGUAUACGACUACAAGCGCGAGUUUUUUACAACUAACGUGUUGUAAAAACGUCCCGUGUUUUUUUUUUUUUGAUACUUUAAAAACGGUCCGAGCGCCCUAAUAUAUUACGCACAUCGACGAACAGAAUAAAAAUAAAAAAAAAAAACGCCGCGUUCCCCCGAAAUCCGGGACGCCGACCGUGCGCGAAAAUUAUGAUAACAAACGAGACGCCGCCGUCGUUCGGAAUGGUAUUUCGCAUACGGGUACCGCACAUCAUCGCCAGUACGUUGGUAUAUUGUUAUUAUAUUGGUGCCUGUGUACGUGUACACGACCGUCGGAUCUAUUUAAAAAAGUAAUACAGUUCUAGAAACCUACAUAUUGUCAUUAUCAUUAUUAUCGGUAUACUAUUACCUAUUAUUGCCGUUGUUGUUGUUGUUGUUGUUAUGCGACGACGGAGAGCAUAUGGAAUGAUGAUGGAAAAAAAAAAAAAAAUCCUGCCCAUCUCUCUGCAGUAUAACGUGUACGCACUGCAGUACACGUCACGAACGAAAUACACAUAGGUACACAAUACAAAUGUAUAGCGUAUGAUAUACAAAUAGAAUUGGAUCGACUGAUCGGUCAAGGUUUAUCGGACACACGCGGAAAAUGAUAUUAUUAUUAUUAUUAUUAUAAAAAAAGUAAACCUAUAUCUGCGGAUGUGAUUUCGUUGUAUUGUAUCCGCGCGGACUACAAAAAAAAAAAAAAAAAAAUUAUAUAUAUAUAUAUUACUAUUGGUUAUUUUUUCGCGACCAAAACGAACCGAGAUACGAAUCGAUUUAAUAUAAACGAUCGACCGCAGCAGCAGCAGCAGCAGCAGCAACAGUACACAAGUCGGCAUUUCGAUAUUACGAAUUUAUUACAAUUUAUUAUUUUAUUUUCCUCGUUCUAUAUACGUAUAAACUAUCCUACUUACUUAACUCGAUAACGGGAAAAAAAAAAAAAUGUCCAAAUGACACGAAUAUACGUAUAAAAUAUAACAUGUGUGUGUCGCACGUAAAACGAAUUCGUGCCCGCGCAGACUCUCGAUCGAAUCGCGAGGAUUUCGAACAUGACGGAAAUGUUUCGUGUAUACGGAAUUUAUAAGAGAAAACAAAAAAAAAAAAUAAAAAAAAAAUCAGUUGUACGUACGUAUUCCUUAUUAGCGUACGACGAACGACGACGAGUAUGUAUGUAUAUACACAUAAUAAUAGUAUAAUAUUAUGUAUAUUGUGAGUAACACGAUCGAUUUUUAUGAAGAUAAAAAAAAUUGCCAACGUUACAGCGGAAUGGAAAAAAAUAAAUAAAAAAAUAAAAAAAACCGUCAUGCAACAAUAACGCAUUAUUAUUAUAUUUGCGUUUUAUUAUAUAUGAAAAAAAUAUACGCCGCGACGUUCGUCCGAUGCAAUGCGCGCCGACAUCGCCGCAGUGAUUGACGACGGCGGAGUCGAAAACUUUUUUUUUUUUUUUUUACCCGCCCGCGUUUCUUGGGACCCGUUAUUCAACUGUUAUUAUUAUUAUUACGAUAUUGAUUCACGGCGAUCCAGUGUCGUAUCAUUGCUCGCAAUCCGUUUGAAAAUCAAACAAAAAAAAAAAAACUACGCGAAAUAUUUCCCCCGACAUUUCAAUUCUAUUCGUUGUCCCCGAAACCGGUGGUGUUCCUCAGUCGUUGUUAACGUUGUCGUCGGUUUUUCCGUACUGUUAUUAUUUUUAAAAGUACUAGGACAAUGAUGUCAAUAAUAACCUACCGAUUAUAACCACUUCGAAAUUAAAACCAUAUUUCGAAAGUUGGUGCCUCCUCACCAACAACCCCCCCUGGUUGUAAUUUAAAGAAAAUUCAUCGUCGGAAUCGUUGUCAGAACGUAAUCGAAAACGAUUCUCGGCCGCAAAACGGUACACAAUUUCGAGUGUUUCGCCAAAAUGUAAGCGUCUCCGAAAUUGCGUUAAAAAAAUAUCGUCUUUGUCGAUGUCUAAUGUCUUCGGCAACGUCUCGUGUUUCCCAUCGAAUACCCGUGUACAACAAAAAAAGUAUAAUACGACGCCAAGUGCAUAGUGUUAUACAGUACGUAGUGAUAUACAAUACAUUUUUAUUUUAGCAUAAUAUAUAUAUACGCGUGUGUAAAGUCAUCGACUGGAAUAAAAAGUAAUCUACCUCGUAUUUUUUUUUUUUUUUAUCUAAAACCAACCGUAUUUCUCGAUUUUUUCGUUCUACAUUUCGUUUAUAUUAAAAUAUACUUAAUUAUUGUGUUUGCAGAUUUCAUUCGGGACCCGAACGAGUGAACCAAAUUGCGAAUUUAAGGUAAAAUUGAUUUCAAUAUAUUAUAACGUAUGUGUACGCGGUCGAAAGGCCCGGGGAAAUAACGCAGCGGUACAAAGUCGCAAAUUUCCAAUUUCGAAAAAAUUCGAUUUGAAAACGCGUUGAGCGCUGAGGGUGUUUUUCGACAUAUUCAUUUUAUCGUGCCAUAUAACAACAAAUAUUGAAUCUCGUCAAAAUUGAAAAAAAAAAACGCGUAUAGUGAGAAUCACGUUUACGUCUCACAAUGUAUUUGAUUUCAAAUUUUAAAUGACGAUUCUCUAUAAAAAGUCGAAUUUUUUUGUAUUUUUUCAUCGUAUUCAAAUAAGUGUUGCUACUUUAUUAUGAUAUUCACAAAGCAGCGGAAUAAAUUAUUUACAAUUUUUGCUUUCGAUUUUUUUGUAAUUCCAAGUCAUUUGAACAAUCGUUUUCCCCGAAUUAUUCCAUUUUUUCCACAAGUAAUCCAUGGCAAAAACUUCGUGGCUCUCGACGUGUUAACGUUUACUAUUCCUACAUUUCUUCGCUGUACACACUAUACGAAUAUUUUUAACCCAGGCAUGUGCAUGUGGCGUAUUAAAUGCCUUUUUGGGGUUGCAUUAACACAAUUUAGGCUGAUACGUCCACCUGAUACGACCAUAAUACGCCAAACAACUACAAAAAACACGACGAAAUGUUCUGUUGUUCUUUCCGCGGACCUUUCGAUUAUUUUCACGUAUUCGGUUACCAAUUUUGGUAACAUAAUCACCAUAAAACAUUUCCUAUUGUGUACUACGGGCACCUAUAUAAUAUAAUAUAAAUUCUAUAAUUGUUGUGUUGGUAUGUUGUUUUUUUUUCUGUCAUGAGUAUUAUUUUUAUCGUUACGAACAUAUUGAAUACCUAUUUUUUAAGUGCACCGCGGUGACGAUAAAUCGAUUUAUCUCAAAUCCAGUUUUUUUCCCAUGUCUUUUAAUGCCUACUUACGGAAUUAGAAAUUUUAUGUAUCAAAAGAAACCUAAAAAUAAAUACUAUAUAAUAAUUACCAGCUACGUCGUGAUUCGUGAGAUUGUUAAAUUUCACCGAGUAGGUAAUUCAAACUUAAAAUGCUUAUAGAAAAAAAAUAAAAAUGAAAAAAUCGUAUACGGAAUGGUUAACGUUAAAAUUUAUAAUGAACCUUGUGGAUAUACGGGUAUAUAUAUGAAAAAUACUUCGAAGUUACUAAUUAAGAAUUUUAUAUUUUGAAACGAAAAAUAUCUUUUGAAAAGAUUUACUGUAGGCUUUAAAAUAAUCCAAAUAUUUUACAAAAUUAUAAACAAAUCUAUAUAGAAAAAAAUUGAAAUGAUUUCUUUUAAUAAGUCGCGUAUGUAGGAAUCGUUUCGCAUUAAAACGAAAAAUAAAAUCGAUACAUUUUUUAUUCCAUAGUAUCCUCGUAAAUUUAUUUUGUUUUUUUUUUCACGGUUAUUUUUAUCGAAAACUAUUGGGAAUACACCUAACUUCGGUGAGGUCAAUACUUCUCUAGGGUACGAUUCGCAACGACGGCGGUCUCAGAGAGAGUCUAUAAAAUUUUAAGACCACUCCCGCAGCUCACAAAUGGAGUACAUCUAUAAAUAAAACGCGUUAUUGCAAACACGUUAUGGUUCUUUUUUCGUACUCUCGUAAAAUUUAAAACCACGAAAAUCAUGAUCGUGUAAUUUAAUCGGAAUCGAUCUACAGCUGUAAAUUUCACUCGUUAAAAAUAUAAAACUUAAAAUCGCUAUUUAAUAGCAAAAAAAAAAAAAAGCACCAGAAAUAUAAUAUUUUGAAAAUACAAUAAUAUGCAUCUUAUUAUAUGAAUAUUGAUAAAUUUUAUGUUCAUUACUCGACAUUAAAAAUUAACGAAUUAAAUAAAAAAAAACGGUUUUUACUUUCCUAAACUCAUAACAUAUCUGUUGACUUUUCACGGUGUAUUUUUUGAACGUAAAUUUAAUUAAGAAAUGCUUGAAAAUAUAUGAUAAAGAAGAAAACGUGCAAAAAAUUCCGAUGCUGCUGACGGAUAUGCCGCUGUUCCAGAAGAGCAGGUACAUAAGGAGUUAUUUAAUUUAUAAACCGUUGCUCACUGAAAAAGAUUGUGAGCAAAGUAUUAUUAAUCGGAUUUUUUUCGUUGUCUUCGAGGUUACCCGAAAACUAAAAAAAAAAAAAACAUUUUUCAAAAAAUAGCAGUUUCUUCCACCUCUAUUAAAAAAAAAAAAUUAAAAAAAUGACCUUCUCAUUGCACUAACUAUAGAUCAAAAGUACUAAAAAAAGUUCCUAUAAGGUAAAGACAAGUUGUUUACAGGCACAAAACACGUGAUAAUAAAACCCAAUACGUUCCUCGCUUCGUUUGCGUAAAAAUUGUCAAAACAAUCGUUUUCGAAUCCGUCGUCACCCAAAUCGGACUCGGUACCGCGAGAAAGCUCUGUAUCAUAUUAUGGAAAUGAUUUGUCUAAUAAUAUUCUCGGUCGCCUGUACAUGUAAUUUAAAAUAAAAAAAUUCCCAUCACGGAAACGGAAAGUUUCGCCGCGUUUCCGUAACCGUAAUAAAAAUAUCGGCGGGAGGGGGGAAGGAGUGAAUGACGGGAACGUAUACUGCGUAUUACAUAGUCUUUCGAUUUCCGGACAAUGAUAUACGACGCGUGUGCGGCUCGUCGAGAAAGGGUCCGGCCUGACGCGAUUGUAACAAGUGCGUACGUAUACUGCAGGUACUCCAUAUAUUAUAUUAUUUAUACGCAUGCCCGUACCCGGACGCCAACCUAUAGUGUCGGUCCCCGAGGCCUUUAUGCGUUUAUAUUUUUUCAUUAUAUAUAUGUAUACGUGGUCAGAGGCACGAAACGAUCCGAUUGCGGAGCGGCGCGGUCACGCUCGACGGACCCCGAAGAAUCGUUUCGGAAGUAUAUAGAUGUGACUGUUUACGCCCGGUAUGGAAUGGUAUACGGUAGUAGUAGUAGUAAUAGUAGUAGUAGUAGUAGUAGUAGUGUAGUGUAGAAGUAGUGUAGUGGUAGUGUAGCGGUAGUGUAUAGUGGUAGUGGUAGUGGUGGUAGCGCAGCGGUACGACGAUAGUGUGUGUGACACGCCUCUUAAACGGUUAUACCGGGCGGUGCGGGCCAGCGCCCUGUGCAGUCCGCGUGUGUGUUGGAUCGGUCGGGUUUUUUUUUUUUUAAUAAUAACGGUAGUAUAGCGCAGGCGUACAAUAAAAAGAGAUUAUUGUUGUUAUAAUAUUAAAUAGCUAUACGGCGGCGGGCGGAAAACGUGACCGGUAUGUGAAAUGUAAGACAAAACUCCCCGACGAUUUCAAUAAUAAUAAUAUAACGUAACGAUAUUGUAACGAUAAUAUUAUAAUCCGCGGACAUUAUUACUAUAACCUCCCGGACCGUACUUGUGUGCGGCCGGGCCGUAUUCGUUAACGAAAACCCAAAUCCGGACCGCGUAUUCCCUAAUACCCCGAUUCCGGGGAGUUAUACUGUUUACUUUUCGGAAAAACACGGUUUUAUGUGGUUUUUUUUUAAUUUGAAUUCCGGACGUACACGGUCCGAAAUUCGAAUCCGAAUAUUUCCGUGUUUCCGUGUUCACGAUUGCGUUUAAAAAAUUUGCAUUGAGACCGCGUCGAAUGUCGGACGCGCGACGUCGUACCCUCAAGGUUUGUGAAUAAGCGCCACUUUGAAUACAUUAAAUUCAAUGGUGCAGUGGUUUUCAACAUGUGCGUCGCGGCUCCCAGAGGCGGUCGUGGUUUAGUAUCAAGGAAGCCACGUCUAUAGUAGGUAUAGUAGAGUAUAAUGCAAUAAAUGUAUUUAUAGUAUUAUCGUUAUUCGUAAGGGAGCCGCUAAUUUGGAUUUCAAAAUCAAAAAAGCGAACCACUGGAAUAGUCAGUUCGCGAUAUUUUUGUUACGCACGUUCACGCUGGCCGGCGAAAAACGAAUAUUAAUAUUGUAAUCUCUUGUAAUCACACUGUUUUCGACAAAUCACCGUACAAACCGGGCAUCGGUUUUGUUUUCCGUCGCAGUAUUAUUCCCCAACAACUGUUAUAAUAUAGGCACGCAAUAAAAAAUGCGUUUUUUUUUUUUAACGGUUUGCGGUAUAACCGCAGCGCUAAUCUUCCAGAGUUCUGUAACCCUGACCGGUAACGUAAUGUAUACAAUCUAUACUCGAGUCACGGUAUAAACAUACGAAUAUUUUUUUUAAACGGAAUAAAUACACAAUAGGUACUAUAUCUGUAACCGACAUUGGUUAAAAAUAUAUAAUAAUAGUUAUAAAAUCAAUAAUAACAAUAACAAUAUCAAAAAAAAAAAAAGAAACCAACGAGUACAUAUUUCAAUUUUUUCGUCGUUCUAUAACUGUAUUACUGUAUAGUCUGUAUACUCUGUAUUUAUAAAAUAAAAAAGAAAUAUAUAAUAAAAAAAAAAAAAAAACGUUUAAAAAAACAUUAUAGUACCUACAAUAAUACAACAACGUGAAUCGGCCAAAACAAAAUUGAUUAAAUACUAGUGUGAUUUGCUCGUAACAGUCAGUACCUAUAUAUACAUUUAUUCGUGUUUAUUUUUUACGAAUUACUUAAUAGUUCAAGUUCGAAUUUCGUGUAAUUUCCGAACGAACGUAACUAUAGUAUAAAUUCGAAAUAAAUCUAUUGUAAUAAUAAUAAUACAUAAAUCGAUUCGCUCGUGUAUCCAAUUUAAAGAAUUCUCGUUCGUUUCUACGACGUUUUUGUGCUCCGCCGCUAUAUAUUUUAGUCCUCGUCACAGUAAAUAAUUUGUAUCCUUUUAUGCGUCCGAUUUUCGACAAUUAUUAUACCGCGUUCUAGAUAUCGUCUCCGGAUCGCGUAGAUUUUCGAAUAGAAAAAAAAUUUUUUUUUUUUUAGAAGCAUUGAUUUUACAAUUUUACAUAGGUACACUUAAAUCUGAUAUCCGACCAAAAAGUUCAACUUACAUCAGAUACUGAUAAAUUCUAAAAACGAUCACUCGUAUGUUACAUAGGCAUCAUUAUGGGGUAGCGCGGGGUAUCAACGGCUAACCCGCUAUUUUUAUCGAGGUCGCAACCCCUAUGGGAAAUUUGUAAAAAAAAAAAAAAAAAGUAUAAUUUUCUUGAUUUUUUUUCAUUAUAUGAACGCAUUAAUACAAUUACACUAUCGACUGAUCACUUAAUGCAUUUCUACUUAUUGAUGAACCACCCAAUGCUCCCUCGUUUUAUUAAAUUACAACUGAUUUAAAAUUAUUAUUUAAAAUGCCCUUGCUACCCCACGAUUUUAUUUCAUACUCCGCCAAUAUAAAUCUGGCCCCUUUAUGUAUUUAAAAUGGCAAUUACAUUAUAAUAUAUUAUUUAUACAUGGAUUACUACGUAAAGGUCGGAAAGUUUUUAUAGUACACGUUUUAACAUAAACGAGGGAUGAAAAUCAUAAAUAAUCCAAUAUUGCGAACAAAUAUUUAACAAUAAUUUUAAAAAAAAACUUACUAUUAAAAAGUUCUAACGUUAUAUUAUAUAUGUCUGUCUGGAAUGAACACUCGAAAGCCGUAUGUAUAAAAGAAAAAGAAAUAAUGUUUUAAAUUUAAAAACUCCAGUGAGUUAUAUGAAUAUUAAAAUAAUAUAUAUAUAUUAACCGGAUAGUGGUAUAAUAAUGGAAUUAUUUUUAAUGACUAACUCGUUUGGUAAAUGUUUUAUCUUAACAAAACAUAAAUACGUUUAGAUGAGAUUACUGCAAUAGAUUGAAUCGAAUUCGACCCGGAGGGACCGCGCAAAAGAAAACGUAAUCGCUCGAAAACGUUUCGAACGCUAUUCGUUGGUUAUGAAAUCGUUUUCUAUAGGUACGUUUUACGAUGUCACUGUUUGUUUUUGUUUUCUUUAGUCAAUGGCACAUUGGGUAUUUAAAUGUAUUAGCUGAAAAUAAUACAAUUUCUCAAAUCGCGGUGUGUCGUGAAACCGUUAAAGAAUACGUAUCGGAAAAUUCGAAUAGUAUACUUAAUAGUUCUAAUAAAGUAAUAGGCAUUCCGCUCCCGAUCGUGACUAUCCGUGACAGCGUCGACGCGGGCGUCGUAACCUUCGAGAGGGUUCACGGUUAAAAUAUUUUGGUGGAUGCCCAUUGAUUAUUAUUAUUCGUCGUAACGGUAUAAUAAUAUACCUAGGUACCGAUAUCAACGACUUACGAAUCAUAAAAAAAUUUCCAAUAGAAAUAAUAUACCGAGUGUGUGAAAGUACCAAUCGUAUUAAGAUGAAAUUUCCGAGACUGGCAAUAAAUCAGAUGAUACCGCAAUACGCUGUGCGGUUAUCGGAUAGAAUUGUUCGAACUGCAAAAUAUUAACGAAACGUAUUACAAACGCACGGACGUCGAUUAUAACCGUCGGACACCUGCCUGUCGCGUAAUAAAUAAUAAUACCGAUAAUAUAUUAAAACUUUUAUCUAAUGUACGGUUAUUAUUAUUAUUAUUAUUAUUACUGCAGUAAACUAUAAUCGUCAUCGUCUUUGAAUUCCGGAAACGUCAUUUUUGCCGACGACUUCACAACCUCAUUUCGUACGGGUGUAAUACUAAUCGUUUUUAAUGCAUUAUGCCGAGCGCGCGUUUACAUUAUUGAUGUAUUGUGUUUUACUUGUUUCGAUGAUAAUGUGGUCACAUCAACAAUAACCACUCCGCAAACGUAAGUAAUUAGUACAAAAUCGUGUGCAUAAACAUUCGCUGGAUUUCUGAAUUUUCGCAAUAAUCAACCCGUUAAGUAUAAUAAAGGAAUGAAUGUAUAAACAGUAUAAUAUAGUUUCUAAAGGAAGUACAGUCUAAACAGGAAUAAUGCGAAAGAUAGAUUGAAUAGAUCGAGCUGGCCAUACGUCAAGAAACGAAGAGGCAAUCGGUUAAAUUGGUGAACUUAUAAAAUAGCCAGAGGUCAAUCGAGGAGAUUUGAAGUUAGGUUAGAGACACGGAAAGGUGUCAAAAAGCGAUGUUUUUCUCCAAAAUUACAGGGACCUAACAUAAUCUUCUUUCGGGUGUAUAAACUUUAAACAAACGAUAAAAUCUACAUUUUCGAGCCAUAUUAUUAACUAUGACCAAUUCAUGCCCACUUGACCCUACAUGACAAUCUCAAAAGUCUUCUGUGAUGGUUCGACAAUGUAAAUCACGUAGUGAGUUUUUGAUACGUGCUACAACUAUUGCUUACAUUCUUAAUGACGUUCUUGCAAUGCUCGCAGUGACUUUGAUAAUACCUGUCGUUUUCUGUAUGCCUAAUAUCUAUUGCGAAAAGUGAAAAGUUAGCAUAUUUUUACGUCGUCGUCGACAUCGCGGUCGGUCAGACGUAUCGCCGCCCGUUGCGCGAUCGUAUUAUUAGUUUAGUUUCGAAAUCGUUUAAUCAAAUUAUACCGACAACGACGACGGUAGUGUACGUAUAUAGCAGCAAACGUCUUUCACGGAUCAUCAAAAUAAUAUGUCUUCGCUGGGUCGUGCGCGUGUGGUGUUCAGCCGACCGUUUUCUAGGCCGAAAACCGUAUAAUGGUUUUUUUUUCUCUAAUCGGUGCAAUGCGCAUACUUGCUAUAACGACUUCUCUAUAACAUUAUACUAACUCCUUUUGUAGAUCAAUUAGUUAAUUAUUACGUCAAACGGCCUCCAGUGUAUUUGUUAUUUGGCCAAUCAGAGCGCGAUAUGCGAGCACGAGCAGCGUUAUACUAGUAUAUCACAUAUUAUUUAUUUACUUUAAUUAUAAACGAGCUGAGUCCAAAUGUUUGGUAUACAGGUCACAGGAUUUUCGGCAUUUCAUGUAACAGUCAAAUUUCCCAUGAAAUACUUUGCAUACUAAACCCCUAAUUUACAAGCGUAAUAGUAUAACAGAUCACAACGCUUAGUUUCUAUACAUAUCAAUGAGAAAAAACGGUCAGAAUUCUGGUCAUUUUGAGCACAAGAAGAUAAAACAUUUUAAUGAGAAGGAACUGAUUGGCGUGACGGACGACGAUGGACUUCAAAUACAAUUUUAGAAAGUAUUUAAGGAGAUUUGAUACGUCCCGAUAAAAGCUUAAACGAGAAAUUAAGGUUAGCUGCGUGUCUCCAAUCAGCUAAUAUGCCCAGGGUUUCAGGUCGAGUUAGUUAAGAACAGACGUGUGAUCAUGAGGAGGACAUUAAAUAUUUAGAGUCCAACUAACAAAGUAGAGCAAUUUUCGCAAGUUGCAUAAAGUUGCUUGCUACUAGAGGACCCCGCAAUAUUGAACCAUAAUACUCAAGGACAAAUGGACAAUAGAAUAUUUUUAAAGGAAACAUUAUAGUCCGAAUUCUACUUAUGAGAACUGAAUUGUGAGACACGUUUGAUAAAUCGCAAUGUCCUAAGAGCACUACAGCAGAUUGUCUCUAUAUGUGACUCUCUAUGUAACUUGUUGUAAUUUAUGAUGGUAAUGAUUACAAAGCCCGAGUUAAUCGCAAACCUAUAAACACGAGAAAUAAUAUAGAAUUGUAUCAUUUAUAUUAUAAUCAAAACUUAUUUGGUGUUCUGGGUGAAUAUAUGUUAAUUCAGGUUAGGUAUGAAGUUACAUUUUGGAAAUACUAAACAAUAGUAUACAUAAGUUCUUGAUCAAAGACACAAGGAUAUUUAAAUCAGCCAUAAUGAUAUUUUAGGAUAGAGUCGAAAAUCGCGGUCUGUGAUGGGUAGAUUGUUUACACCCCAGUGAAUUCGCCACUGAUUUUCGUUAAAAACGAAUGCAUGGGAACUGCUUUGGUUUGGGACAAAAAAAAAUUGUAAAAAAACCUAUUGAAAAUGUAAUAUUUGUACGUAUAUACUUAAAUGUAUAUCGAUCAAUACAAGUAAACGAUAAAAAAAAUUUAAUAAAACUGGUUCGAACCGCGGCGGUGACGAGGAGAGAAAGUAGUAUAACGUUAUAGACCGAGUUCUCCGCACGCGAUUUAACAUAAUGAGAGUACAUAUAUGAACGAAAUAAAAAGAAUAGGCUAUAAGAGAUUGAAUUUUCGCGUUGAAAAUAAUAUACAUAAAAAAAUAAUAAUAAUUAAAUGCAAGUUAAAUCAGCUUAUUAAAGAAAGUAUAAUUUAAAGACGCGGCUCCUGUAGCCGGUCGGAUUAUGGGACACUUUUGGGAACUAUAUAAAAUAUUCUAUAUUUUAUAAUAUAUAGUUAUAGGCUUUAUGGGCAAAACUUGACAAACUAUGUGUAUGUUUAGAAAGAAAAAAAAAGAUUUAAACCGUUUUAAAUGUUCAAUUUAUGCAAAUCACAAUGUUUACCCAGCGAAUAAGCCAUUUCAAAAUAUGUACUAAAACUAUAGGUUUUCUAAAACAAGAGGCUUGUCGUAUAGACUUAUAGUCUUUUAUUAUUAUUGUUAUUUUUUUUUUUUUUUAACGACCUGAUUAAUUUAAUUUAUCUUUUUUAUAUUCAAAAAGUAUUCCGUUUACAAAUAUGUAUAUACUCCGAAACUCGUGAUAAAAAAAAAAAACAUUGUUUCUGUCAAGACCGUAUCCGGGGUGGGUUUAUCCCUAGUGUUUAUUAUUUUCAAGAUAAAUGCCAAUUAUGUUUGUAACGAAAAUAAUAGACGAUUUAAUUUAAACCGGCCUUGGUUUCUGUAAUAUUAAACUCGUCGACCUGUUUAUUCUUCUUAUUACUAUUUUAUUAUUAUUUUUUUGAGAAAAACGACUUGCAGACACAUUUUAAGUAGGAAACGCUAAUAACAGCGAAGACGUUUUUGUCUGAAAAAAAGCACGACUUUUUUUUCUUAUUAUCGGACCCUUGAUACUCAAAGGUAAUAAUUGUCGUACACGGUACACCUAUACUGCUCGAGUUAUUCGACUGCAGCGAGAAAAUGUAAUAAUACAAAAUAUGACCGUUCCGAACGAAAAAAAAAGUAUAAAUCUCGACGCAGUCUCGCCAUUCUAAAACGUGAAUACGGUUUAAACUAUAAUAAUAAUAAUAAUAAUAGGUAUAUAGAUAAUAUUAUAACGGACACUCGUUUAUAUUGUACGUAUAUAUAUAUAUAUAUAUAUAUAUAUAUAUAUAAGUGCAUGAUGCGAUAUGAAAUUAUACGAGUGCGUAUUCACGAGCUUAAUAACAUAGUUCGGUCACUCGCGUAUCACCCUGUAUACGUGCAUAAUAUUAUAUACAAUUUGUGUUUGCGUUUAGGACGUUUUCGAAAAUUGGCCGAUACAAAAUCGCGCCUGCAGUUCCAUCUGCGGCACGCGGUACGUUCUAUAUAUUAUUAUGUCAAUAAUUAGGGAGAAAGUGCAUCGCACACACGCACGCGUGUACGCACGUAGAGAUAUUAAAUAACAAUAGUUAUUAAAAAAUAAAUAAUAAAAAAAGUGUCGUGAUGUUCGCCAUUUAUUGUAAUCGCGUGAUGUACACCGGCCGUGUCCGUAGAAUUUAUGCGUGUGCCGUAGAGACCUUAACUGUGUGCGCACAAUAAAAUUGUUUUCGUAUCCAUUAUUAUUAGUAUAUCGGCCGAAUUAUUAGUCACGGUCCGCGUAAUCCUAACAAAACAAACGGGUAUGUUUUUGGUUUUUUCGCGGCCCGCGGAGGACGAUAACAUUAUAUUUUUAACGCUAAACUGCACGUUAAUUAAUUUCCACCGCGGUGUGUGUAUCAGUGAUGCGAAAAAUCCGGCAAUGGUUUUUUUUUUUUUUAACGGCGAUAGGGAUCCGCGACCACUUCUUUUAUAGAUUGGCUAAACGUCGGCGAAAUCAUGAACAAAACACAAAGGCGUGCGUGUAUAGAUAGAUAAUGACAGGAGGAAUUUCGGUAUACGUUUAACAAUAAAAAAAAAAAACAAAACAAAGAUUGGGCGCAUAAAAAGAAGUGCUUCGCGGGAAGACAACUGUUCUGGGUGUGUAGGAAGUCGGUGAGAUCGUAUUCGGACGCGUUUCGUUUCGACCGAAUUUAAAUUUAAUUAUUACUGUCGGUUUUUUCCCCUAUUACUGAUGUACAUGAUGUUGUGUAACCGAAAAAUCCCGGAAAUCAACAACAACGAAAAAUAGUUUAUUUUUUUUUUUUUUAAAAAUUGAGUCUAGGAAAUCCGAAUCUUUUACAGAGGCGGUGCGAACGUUUUCGAAGGAUUUUGACUAAACCGACAAAAGGUGUAAUAUUAUACAAUUCAAUAAUAUUACGUUUGUCUCGCCUCGCCUAAAAUUUGAUAAAUAACGUCUUUGUACGUGUAUUUUUUAUAAAUUUUUUCGUGUCGCGGAAAUGUAUCUUGGACAAAAAUGCGUGUCCUUAUACGUUGCGUAUUGGGCUUGGCCGUUGUACAAAUAAAACGCAAAACGUUUUGUGCCUGGACCGCGGUAAUUAUUCCGAUAAACGCAAAAGGUGUCGAAAUAAUAUUCUUAUUACUUCCUACGCGCGAUAGGUCCGAGGGCUCGGCGGCGACAGCAUUCAGUUGCGGUGUUGUCCGUAUUAUUAUAAUAGCAUUAAUAACGUCUGCAAUAACGUACGCGAACACAUAUUUUAGGUGGAGUUUCCGUCGUCAAUUUAUUAUUUUCGCCUCGGGAAUAAUAAAAAAAAAAUAAUAAUAAUAAAUAAAAAAUGCUCGUUACGGAAUUUAAUUUAAGUGUCUAAAUAGACGACGACAACAACAACAACGGACUAAUUUUAUUUAUCUUUAGACAACACAACACGAAAAAACCAUUAUUGUCAUACACACGACGCAUCUUAUCAUUAACGCGGUUAUUAAAAACGCGAUGAAUUUUAUAUAAACGUAGUUUGGCCUCCACGGGUGGUUUCUAUUUGUAUAAAUAUUUUUCCCAAAACGUGUGAUUUUUUUACGACAGAUUUCGUUCCGAAUUCGUAAUUUAACGUCAUGACUGAAUAUUUUAUUCCAUGAGCAACUUUUUCUACCAAAAAUUUUGCUCCGAUAUAUCAAAUGUAAUAUCUUUUCCGAAAGAAAAUGUUAUCUACUUGGUACAUUUUUGGAUUUUCCCAACGGUUUUCAUAAUAAUUAGGAAAAAAUAUAGGAAAGACGGAAAAAUUCCCGCACAUACAUAAAAGAACAUCUGAAUCGCUCAGGAUCGUUUUUCGUUAUCGACGGUCGUUAACAAAUUCUCGUAUUUUUGAAAACCAUCAUUACUUCUCUACUUACUUCUUUUUGAAAUCUUCAAAAUCAUUUUUUCCUAAAUUCACGUAAUUCGUUAUUGCAAACUCAGAAUAGAUUUUGAUAUAGUCUCAUUUCGUCUUGAUUUCGUACAGUUUUAUUGCGCUUAGAAAAAUUCAAACGGACUAAAAGGUGCGUGUGGGUGUAUCUCUUUGUCACUCGUUAACAAUCCUCAGAUGGGUUUACAUUUUCACUCCGUCCAUGUUCCUUUUCAGAAGCAAAUACCACUUUGAUGCUGGCGAUCUGUUUUUCCAGCCUAGUUCAUCCUACGUGAUUCUUUUUCCCUUCGACGCGUCCAUCUCUUUAAUCAAUUUCAACAGACCUUCACAUCUGACUGUAAUACGACCAGUCCGCUAAUUUCGUCUACUUAUCAGACUUUUCCGCAGCAGCUGUUUUCUAAUCUGAACGGCAAAAUAUUGCACGAUUGCCCGCUCUCCAGCGCAAUAUGGUACAACAAUAAUACGGUUUUAAAAACGAGAUUUACAGACGCGUCGUUAUCGUCAUUAUUAUUAUCGGCCCCUUAACCGCGUUCGGGAACGAAUUGUAUUUGCGCAUAGCGGGCACCGGUGACCAGUAUCGUCGGGGCGCGGCCGGCCGGCAAACGAGUUCGGGAAACAGGUCACUGGGUCCUCGGAAAUAAUAAUAUUAUUACGACGACGGCGGUAAUGGUGUGUUUUUUUUUUUCUUUUAACGCGAAAAAAAAAUUAUAAUAAUAUACUACGGCAAUAUUCUAAACUAACCGACUCUCGGACAAGGCGAUAAUAUUAUCAAUAAAAAUUGCUGUGGCGGCGACCGCGUGCGGAUUUAUUCAAAUCGAUCGCGAUCCACUUAAACCGUGCUAAAAGAAAGUAAUUUAAAGCAUAGGUGUUUCGAUUGAAAAACGAAUACCUCGCAUUUUUCACACCGCGCGUUGUAGGUCCGCACUGUUGUGGGCGGGCAUCGUCGGUAAGGUAGUUUAUCGUCACCAUAAUGAAUUAGGUACCUAUACCUAAUCUAGUUUAGGUAGGUACUGAAAGCGACUGAUGAAUCACUUUUGAAAACCGUACCGAGCGGGGUCAGGUUAGGUCCCAGAACUAGUCGGGUUUUAUUUCUUUCGUGUAGGGCUCAAACGCGAGUCGUAUGAAAAUUUAAAUUUUAAAUUCCUCCUGCGGAAUAUCAUCAAACCCCUGCAAUUAUCUGUGUAAUGCACGGUGAAUAUUUUCUCGUGAAACCAGCAAUUUUCUCGUAGGGUUUUUGAAUGAAUUUGAUUCAUCGUUUCAGUUUUACUUUAAUAUUAUAUUCAAUUUUUUUAGAAAUUUCGAUUCAUGCUGUCAAUAUUGUUUCCUAAACUAUAUAAGACUGUUUUAAUUAUUAUCGAACAAAUAAUGCCAUAAAAUUAAAAAAAAAGUUAACCUCCAUAAUGCACCGACAAGAUCGAAAUUGAUACCUCGCGAAAGCCCCGAUGAAGUUUUUGUUCGGGGACAUGUAUUUUGGUCGGAAACUUAUUCACAGGCUACUAUUAUACAACUCGUCGUUUUUUUUUUUUUUUUUAACGAUGUAUAGUAUAAACGUGCGAAUUUCGUAUCGUAAAUUAAUAUCGUUUUGAUUUCGCACGUUUUUUUUAAGUAAAAAACAUGCCUAUUACGUGUCUUUUUGUAUUAACCUCGCGGAUGAAUCAUUCAUUGUAUAGUAAAACAUUCGGCAUCGCACGGUAAUCCAGAAAUGAAAAAAAAAACCAGGGCAAAAGUGUAAAAAAAAAAACCACUGUUAUUCACCUAAAUCGAAUUGUCUAAGUACAUGUUUAUCUAUUGAUUACAUAUUGUUUACGAACAAUAUUUUAUAUAUUAAUACGUUUAAACUGCGGUUAUCGUAAUAUUGCGCUUAAUUGAAUACGAUAAUAUUUAAACUAUUGUACACUUUUAUUAGUUUGUUGUUCGCGGUCGAACAGUGUAUGUUCAGAUUUGGUCAUAUCCGGUCAUUAUCUAGUUUAUCAGGUAAGCUUUUACAAAAUACAAUAAUUACGAAUUUAAAUUCGUUUGCAUUAUGCGUUCGCGUAAUUUUCACUUAAUAUCGAAUUUCAAUAAUUUCAAACUAGUUUUAACAAAUUAGCACAAAAUUGCGCGACCAAAUAAAUAAGACAUUAUUACAAAAGUAUUCAUUAGUAUUAUUUUGUAAUUUCCAGCUGUGACUAUUUGUAAUAUUUAAAAAAAAAAUUUUAAUAUAAGUUGUAGACUUCAACUAAAAUGGUUAUGCUAACUUCUUUUCAUCUCUUAAAUAGCCACCACCAGACCGGACCGGCUUAUACUCCCAAGCGGAGCCGCCAAACUUAACCAAACCAUACCUACAAAUUUUGAUGUUAAAAUUUAAGAAAAUGAAAUCUAAGAAAAAUUAAAACAUAAAAAUGAAUAUGAAUAACGCUGGAUAUACUGUUUUCAGUGGCGCACGCCGGGGGGAGGGGGGUCUGGGUUGCCAACUGACAGAAAAUUGGUGGGUGGAUAUAGUAUAAUAUUAAUUAUUUAUUAAUUGAGUUUUAUUAUGCCUAAACUUAUAUUUGACUUGUAGGGCGGGUGAAUACGUAGAUAUUUAUAUUUUCGACACCCUUGUGAAAAAUGUACUGUGCGCCACAGACUGUUUUCAUAAUCAAAGACGUUUGAAAAUAUAUUAUACGCUCCUUGGUUGGAUUAGAUUAUUGUAAUUUUUGUUUAUAAUAUUAUUAAUACGAGUUCAAAUUUUCGGCACUCUAAAAUUCCAGUUUCUAUAAUCUAAACCAAGAAGAACAAAAAAUGUUUAAAUAAAAUCUUUAAGUGUAGAUGAACUUGUCUUGACUACAAGAGUUAGUUGUAUGAAAAUUUAAAUUUAAAAAAAAAUUCUUACAGAAAAUAAUAAUGGAAAUAUUAACAAUGAAGAAUACGAAGGAGAUGGCGAUGAGGAUGAUAAUAAUGAUGAUGGUGGUAGUGAUUAUGACAAUAAUGAAAGAGUUGUCAAAAUGGCAGUAGAAUAAGAAUAAACAAAUAUAUCUUAAUUUAAAAUGAUUGAAAAAAAUUGUAGAAUCAUUUAAUGAAACACGUUGAACGGUUUCAGUCGCGACUAUUUUUGGACAAGAAAACUUCAAAAUCAUUUCUCUUACCUUUUCGAAAUUAUAUUAUGUAUAUUGCGAAUCGAUAUUUUAAGUACCGAUUUUUAAAUUUCUUGACCACUAGUGUCGUCCGCAAUCAAAAUCGAAUAUAUUAUUUUGUUGAAAUCGACGUAUUUACGGUGGUAUUAUUAUGUUUACUUGAAAAAUACGUCCUUGCGUUCUCUGCGGCACAUUACCUCAUAUGAUCACCGCUCAUACAUUUUUAUUAUAAUAUUCUUAUGGCCAGCCUAUUAUUAUCCAUGUGUUUUUUUUUUCUGGUAAAUAACUACAUACGUACCGUACCGUUGGAUAUUUCUGCAACGGAGGACGCGCGUAUUAAUUUUAACAUGUGUUUUAUUUUUUUUUAAACCUAUAAUCGAGGUGUUGUUUUUGUUAUGGGAUUCAAUUGCGACUGUACGUCAUUUUUAAUCAUCGUAGCCAAUUAUUACGACCGGCCAUUGUGUCGUUGGUGCCGAAAUGCAGACGCGCGCAUUGUUUUUUUAUUUUAUUUUUUAAGUAUGCGUGCGAAGGCCAUCCGCAUACGGGGAUAAUAAUCACGGUACACGCAAUAAGUAAGUUGACAUUAUAAUCUGUAGAAGAGAGACUACGGUCGGGAAGUGGCGCGCAGACAGGUUACCGCCCGAGUAUAUACAGCUAGGUAACUGCAGCGACCGCAUAUCGGGCGCUAUCGACCGGGUGAGGGGUGGAUGUAGAUUAUCGGUGUCAACGGGAAGCCUUAAAAAAAAAAAAAACAUCUUAAAAAGAAAACAAAAAAGACGAGCAUACUUUUGUCGACCGCACGUAUUCUCGAAAUUCCUAUGCGCGCCGCUGCCGCUGACGGGAGAAGUUGUUAUUUUCGAAAAGAGGAACUUUUUGAAAUUGACUAAAAUCCAUGGCGUAGUUGGUCGGGCAGGUAUGUACCACGCCGAGUAUGUAAAUUUUCUCGCAAAGUUUCGUUCGGAAAAAUAUUAUUAUUUAUAGUUUUAAAAUAACGAUUUUCCCUCAAAAUAAGCUCGAACGUGAUGUAAUAUCAAUGCGCAGUCAUGGAUUAUGUCGAACGGAUAUUUUCCGGUCUCGAAGGUUUUCGUUCUUAACAACAACAACGUAAUAUUACGCGAACGCACCCCGUGAUACCGCUGCAAUUGGUUUUUUUUUCUUUAUAUUUGUACUAUAACAGAAAACUAUCGACUACGGGCGGAAACGCAGCUAUAGGUAAUGAUAACGGAUCGUUUUCGUCUCCCGUCGUCGUCGUUGUUACGUAAAUCCGCAGCAGUAUAACCGGGUAAUAGUUUUAUUAUAUAAAAUUUAUAAAAAAAAAAAAAAAACUCUUCGGAUUUACCUAUAUAUUUAAACAAAAAAUUGGGCUAUAGUCACACACCAGUCAACGAUGAACAGUACUGAAUUCGCAAGAAAAAAAAAAAAUGUACUUUGUUCGCGUUAAAAACCGACUUUCCUCGACCUGUUCUGCAGGGUAUGCGAAAAAAAACAUUGCCCUCUAGCGAAUUACCGUUUGACCGACAUCUAGAAAACUGCUGAACAGUAAAUACGCAACGUACGCGACGAAAUUUCGCAGAAAACUCUAAAACGAUACUCGUCUAGUUUGCGUUCUCGUCCGCAGGUAUACCGAAUCAAUCGGAUUUGCGUAACGAUAGGUAAUUUACGAAAUUAAUUACCGGAGUUCCGCUCUGUCAAAACCACCGGCGCAGCGUCGGCGAAAUCGAUUGAUAACCGAAAGAAUGAUUAACGAAUAUUUGUAAUGCACGGCAUAUCACUCGACUGCUCUCGAGUGGCAAUAAAAAUGUGUGUACCGUCGGAAAUUCGAUAACAGGUUUUAUGUUAUUUGUUUGAAUUCUGCCACGUCCGCAUCUUAUUUUUUUUUCCAUCAUAUAAAUGAUGCACUUGUAAAUAUUCAAAUAAACUAAUUCGCUUUCCGGUCGCGUAUAAUUAACGAAUUUAACGCGAAGUUUUAUUCGAAAAACAAUAAUAUACAUAAUAUUGUCCUGAUCGGACAAACCUAUUUUGUAUUUUUAGAUAUCACCGACCGAAAAAAAUAAAAAAGAUCCUCUUAUUAUUAUUAUUUCCCCGAACACCAACUCGACGCGUCUCAAUCAGUUUCUGUCGACGACAACGAAGCUGCCGCCGCGUGUCCCUCGGCACUUUUGAAUAAAUCUUCGUUAGAGUAUUGAAAUCGCGGUAUAUCACUGCGUACAUACGUAUGCACGUAUACACGUGACAAGCUUCCCAAGAGAGACGAUAUAUCCGAAACAUUCGCAGAGUAUACAAUAUGCAAUACCGAAAUCCAUUGCCAACGAUUCAAAUAACGUUACGGCUAAAAAAUAUUUAUACAGAAAUAAAAAACAGUAUUGCACAAGUGCACAACCUUGCGUGUACCUGCAUGCAUAUUUAAACUGGAAUUUCACGAGAAAUUAAAUGUACUCAAUUAGUUCGGUUUUUUUGUUUUUUUUUUUUUUUAAUGCGGUCUUCUAUACCCACAUAUACUAUAAAUUACGCUUAAAUCCGCGCAACAGAACAGCAGACACUUGAACGUACGAAAAAAUGACGUAUUCGAGGUAAUAAUUAUUCGGUAUUUACGACUUGAUUAGAUACAUCAAUGUAAAUAAAUUCGGUGUUAGAGCGAAGACGCUGCAAUUUACCGAAAUUUCGUUUUGCAAUUUAUUCAACACGAGAAAAAAACCUCCGAGUAUAUCUUACGUAAAUGUUAAUACGUUGUUCGAUAAUAUAAUAUUAUAUGCUCGUAUAUAGUUGUAAACUUGUUAUCAAAUUUUAUAUAAUUAUACGUCUUGCUUUAAAGUUAAGUGAAAAAAAAUUCGGAGUGUAGGACGCAGAGGUUCUACUAUACAUACUGCACUUUAAUCUCGCAAUAAUUAAGUAGGUCAAAUAUCCGCCUUAAUAUAAUAUUAUUAUAACUAGAACAAAACUGAAUUGAUUAGGUAUGCGAAAAAUACGAAAUUUACUUUUCACAUAUUCAAGACGACUAACGAAGCAAUUGCGUGCAGUUUAAUACAUCAGCUGUCCUCUUAUGAGGACCCGCAUGUAUUGUCUCAAUCUUCCAAACAUAUUUCAUACCGAAUUUGCGUUCAACAGGAACUCUGACUGUUCUGAUAUUUUUUAUAUUAAGGUGAAUUGACUUAUUAUCAAACUUAAAGAUGAUGCAACGUUAGCGAUAUUUUAAAUGUUAAGAGAAAUAUGAAUAUGCGAAAUAUUAAAAUUGUUCAAUGCUUAUAAAUAGCUUGAAAAUUUAAAUAUCGAAAAAAUAGAGCCAACGCUGCACAGAUAAUAUACUUAUCUCUGAGUUUGAUAAGAAGUCAAUGCACUCAAAUAUUAAAACUAACAGCACAAUAUUAUUCCUUAUUAAACGCAAAUUUGCUAUGUCGUACAUUUGAAAGACGCCGACAAAUCAUGCGGGUAUCACGCCUACUUUAAUAAAACAAAUCAUAUAAAUUCUCUAACCGAAAUAUUAUAAUCGUAUUUAAUUUUAAACAUUUUCUCAAGUUUUCAUGUUAAACUUUAGAUUAUGAGCGAAACGAAAAAUUUAUUGGUUUUACUGAUAUGUGCUUUAUUUUCUAUCCAUCAUUUUUGACGAAAAUCGUAAUUCUUCGCUUACCAAUUUAAAUUAAAUAACUGUAUGGACGCUACUCUCCAAACUCCCACGCAUAACAACGACACGCCAUCAGCAGUAUACCAGCUUUUUUGUACGAUAAAACGAUUUUUGUUUUUUAUGUGACGAAAACUAAAAUACUAUGUAUCUGAACAAAAUUCUCUCGUAUAGUGAGUGUUUUGCCAAACUUGACAUUUUUGCGCGAACUAUCACUACGUAGGUAAGAUAUUCAGUAGCUCCGCGAAAUUAAUUCUAUACUGUUGGUCGCACUUAAAUUUGUUUUAAAAAUGCUUUGUAAGUAUCUCGUUUUUAAAGAAAUAAUGAACUAUGACUAAUCGACAAACACGCAGAAAAAUAAUAUACAGGUAAUAUAAUAUAUUUACUGUCAUUUUUUACACGCGUAAAUUGUUUUCUCGUCAAUAUAAGUACCUGAGAAUAAUAUUUAAAAAGGAAAAAAAAGCGUAUAUAUUAUGCCGAAGCUGCAGUACCUACAUAAAGGUCGCACGAUAAACGUGGCAAAAUUGCAAAAAAUUCAAAAAAUACGUGGCGUUCGAACAUAAUAUACUUCGGAGCUUAUUGUCGCGAAAUUGAAUUUCAAUGUUCUUUACGUCAAAUGUUACGAAACAUCCGCGAAAUGUGUUUAAAAAUGUCGAUUGUCUACCAUAAUAUGCCUACGACGUAUAAUAGCUACUGUCAAUAACGGCCGAGAGAUAAAUUCGUCCGCUUAUAUUCGGUCACGCCUAAAUGUAAAAUAAAAAUAAUGGUCCCUACAAUAUAAUAGCUCGUUUUUAAAGAAACGAAUUGCAAACUGUGGCCGAUCGACGGACGUUUCGGACAUUUUUUUUCCCCCUUCUCCUUCUCGUCCGUCAACACUGUACCUACCUACCAUGAUGUACAAUGCGCGCCUUGCAAAUCCGCGGGUAAAGGUCGCGUGACGAUUCAGUACGGCUUAUCAUUAUCGGUGAAAUUGAAUCGUGCCGGCGCGUAGUAUCUGUACAGACUAUACUAUAUAACGUGUAGUAUUAUAAUUUAUUAUACUUAUUAUACUCCCACCCGUGCACGACUCGGUUGCGCGAAAAAAAUCACGUUAAUUAUGCACGAGUAUCGGCGAAAUGUGUAUUUUUAGUCAGUUCGACAUUCGCUCGACGGGAAAAAUUUCCCGCAGUAAACGCGAAUAGUAUCGCGGAACCGUGCAGCGCUCGGAUGUCCGACGACGAAUAGCCCGCGAACACCUCGGACGCCUCGGAGGCGAUUUUUGCGAGAGAAAAAAAACAACGCGACAAUUAGCGAAUGUAUUCGCAGGCGCACGGCAGCAAUGACCCCGCGCGAAGUUUGGUGAACUCGUCGUGAGUAUACAAUAUUAUGUUGGCGGCUACAGCAGUAGCGGUGCCUUCGUUCCUCUUGAAGGUCGAGAAGUACCGGUAGCGUAUUUCGCGAACUCGUAUAUAUUAUUAUUAAGAUUUUCAUCGCUGAAAUCCGAAUAAAAUCAUAACCGGAACCGCACGUUUAUUAUUAUUAUUAUUAUAGGUACUCGGUAUCGACAACGCCGCCAUCUAUCCCGUGCAAAACAAUCCUCCCGGAGGACGUCCGAAAAUCGUUUAAUAACCGCGUUUACCGCACCGGAAUCGCCGAUAACGACACUCUAUUAUAAUAUAAUAGUACACGCGGGCAAAAAUGUGCGGGUCCAAAAACACGUAUUCGCAAUAAACGCGGUCUCGGUGCCCAUUACCUUUAGGUUUAUAACGCAUACUUAUAUACCAUGGAUUUUGGGGCCACCGCGUCAAACCCGUAAGAAAUCAUUAUAUUUUCGAUUAGCAUAAUAAUAACGAGGUUAGUUGAAUAGUUUUCAAUAUCGGAACGAGGCGAAAGAAAUCGAUUUCUAGUUUAAAACUAUGUACGAUUAUAUUAUUAGGGAUUUUUUUUUACAAUUAUUUUGUUUUUAUUUAAAAUUGAAUACUUCUACUCGUUAAAACCCAAUGAUUUACUAUCGACUCGUGGUGUUUUACAUACGAACAAUGUAAGACCGCAGAAAAUACGUAUAGCUAUAAGGAGAUCAACUGCCCCGGGCCGCCAAAAUUGUAAUUGUAACUUGUAUCGUUUAUUAUAAUUGGUAUUGAGUUUUAAGGAAAAAUAUUCUAAUAAUAUGGCGUGUGUUUUGAAUUUGAUAGGCUAUUUUAAAUCUCUACGAUUUGCAUCGUGAGAAGAGCUUAAAAUAAAUGUAUGCCGGGACAAAUUCGCACUAGUUAUCUAGGGCGCAAAAUUUAAACUCGCCCCAGAGCGCAUAAAUGCUAUACACCGCAGGACUGCGUCCUUUUUUUAAGACGUGGUUAAUGUAUUGAAGGCUAUCAAUACGAUCAUACUAAAAACAGCUAGAAGACAUUUCGUGAUACUAUUAUGGGAAAACAUCCAUAGAUAUUCUAAAACUCAAUACUCCGCCUACCUCUACGAUUCUACAGAAAUGUUGGUGAUUUGCGCUCAACGCGAAAAUUAGUUUUUAUUCCACGCGUAAUAUCCCGCGCAGAAAUCGAAGGCGGUCAUGUAUUCUGUUGACUUCGGUGAUUAAUAAUUGGAUGAAUAUUGAAAACGGCGAGCCUAAUACUUUCUUCUAUAAACAGAGCAAAUAUUAUUCCGGAUUCGGUAACUAAAAAUUAAAAAAUUAAAUUUAGUUUUGUCAUUUUGGUUUUCGCAAUUGUAUAGUAGAACUCGUUAGAACUACAACCCCGCCUCUCCCCCCAUCUAAUUCACAUCGUUAAUAUCUCGAAAUCGAUCUGCUCAUAAAAUUAUACCAGCUUUAUUGAGAAACGCUACGUUUGAAUUCUACGGUGAAAAUGAAUUGUGUUUAAUCGUCAUUCCGAUUGUUUAUUUUUAUUCAAUGACAUAGCAAUAGUAGUAGUUGUUUUUUUUUUUUUUUUAUCUAAAAUUCACAUCAUUUCACUGUUCGCGUUUGUGAUUCGAAAUUUAACGACUAAAGUCGUUAUUAAAGAAUUAUUAUUAUCGAGCGGGUUAGAAAUCUGUUUUUUUUUUUUUUUAUAUAUAUAUAUAUUUUUUAUUCUGAAAUAAUUUUGUAAUUGGUAAGACUAAAAAAAAACUACCUAUAUAAUUUUCGAACCGUCCGGCCGAGCACGUUCUUUAAAGGAUUUACGUGAAACGGUAAAUAACUAGGUACGUCGGUUUUUUUUUUUUUUUUUUACAUAACGGGCUCUAAAAGCAUGUAUAGACUGCAGAUAUCAAAACAUGUAAAGAAAAAAUAUAGAAACAUUAAAAACGGUUUUUGGGACGAAAAAAAAUAGAAACUGUACACACACAUUCUACGGUCAUACACGAUCACUCGCUAUUUCUUUGCUUUAAUAAUGUAACUAAAAAAAAAAGUUAACAAAUUGACGAUAGGACCAAAAAAAAAACAACUACAUAUUAUUACUGUCACCAUAAUUAUAUACCUCUCGGUGUAUAGUUAUGUUUUUUGUCUUUUAGUUUAUUUUAGAUGAAAUUCUUUAAGCCGCAAACCAAUAACUCGUAUUAACAAACGGGGAAAUCCCGUACGAAUGUUCGUCAACGAGGAAAAACAAAAAAAAAUUCUAUCUUUUUUACCAUACGGCAUACGCGCAUCUUGUUAUGACAAUACCAUAAUAGCAGUUCCGGAAUGGACGCCUGAAGGGAACAAGACACGUCGGGAGCAAACCAUGGGAGAUAUGUGGUUAUAUAGACGUGGUUGGAAGAGAUUUGAAAGCAAUGGCGGCAGUUGUAUUCCACUUUAGUGGGAGGUAAAUUUUAAUUCCAGGAGGAACUCGUGGGAUUCGAUCCCUCCCAUCAUCCUUUUCGAAAAUAUGCACAUUUCGGUGGUUAGAUAAAAAAAAUUGUCCAUAACCAUUCUCGGUGUACAUUUUUGAGCGCGCUUCUGUUCAAUUUCUCCCCAUUUCAACAGUUCGUGCAUAUAGGCGUUUCAUAUUUGAAUUGAUACCAAAAUAUACCGAUGUAACUAAAACGACAAAUUUUGGUCGACACUCAAAGACCGGGAGUAGAACUAUAGAAUGACGGUACGUCAUAGUGAUGGCGACGAACGUUCUAAGAGAAUUAUUUGUACAAGGUACCAAUGAUGAUAAUGAUAUUUAUAUCGACAAAUUUUUUAAACGACAUUGUAUGCGUUGGGCACGUGAAACAAACACAGACACGCGUUGCAAGUUCGUUUGUGUACUUUGUUGUCGGACUCGUGCUCAGUAAUAUAAUGAAACUUGCGAAUUUUUUUUGUUUUUGUUUUUGUUUUUUUUUUUUGUAUUGUAAACCUUAACUGUCUAAUAUCCAACGGUGACGUUUUAAAAUUUUCGGAUGAAUAAAACAAAUGUUAACACAAUGUCGCUAUAUGUGUGAAAUCGCGAACGACAAACUAUUGAUUUUCGUUUACUUAUUUUUCUUUUGUUUUUUGUCUUACGACAGUAGUAAUUAGGAGAUAGAUCGUAAAACUGCGAUGCUAAUUAUGAAAAAAAAAAAAAAAAACGAAAAAAUCAUCGGUAAAUUGUUAUUUUUAUUUUUUAUCAUCUAUGUGUAUAAUAACAUAUCUAAUAAAUAUGUACACACGGUCGAAGUAGCAGAAAACGAGAAUUUUAAAAAUUUGUUUUUAUUAUACUGGGACGAUUGUGCGUUCAGAGCCACGAAGUAUAAUAUUAUCAUGUACGAGGAGAAAAAAAAAACUUUGAAAACGUGUGACGUGCGCACUGUAUAUACCUACCAAAAAUAAUUGUUCGUUUGGUAUUUUCGUUUUUCAGACGUACGAUGUCCUUGCAGAUGCCGGUGACAGAGGACACGCCUCCCGACAUGCUGUCUGGGGCAAUGGAUCUGAACGUGAUUCUGCCUAACGGUUCCGUGAUCAAGAUGAGCGUCGAGAGAAGGUCAGUACCUAUCUGCUAUACGUUUGAACGUGCACCGCCGCCGUGACGCCAUAUAAUAAUAUUUUCCGGAUGUUGAUGAUACCCUAAAAAAAUUAAAAAAAAAAAAAACCCACGAAAUCGACAUUGGAAAAAUGACCUUAAAACAUCGAACGAAUAUAACCUUAUAUACGGCGUUUGUUUUUAGAUAAUAAUAUAAUUAUUAUACCCACGACAGGGUUUUCCGAGUUUCGUGUUACAGUCGAUUCCGUCGUGCAAUACGCAUAUUUUUUUCAAAAAAAUCACCUUUUAAGUUUGUAGUUUUGUGAGUAAGCAGAGAGUACAGUGGAUCGUCAUUGGAUGGCAAUAUGCGACGGCGCGAUCACUUUAGCAACUUUUUGAAAGAGUAUUUCAUGCCUCAUGUUCUUACUAUGAUGUAUACGAUGUAGACUCUUUUCUGAAAGAAAAUUUUCUUAGGGUGGCACUUUAGAGAGGUCAUUUUUCAAUUUUCUCAGGAAUGUUUUCAUAAAAUUUGAAAAAAACGGAGAAAAACGUGAAAAUGUACGAAAUAUAUUAGUAAGUAUUAUGAUUAUUUUUUUUCUGUGGACAAUUUUUCUACCAACAAUUUUGCUCCGUUUUACAACAAUGGCACUUUUUUUUAAAGGAAAUCUGGCUGGGAAGGUAUUUUAGGGACGUCAUUUUUCCCAGAGUUUUCCCCGCAAAUGUGAAAAACGUAGAAAAAAUGGGAAAAUUAGUAUUAGAUUAAACAAAUAUUACUAAAGAAAAUAUAUAAUGAUUAUUUUAGCAAUUCACCGUAAUAUGACAUAUAUAUAUAUUGUUGACAUUACGUAAAGCAUCAUUAUCAACUGAACUCCGCUCAGAAUCGUUUAUAGAUAGCAAUGGUUUAUCGUUGCUUAUAUACAGAUACAAAUUAAUUUCCCCUCUAUAUCCUACCUUCCCAACUUCUCACCAACAACAGUGGCUGCACCCGUCACUAUUAUCCUAAGACAAGUUUUUGUUUUGUUUUUGGGAGAUUUAACCCGGGAUGCCAUCUCCCACCCCUCCCCUCAUCGUAAAUACUUUACCGACUACUCGGGUUCAAAAGCGAUCAACGCUCGUUUGCAGAAAUAUUAUUUUAAAUUGUUUACUGUCGAUUUCAAUCGUUAAACGCGGUUGAAGCAUCGCCGAAAAUGUCUCGAAUGUCUACAAACGAUUCGUUGAUAAAAAAAAAAAAUUCGCGUCAAACUGUCCACUCCGUCCCGCGUGUAAUUCACGCGAAUUCACUUUGCGUUAAUCGUCCGUUAUUGGACGCGGGAGUCGUGACCGAGACGCGUAGUACACUGCAAAAAACAAACAGACGGAUGCAGUCGGGUUUCAAACGCAAUAAAUUAAUCGGCAAUAUUUUCCGCUCGAAUUGAGAUUUAUUACGUUCGCUCGGCACCGCACCGGGCACAUAAAAUAAUUAAAAUUGUUACCGACGAUUAUUACCGAUUUUAUAACGUAUAUAACCCCAAUAUUUCACUCGAAUAAUUCGCCUACCAUACAAUAAUAUAACGAUAAUAAUAGAAUAACAAACAAGCCGUCCCAUCAAACGUACGAUCAUUAUUUAUACCGGUUGUGAAACGCGUUCGCGUUCGGUUUUUUAAGACAUAGGUAAACACGAGUUUAAACCGAUAAUUGCGAAACCGAAACGGUAGAAAAAUAAUUCCAAUAAUAUUAUACUGAUUAACGAUUAUAGUUCCCGUAUAUUAUUUCAGUCGUUGUAUAAAACGACGGUUGAUUUUUGAGUGCUAGAAAACAAAAGAAUCAACGGUUAACGUAAAUUGCAGCGCGGACAACGUACGACAUAAUAUUAUUUUAUAGAUAUUUUAUAGAACGUGUAAACGAAUUUAAUCAUAGCCGAAAAACCGCGUCUUAAUUUCUAGCUCAAUUUAAAAAAAAAAAAAAAACCGAAGGCAACUGGUUUUUCACCAUUAUAUAAUUAUUUUUAAAAUACUAUCGAACGAUGAAAUCGGUUUAAAAAAUAACAUAAUUGUUUAGAGAAAUACAAAACUCUUUUUCUUCUCUCUGUUCUAAGCUUAACUGUAGCUGUUCAUGACAACUUCCUCCUCUAACUCUACGCACUGCCGGUAAUACGACUCGUACGUUCUUCCCGUUUCUUAAUUUCUCCGCAUCUACUUUAAUAGUAGAAUCAACUUACGAUGGUUUUGGAUUUCCCCCCCCCCUUUUAGCUUUUUACCGGCUGUUUGUCACCAUUCCGCAUAGUUACUCCGCGAUUCCGACUUCCUUUUCCCCGCGCGUUGCGUGUCCAGCCCAUUGCAGUCAAACAAUACGUGCAUAUUCAACGCGAUCGUAAUAAUAUUUCGCUGAUAUUCUAUAAAAUGUCUAGAUACGGAAAUUAUAAUAUUAUAAUACGCAUACUGGGCAUUUUAUGCUGAAUGAAUUUGUAUAACACUCUCUGCCCUAUUUAUAAAUCGACCGUAAUUUUGUGGGUACCGCUAAACCGACUGACUUGUCGGGUUGGGUUAAGCGCGGAAUACUCGUAUUCAGCGACAGAAGCGUUUCGAAAUUCAACGAUUUGCAACUGUCUAUUCAAGUUUAGGGCAAGGGAUUUAUUGUAUACAUUAUACAAACAAACAAAAAGGAAGAAUUUACUAAUGGUUUUUUUUUUUUUUUUUUUUUUUUUUUUAAUAUAUUUAUUGAACGAUUAAUGAUUAAAAUUACGAGAAAGCUCGUUAAAUAUAAAACACGCGUGUUUUCGCGGUAAAAAUGAAAAUAGUUUUUUUAAAAAAUCGUUUGGCCAAGAUGCAGUAAGUACCUACUCGUCCUAAACUCAACAUACAGGGGGUCACAUUCGUUGUGUGCAGCCUUUGUUUUCCGUAAUAUUACGCGCGAGACGAACGGAAAAAGCAAAUAAUUGUGUGUACGAGAGGCCCAUCAACAUGAUAUAAUCCGUGCGUAUAAAUAUCGUAAUCGUCUGUGUAUAAAAAAUUGUUAUCGUCGCGCGGGCAAAAUAAAAAAAAAUCGCAUUCCGCCUUUUGAAAACCUACUACCGAGAUAAAAAUUGAUUUCUACGACUGCUGCACCUCAUAAAAAAUAAUAACCGUUAAUUGCCCAACAUAUAGGUGCACGGCGGUAUUCACCGAAUCGUAAAAAAUAAUCUGAUGCUCUUUUAGAUCGCAAUUACCCACAAUAUAAAAUUGCGAACAUACAAUAAAUACCUACUGGCCAAUUAGUACAAUUCUUGCAUGCGUAUUUACGAUUAUAAUAACUACGUUAAACAUGCGUAUAGUAUCAUAAUAAUAAUUAUAUCGUUAUAUAGCUUGUUAUACUUAUUUGUUUUCAUAAACCGAUUUUAUUAGCCACUCGAUAGUUUUAGAUUCUAAGUGGAGCGAAGAAGCUUAUGGUUUUACAAAGAUGUUUUAUUCAUUUUUCUUUUUUUUUUUUAAUCUGUUAACCACUUUUCCACCAGAAGACUUGCUCGGAUUUCCAUGUGUAGCCCCUUUUCUAUAAGGAAAUGAGUGUGGGAAAGUACUUUAAGGUACCUAAUAUAUAAUAUCUAUUUAAUUAUUUUACCAUAAUAUGGCAUAUAUAUAUAUAUAUCGUUGACAAAGCAUCACUAUCAACUGAAAUCUGCUCAGAAUCGUUUUUUCGUGAGCAAUGGUUUUUCGUUGCUUACAAGUAUACAUUAAAUUAUCUAUAACGGUGGUUGCACCCGUCCCUAUUGUUCUAGGACGUCUUUUUUAUUUCACAUUACUUCUUAUGUUAUAAUAUUUUUACGGAAACGAUUGUGAUAUGCCGGAUACUUAUGAUCGCAGGCGUCGAAUAUCGACUCCGACAUCAUACGUUUAUACAUUUGCAUGUUCAAUCUCGGUCCCGGGAGAAAAACAAAAACGGUUCGUUAAAAAAAAAAAAAAUGAAAAUGUUUUCUUCUUAAUGCAUUUGCAGCCAGCCGGUCCACAGCGACCUCUAAAACUUCGUAAUUAGUUGAUCUCGAAAUCGUCCUGACGGUUUUAUAUGAUAUAUAGUAACCAUUGCGUAAAACGAACUGACAAAACGGGCGACAAUAUUUUUGUUAUUUUUGAACGAAAUUUUCACCAUCGCCCGUACGUUUACGUUGAAAUGCUAAAAACGUUGAGAACUUUAAGAACCGCCCUAACACCACAUCAUCUACCUACGCAGUGAGUGUCGGCCUGGCACCUGGAACGUUUAUUUUAAGGGGUUCCGUAGAUGAAAAAUUCAAAAGCCCCGUGAAAAUCCGUGAGGUAUUAGGCCGGAAGUUGGUGUUGUGGAUCCGAUAAUAUUUCAGAAAUGAAUUUCUCGGUGACAUACAUUCGCAAAAUUAUUAACAAUUUAUUUUACUGCAGUUUGCAAUACUAAAAUCUGAACGACACUGUGUAUUUACUAAACAUCUCUGUACAAAAUAAAUUCAGCGGUUAAGCGACGAUAUUUUAUAUUAAUCUGGGGCCCCCCGGACACAGAAACGACCGAGAGCCCCGGGCAGAGGUCUAGAAAGCGGUCAUAGUCGUGUUGACAUUUUACCUACACACACGUGUGUAUUUGAUAAAGUAUGAUAUUAUGUUGAUGAUCAAUAUAGCAUGGUAAUUUUAAAAAAUGUAAUUUCGUAUUGUUAUGAUAUCAUAAUAUCAUUAUAGGUACAGCGACGAUCGAUUAAUACCCUCGUGAGUAAUACAAUAUUUUCAACGUUCAUAAAAAAUAUACCUGUAUAAUAAUAUAAUAUCGUUGUAAUCUUAUAAAGCGAUUAUUUUCCCGUCUCGCGUUUAAAUUUCUCAAACACACGACGACGUAAACAUUUAUUAUCGAAUACUUUACCUACUAGUAUUAUUAUUGUCGUAACGUUUUACAAUAAAUGUACUUAUGAUACGUAUGUAUUUUUUUUUGUUUUUGGAGUAGUAAGAAUAAAAACAAAAAAUUACUAAAAUGCACGUUACCCGAGUACGGCAUCGAUUUAUUGAAAACUGUACUAUCGCAUUGACCGCUUGCAUAACCGUCGUCGUUACAACGAUCGUGGCCUGGCCAAGACAAUACGCGCAACGCCAGCUCGGCAUACGAGAUAAACCGAUCGUUAAAAAACGUUUUUACGAUAAACAUUUCUAGUCUACAAACGAAUUGAUUAUUAUUAGCUUUAUUAUUGUUUACCUAUAGGCAUUAUUAUAUGCCGACCGAAGGUGCGAACGUAUUUCAUAACAUCGAAUAGGCCGCAGUCGAAAAAACUUCAUUCAUUUCCAUUAUCAUGCCUGGAUACUUAUAGUUAUUUAAAUCUUUGAACUUGAUUAUUAUUUCUUGGAAACAAAGUUCAACUGCAGUGUAAAAUAUUUUCUACAUGUGCAAUAUACUUACAAUAAUUGUUAUUACAUUUUUCACGUACAACUUCUGUUCAAUGCAAUACCGCAUUAAUACAUAUUUAUCUACAGUAACCAGUUACCUACCAGUAACCUUGCGAAAACCCUGUAGACUAUAUUAACCUAAAUAGUAUUUGUGUUUAUAAUAUAGGCUACAGACCAUUGGCGUUCCUUUGAAAACGUACGAAUUCUCUCCGCGAAUAAUUCGAAUCGAUAAUAUUGUCGAUUAUAUGGUAAUCGGUCGUUCCGUAGUAUUCAAAAACCAUUUGCGAUUCCCAUACGGCUGUCUAAUGAUUUUGUUGUGGCGCCAUGGAGGUAGGGGAGAGAUGUAGCUGUUCUUUUAAAACUUUUAUUUUAACAAGAUUAUCAUUAUUUAAAAUUUAUAUAUAUAUAGGUGAUAUUCAGGGUUAGGAGGUAAGUGCAUUAUUUCAAUGUAUCUAAUAUAAAUAUUUUAGCUUGAAUUACGUAAAUAUUGUACAAAAUAUUACUCCGAAUUCUUUUCUAUAUAGUAACUGUUAAAUAUAUAUUAUGAUAAUUAUCUUACCCCGAGUUUGGUAUGGAGGAAAAUGCGUCAGUUGAAAAAAUGUUUAUACAAAUUUAAUUUUAAGCCAAACACAUCUCCGAUACGAAAUAUGAAUAGCUUAUAACUUAAGAAAAAUAAGAUGUUCUUAGUAAAAUCAUAAACCUAGAAUUUUAUCAUCAUGUACAAAUAAUAAAAAUUGAACUUUUUUUUCCGUGACGCACUUACCAUUCCUAAUAUACUAAUAUUAACAGGGGAAAAGCAUGUAUUCCUCAUCCCUCGCCCCCCCCCCCCACUCUGACAGUUCCUUUUAAUAUUAUUGAGAUGAUUCGCAAUUUUCAAUCUGUAACGGUAUAUUAUUAUAAUUUAUAUUUUUAAAACAACAAUACAACACCAUACUAUUAUCUCUAUAAUAUAUUGUAUUAAUUGAUGUGUAUUAUAAAAUGUGAAAUCAUCAUUUCUCGAAAACAAUACGCAUGUCGUGUGUAUUGUUUGUGUUCUCGAAUCGUCGAUACUGAAUUAACUGUUACUGAAAAUUAAAACAGCAUAUUUCCGAAGCCUGACUUGAACAACGUUUGAACGCCUAACCCCCAGAAUGAUUAUCAUGUCAUGAUUAGAGCGCAUCAAAUUCUACUUAGGACGCGCCGCCAUAAAUAGCUUGAAGAAAUUAAAAAAUAAUCACGAUAGCGGAAAUUAUAUUCUACUACGCUCACCAGAGCGACUUGUCGAAUGUAUAAUUAGUACAUAAUUUCAAUGAAAUAUUUUUAAUGUCACAUCUGGUAUGAAUUUGACGUAUGGUUAGUACACAAUUUAUAAGGCAUUAGUGAAGCUUGAUAUGUCUAAUUUAACCUUUUAAGGAUCUCUGCGAUGUUAUGAUUUUUAGUGUCUAAAUGCGAGAGGGAAAUAACACCUACAUAAUUCAUAUUAGACGCCACUAAAUCGCCGACGACGACCGCGAAAAGAGAAUUUCGCGUUUAAAACGAAAAUAUCGAGAAGAUAAUAGAUAAUAGAUUUUUAUGCGCCAUUACUCUUCUUCUUCGCAUUAAUCCCACGGAAGUAAGGUCAACUACUUUUCGUCUCGUUCUCCAGGCAUCUUCCUAUCCAUAACCGUUUCUCCAUUUACUCCACAAAUCCUCAAAAUAUCAUCUAUAAUCUCUAGCAUCUUUUAACAUUCUGAGCGAAACGAGUAAUGUAUAUUACUAGUUAUAUUACUUAUUAGUUUUACUAUGAUAUGUGUGUUUUGUUUUUCUGUCUGUCUUUCCCACAAGAAAUCUUGCUCUGACUAUUAACCUCAGAGGUGGUUUCUGAUGGUGUCAAAUUUGGUCUGUAGUUGGCGAAUAGGAGAGUCGUUAUUUUUAUUUUCUCAGCAUUUUACGUAGUAUAGUCAUUUUUUUUUCAUAAGCGUUUAAAAUUUAAAUGUUUAAGAAAAUCGUAAAAAUCGUGGCAUUUCAUGGACAAACGUGAUGUUUAACCAGACUUCACUCGGAAUCGUUUUUACGAUAACGAUCUAUCGUUUCGUAUAGACAUAAAUUUAAUUACUCUAUAUAUGAUGUGUCCAACGCCAUUCCAACCUUCCUCCUUAUUGGCACACCCGCCGUCGGCGCCGUUAGCUAUUUUUUUUCUUUUCGUAUUCAUUCCCGAUCCAUAACCCGCAGGUUCUCCGCGCCCGGUCAUGCAUUCCGCUUAUUAAUAUAACGUUCACGCCGUCGUUUCCGCUACUCGCAGCAUUUGUUUCAUUCCGCAUAUCUUUUAUUAUAUUAUCUAUAGAUAGAAAGAAGAAGAAAAAAAACAUAGCAGCGCCACCGAGUCGCGGACGACGACCGCGGCGAGAGAAGAUUGCUGCGUCUCAAAAAGUCGAGAAGACUUGAUAAUAACGAUGAUAAUAAUAAUAAUAAUAAUGAUAAUAAUAAUAGAUUUUUAUAUAAGACGCAUUGUGACGGGGAAAAAUCGUUAUAGUAUACCGACGACGACGGCGGAAUAUUAUAAGAGAGCGUUUUAAUGUAUUAUAGAGUGUCACUGCCCGUGGCCAGGUCCAGCACACGCACACAAUACGGAUGUAGUGCACUCGUCUGUAUAUGCAGAUUUUUUUUUUAUAUAGUUGUACCCGAUCUAUUGUUCCCCGCAGAGUCGGUCGUUAUACUUUAAUAUGUAUAUUAUAAUAUUAUCGGAUUAAAACAAAAGAUUCGGCGUAAAAUGUAAUUUGCGGGAAUAACGUGUUACAUUUCGAUUCGUUUUUUGUUUUCCAGCACGCCGAUGAUGGACCUUCUCGUACAGAUCACGACUGCUCACAAACUGUCGCCCGGGAGUCACGCGGUACACGCCAUCGGCGAUCGCGGAGUUUUGCCCUACAAACCCAGCACGCCAAUCGGUAAGUUUUCUCGAAAUUCACCCCGACAAUGUGCAAGUGAAAUAAUGUUUUGGUUGGGGGCAAUUUAAAACGCUAUUCCCGAUUCGUAACAUGAAGAUUAUCUUAAAAAUAAUACGCAUUGCCAUUUGCGUUGCGCACACGUUUAAUGAUUGAAAAAAAAAAUACAUGUACGUAAUUUUAAUUCUCGACCGUAAAGGUUUCAAUUCAAUGCCGUUUGUUUAUUGCAAACUAACGUUCCAGACAAAAGUUAAAAAAUUCAUUAUCCCGUAGGUAUACAGAGGUGUAUCUGUAACAUUUCCUAUGCGAUUACCCUGAGGUUAUUAAACUGAGGCCCGCAUAGAACAAAAAUACAAUAAUCGUCCGGGUUUAUUGGUUUUAACAUUUUCAUUGAGGUUUUCGACCGAGUGUUGAAAUUCUAAAAUUUCACAUGUUAUGUUAUGCAAUGGACAGGAUGGAAUUUUUUUAAAUUUUAGAUUCUGGACGGAGCGAUGUGGAAUGUAUUGGCUAUGUUUAUUCUUUUCUUUUUUAUUUCCCGUGGACAACUUUUCAACCAACGAUUUCGCUCCGAUUUACAAUGAUAGAAAUUUGCCUGUAACCUUUCAAUAAAUAAGAAAAAGCGUAGGAAAAAUGGAAAAAUAGGUUCAAUAUUAAACAACCAUUAUUAAAAAAAAAAGUAUACAAUGUAUAUAUGCAAUUAUUUUACCUUAAUAUGAUAUAUUGUUGACGACAAAGCAACACUGAAUCGUUUUUCGUUAACAACGGUUAAUCGUCACGUUUAUAGAUAUACAUUGAAUUUCCCCUCCAUAUCUUCCCGACUUCUCGCCGACGACAGCGGCCCACUCACGUGCAAAGCAUGUCCGUCUUUUAAAAAACGCAAAUUGUUGAAACUGACAUUUACGAAAUUUUACAGCCAUUUCCAGACUGAAUUUAAAUCGAUUAGAAAUUUCAGUGUUGAACAAUCGUAGAUCAACAAUAAGUAUGUCCGUCGUUUUCAAAUCGCGUUUUCGAAUAACAAAUACCUAUAUUGACAGUUAAUUAGUACGUGUUCCCCCGGUGCGAAACAUUAUUAGACGGUUGUUUGCCCCGUUUCGAACCGUCAGCGGUCUCAAUAAUUACGGCAGUGUGUAAUAAUAUACGCGUAUUAUAGGUACCCGCAAUAAUAAUCAAAUGCAGUAAAUAAUUUUCCGUAAUUAAUCACCGUUCGUCAGACCUUUGACACCGCGACGGUUUUAAUCGCGUUCUCCCACUUAUUAUUAUUUAUUAUUUUUUUUUUUUCGUUUGCGAUGCACAGGUGCUCUAGAUACGUGGACAGUAAACAUCGUUCCCAAAAGCUCGAGCAAAAACGGAAGGUAUCAAAACCAACCGAUCGUCAAAUGCGUAACGAAACCGUUCGAGCAAACGUUCCGACUACAGGUACCUGUAACAAUACACGUAUUUAAUCGAUACGGCGCAUUACGAUUGAUUUUUUUUUUUUUUUUUUUUUUUUGUUUUUCGAUUGCUAAUAUCUCCGUCGGUUUUCGUUUCCGUGAUAUACAGGUGCAUUUGCCGAGAAAUCAACUGUACGUGGCCCGGAUAAGUCCGAAAACGCAGCUCAGCCAGAUUCUCAAACAAGUGUGUUUCGAGAAAAAUCUCGACUCGGCCAAGUAUACGCUACGUAAACCAGGUACGAUAUGAUUAAUUAAUUCGCAAGACCACACAAACCACUCUGUAACAUAUUUCUCGUCGCGGUUAGGCACUUGCGCAUAAGAGCGGUACGGUUCGGCCGUAAUUGUUGUACCGGCGCUGACUGAGCGAAAUUGCGUCGUUCGAAAAUCUGCUGGGAAAACAGAUCGCGACGCGUUCUCAGGGCGGAAUUAUCGAAUUUAAACGCGGACGCGACGAAAAUUUCCAGAAAAAAUCGCUUUCGGCGCGUCGAUUUCCCCCCCCCUCCCAACAGACAGUUGUUACUGUCGUGUUGUGUUUGUUUUGUUUUUUUUUUCUCAAUCGCUCUGUGGCUUUUUCAUGUCGCCACCCAGAGUCAAACCGAUACCGGUAUAAACGCGGAUAAAAUAUAUACCAUCACUAUUAUUAUUAGCGUCCUCUCGAUAGAUAUUUCACGUCUCGCGCUUCAAAUCGAACACGCUGUACGAGUAUAAUAUUGUCUAUCUAAUUACGAACGCCGACAGCUUAAAUAUUAAAAUUUUAUAGUCGAAGAUUACGGGUUUUUAUUAUUAUUAUUAUCGUUUUUUUUUUCUCAACGAAAAACCUAAAACACUCGUGUCGCAUAAUAUAAUAUUAUGCCGACAAAAACUUUUAUCCGAGUGCCGGUUAGUAAUUAUUCUUACUGCGCCUACCGAAUAAUCGGAUUGAUUAAAAAUGUUUUCAAAAAAAAAAAACCCGAUUAUUCUGUCGUGUAUAUACGUAUGCAUUACGUAAACCGCGUAAUCGUAUAAUGCAGUCAAUUUUUUUUUUUAUUUUUUUUUUCGCUAGAGAUAUCAAUUCGAUAUAUACAGGUAUUAAUUAUGGUUUAUUGUACGCGGCGUGACCUUAUAAUAAAUAGUUUUACUGAUAGCCGCGGUACCUGUCGGUGCGUCGCUGGAGGGUGGGUGGGUCGGAGAGGGGGCAGAAAAAUACACACACACACACACACACACAUACACACGGUGUAUCUCAAACGUCAGUCCGGUUGCGUAAAACACGGCGGAAAAAAACUUAUUUCGAUCCGUUCGAACGCGUUGUAAUAGCAUAAUAUUUUGCGGUGCACGCAGACGGCGAUUUUUUUACUAAACGCCGGUCUUAUACCGUUUAAUAUUAUCCGCGUUAACCGCAACGGCGCACGUCAGCUGUGAUAAUUUACGGUACAUGAGAUUGCGCGCGCUAUUGAUAAGAACACCGGCAAUAAUAUUAUUGCGUAUUUAUUUACGACCGUAAUAAAGUUCACGCCGGGGCGUGGCGCCCAAACUAUGAGUCUCCGCAAUGUGAUAAACGACAACGCGAUGACCGUGGAAAAAUGUUCGACAAAUCCGGUCGUUUUUUUUUUUGUAUUUGGCAAAACCGUGCUGAGCCGUUUGCCGCCCGGGCGCACGGAUGAUUGUCGUGCGCCCCUUUAACCCGGGCCCCUUAACGCGAGGAUGAUCUGGGAGGGGAUUAAUUUUCCCUACCCCACGCACCUGCAAUUUGUUGUUUUUUUUUAAAAAAAAAAUUCAAAAUAAUUGUAAAAAUACCAAAAACAAAUAAAAAUGCACACAUAUAAUUAUACGGCUCGCGGGGGGGAGGGGGACAAUAAACCCUCCGUCGUCCUCCCGCAGAUAAACCACCGGGUCGAUAUUGAUAAAUUCGUGAAGCGCUGUCAUUGCGUAUUAUUAGGGCCGUUCGCUCUAAGCCAAUUUUUUAGAACGGCGCAUUGUCGAAAACAACUUUUAACAACUUAUAAACAUUUAGAAUAAUAUAUUUUGUUCUUACAAAUAUGUUUAACUACAACCGCAACGGGUUUUUUGGAUCGAUAUCGGUUGGGUACUGACGCUUAGGUGUAUCUCAAACUGGGUCUAAAAUCCACGGACGGAGAAUCGAUAGCCCGCGUACGGAUGCGGGGCCGCAAUGAAUAUCUCGCGUAAUAACCGCAUGCACCGUUAAUAUUUUCGAUUAAAACAUCGGAUUAAAAAUAAAACCAACAGGAAUAAUAAAGAAACGGCUGUUUUCCUGUAAACUGUUUAUGGUUUUUAAGACCGACGACGCUCAAUUAGUACUAUGGGGGCGCCGAGCUCACUUCAAGCACCUCCUACAGUUGCGCCUGUGAAUCACCUUGUGUACCACAAUUUACUCCUCGUCUUUUACGGGCAAUUAUGGAAAUGCGUUCGAUCCGGUAAGAAUAAUGUCGUGAUACGAUAUUGAACAUAUCCGCGGAGACGUAUAACCGAAGGCGACGAUGAAAGACGCGCGAUGAGAGCGUGGCCGGGGGCGGGAUAUAGGGAAAAACACGGGGAUCUAAAAAGAAUUAGACUACAACAGAGAGGCGUGGAGACAGACAAAAUAUGGUCUCGGGCGUCACCGUUCGUGCUGCGAUGCGAGGAUGAAUAACAAUUUGUAUUUAUAAACUAUACGACGCGUCGCUUGUAUAUUGGAUCAAAUACGAAUAAUAUUAUAAAAUAUCGUUGUGCUGACGAUCUCUGUACGGGAGGGGGGGGGGUAUCACAUCUGUGCGCGGGAAGAUUUAUGACGACGCUUGUUCGACACGCCCGCGACGUCGCGAACGAUUAGGAUUUAACAUCUAACGGAGAUUUUCUCAAAACUUCUCUGGCUGUAAACAUCGCUCGAUCGUCUCUAUUAUUAUUCGUAUGUCGAACGCUGCGGUCCGGCGGUUCUGUGCGGAAAAUAUGCGUUUAUACGCACGCCGAAAAAAGAAAACUACGACUGAUUGGAAUUUUGCGUAUUGACAAAAGCCGAAAUGCUCGGGACACACUACACUAUCGGACAGUACUUUGCCUUUGGCCUUUGUAAAGGCCGCGGAGAUAAGCUGCGGCGCGACUCGAGUCUUAUUGUGUGGACCCUAAAGUCGAAUACAAAUUGUUGGGCUCCCACCCGAGCUUCCGAACCUUUCGACUUUUACCCCAUAGACGUCGAUUAUAAAUAAUAAUAACAAUAAUAAAAUAUUGUGAAAUUCGAAAAAAAAAAAAAAAAAACUAUACCUUCUAUCGUUUGUCCUUUCUGGCGGCCGCUCGCUAGUUGCGCCGCUGAGGAUAAAGACGGGUGAAGACGUACAGUUACGCAAAGGACGCGGACCUAAUCUGAUUUCGGCGACGGGUACGAGCCGUCAGACCUUAACUGUGAUCCCGGAGGCCGAACAAACCCUACAAACAAUAACAAUAUUAUGCAGACGUAUUCGUCAUUUGGUUAUAAAUCUGCGCUCGAAAUUUUCAAACUCGCGUGCAGACUCAGGCAGAAAUACUUUAAAAACAAUAGUGUAUUUUAAAAAUAAUCCGAACACCCCGAAGUUCGGGUGUCUUGAGGAAACUAUAAAUAUCAAACGGUAACAGGUAUAUCAGCUAAAGGCAACGCAAUUGUAUACGCAUUGCAUCUUAGCCGGAGGAAAUUUCGAGAAAACGCUUUGAACCGAAUAUCACAUCUUCACAAGUUAAACGUUUAACGCUCUGAAACGAGACCGAGAAAAAGUAUUUUUUUUGUUCUUUUUUUUUCAACGAGUAAAAUACGUAAAAAAAACUAUUGGUAAUUCUGUCCAGAAAAGUAUUUCGAGUACAGCAUGCGGCCGAGCAUUUCACUUCGGGAAUACUAACGUCUGUCCGUGCGCUACGUACGCCGGAUUCAAAUUUCGUCCGGGUACGUUUAAUGAAAAACCGUAAUAUUUUACGUUUAAAAACUGUGCGAAUUUCCAUAUUGUAUUGACUGCGGGCGAUUGUUGUUCGUCCGUCGUAAUCUCUCCGUCGUUUCAACACGCGGAAACCGUUCGAAAUCUCUCUCACUCUCUCUCUCUCUCUAAUUUUUUUUUUUUUUUUUUUUAUCCCUCUUCGUUGUCGUGGUCGCGCCUAUAAAUUGUGUACGCCUCGGAACAGGUGCGCUGAACACAAUAUUGUCUGCACCCGAAAAAAAUUCCGCGCGUUGUUCGAGCGCUCGCGUUAUCUUAUCGGCCCCCGUCACGGAAUAAUAAUUAUUGUGCCGCGUGUAGACCGCGGGUAAAAAACAAAAAAAAAACCUUUUUCUACGACGGAACAGAAGUUUUCACGCAGUACCACGCCGCCGCCGCCAUUUAACCGCGACAAUCGUUAUGUUACUAUAUAAUACUACGUUACUGGCGUACAAUGAUUUUUUUUUUUUUUUUUUUUUUUUUAAAUUUUUUUUUUGAUUUUUACGAAUUCCAGACAAACUCAACGAGCCGCUGGACCUGGGCAAAUCGCUGGUCGAUUACAAAAUACAACAGUUGUCGCUGGUGUUGAAUACCAAUCGCACGCUCAUCGGCGGCCUCUCGUCGGACGACAUCAUGCAGUCCCGGCCGCCCAAACAGUUUUCGGUAACGUACACGCAAAACGCAAUGACAACUAAAAAAAACCGCACGCGCGUACGUCGCGUUUUAUUGUAAUGCGCCGCGACGUCGUAAUAACAUUACGGAAUUCUCGUCGACGGUUUUUUUGUUUUUUUUUCGUUUAUUUUUUUCCGUACGAAUUUCGCGAAUUCCUAAUGCGCGACAAUAAUAAUUUUUAUCUAACGAACGCGGCGAUUGUCGUUUAGACCGGAGACGCACGUUUCGAAUGGGCGGCGCGGGGGGGAAUAUUUUAUUUAAAAAAAAAACCAACGUACACAGUUAUUACUAUACACUAUAAUUGUUUUAUUAUUUUUUUUUUUUGUCUAUUUUUUAUCCGUACAGUGCGACGACAGUCUGAGCAGCGGCAGCUUGGGCGGUAGAAGUCUGAGCCCGACCAGAUCGGACGAAUCCUCGGACACGCCGCGCAGUCGUCCGCUGAUGGUAAAAGUGUUGCCGUCCAGGCCGGUCCGAAAACGAAGACUGGCCCCGAAACCGCCGUCGGUAAAUAUAACUCGCCAACGAAUUUUCUAAAAAAAAAAAACAAACAAACAAACAACCGCGAUCGGAAUCAAAUUUAAACGUUUUUUUUUUUUGUUUUUUUUUUUUUAUCCGCCCCUCCUACCAUGCAGCAACAACGAAACGCUUCGGAACAAACGAUCAUUUCGCAUUCGCGGAACAGCUCCGACAGCAGCGGAUAUCACGAAUCGUCGGUCCUCAGCGACGCCGUAGAUUGCAGGUACGCUUCUUUUUUCUUUUUCUUUUUUCGUAUAUAUAAAUAUUCGAAAACGAGAUAUUUUCGUAUCGAAAUGUCGACGGUGAUUCGGACAUUCGGGAUAAUCGAUAUUUUUUUUUUUAAUUUUUCGUCGCGGUGCUCCACAGCAUCGGGAUGGCCAGGCCCGGGAAAUUGCAGUCUCCCGUCAAACCGUCCGGACCGACUAUAUCGCGUUCGAUGACCAAUCUCCAGGGUUGCGGAAAAAACCAGAACCUAUACACCGAAAUACCUUUCGCGUCCAACACCAUAAGCCAAUCAAAACACUCCGUUUCGACCACGUCGCUUAUAUCCAUCCAAAGUGAGUGAAAUAUAAUAUGAUAUACGUAAUUAGGUGUACGUCACACUCGAAAGCUGCAGGGUGCGAUUACUAAAGUUUAACGAGUUUAAAACUGUAAACUAUCCUUGUCAAUCAGUUUCAAAUAGGUAUAAAUUAAUUUUAAAAAAUAAUAAUAAUAAUAGAACGUUAGAGACCACGGCAGCCGUUUAUUUGAAUUGAUAAUUUUUACUUUUUUUUAUUUAUUCGGUUAAAAUUUAACUCUUUUCAAAAAAAAAAAAAAGUAAUUUACGAGUUUUACGCAUUAUAAACUGCGUGGGUAAAAUCGAAUUACACUCUGGUCAAGAAAACAUUUAAAAACCAUCGUUUCCCUUCUCAUUUACAAGCGUACACACUUUUUAAUUAAAUAUAAUGUUUAAAAUAAUAGAGCUGAUGCUUAGGACGGGUGUGCCACUGUUUUAGGUGAGGUGUUGGACAGAUAGGAAACAUAUACAAGUAAAUAUACACCCGUUGUUCCGGUGAUAAACCGUUGUUAAUAAAAAACGAUUUCUGAACGCAUUCCGAUUAUACACGUUUUGAAAUGCCGUGAUUGUAAUGAUUUCCGUCGAAAUUUUAACUCGCAUAAAAUAUUCGACUGCGUUGCAUUUUAUUUUUUUUUUAUUUUUUUGUUUGACCCUCAGUUCAAUACUUACAAUAAUUCUCUAGCUAAAUGUUCAAGCAUUGCUGUUUGCUCGAAAAAUUUUGUCCGCUUAUAGUACCUACCAAGUAAAAACUACAUACAAUAAACUCGAAAAUAUAAAAGGCGAUAUAUAAUUUGUUUGACAAAAUUUCAAAUUUCUACGAAUAUUUUUAACUGACUAAAAAAAAAACUCGUCACAUUGUAAAACCAAUGGAUCCUUCGUUAAACUCAGAAUCUAGAAAAAAAAAAUUAUUUUUUAACCACGCUAUUGAUUAGAAUCAUUGUCAGAGCCUGUACGUGGGAAGGGAAAUUAGUGUUUUCAAACGUUUUUUUCAAAACGUAUGCAAAUCGACCAUAUUUUAAUUUAGGUGAAACUGCAGUCCGACCGUCCCAAAAACUGUUUACCUAUGUUUUUUCGCAUUUGUUUUUCGACGUAAAUUACGGAUUUUUUCUUUUUUCGUGAAUAUCGUCAUUAUCGCGUAACAAUAAGACGUGAAUCUGACUCAUGAUGCGGCAUAGCUAUGGAAUUACCCACACGAGUCUCGUUUAGUGAAUCUGUACAAAAAUCGAUUCGACGAGUGGGGUACAAAAUAUCGCGUUCGUGUUUUUUAACUUUUAACUCGAGUUUAUAUUAUUUCCGGAGCUCUUAUGACUCGCUUGCUCAAAUUAAUUAAUGUAUUUUUAAAAUCAUCUGAGACAAAGUUUUUUUUUUUGGGCGGGGGAGUGUGAGACGGAGGGGCGGCUAUAUAUAUUAAUUUCUCAAACUGGUUUUUAAAAAAAUCAAUCAACUCGCCCAGCUUUGUGUUCGUAUGACCGUGAAAAAUUAUCGCAAUUGUAUUGUUUAAUAUUAUACACAGAGUGAACACUCGUGAUAGUACCGCGUCUUGAUUUUCUACGAUCGUUUGCGACUUUUAUUUGAUUGGCCCUAAACGUUUAAUAAUCGGUCAAACCGCUGUCGACUUUUGAUUUCCGGACAACAUAGCGUAUUUAUAAUAAAAACAGAUGGGCGUGUUAUAGUCUCAUAAAUUAUCUUUCGGCGUUGAAAUUCCCGCCAAAAAGUCGAUAGUUUUUCGUUAUAACUACGAGCGCUCCUCGCCAUCGGUGGUGGCGCGACAAAAGCAUGUCUGAAUCGUGCGAAAAACAAAAACGCGUGGGCUGGUGGGUAUUCGGAAAUAUAAAAAAAAAAAAAAAAAAACACCACCGCGGAAAUUCGAUAAAUUUAAAUGGUAAAGGGGGGGGGGGGGGGAAAUUAAAUCGUUGAUUCGGUGUAAACAAAAAACUGCGCGCCGCCGCCGCCGCUGAUAAUAAUAUUAUUGUUUUAUCCGUCGCGUUGCGUGCACACAGGUCGCAAGAAGAAAGCCGCGCCGCCGCCGCCGCCGCUGGCCAACUGCAGGCCCAAACUGGCGCCGCCGCAAGAAGAACCCGAACGCGAACAGGAGGCGCAACAGCGGAAAUCGCAAACGCUGCCGGCCGCGGCCGCCGCGAAAAUGCGCAUGGCCGACGCGCAAGAAAAAUCGAAAACCGUGUCCAGAAUAGAACUGAACAACAACGUAGUGGUCGAACCCAACCUGUCCCCAGCCACGUCCUCGUUGUCGUCGCUUAGUCGUUCCGAUGUAGAUAGAGGUACGUUACCGCGCACGCCACGGCCCGCCGCCGGUGUCCUUAGAUAUUCCAAAAUGCCCUUGAGCUUCGUGUCCGGCGAACCGGGCCGCGGCCCUGCCGCCGGCAACCGCGACCCCCCGGUUUUCGGUGACGGCGGUAAUAAAUACAAAACCGAGUCCUGGAACAAGUUCUUGGAACAUCUAAACGACGUUUUGGCUUGCAAAAACGCGGAAUACGUUUAGAGCCCGCGAUAAAUAAUAACAAUAACGAUCGUAUACUGUAUACACUUAUCUGUGCACUGUUAUCUAUCUAUAUAUAUAUAUUUAUACAAACGCCUAGAAUACAAUGUAAUUAUAUUUGUGUACGCGCUUGCAAUACCGUUUUGUUUUUUUUUUUUUUUUGUUUUCAUAUUACUUAUUGCCGUGUAAUACUCGCCUACGGCCUCGUCUCCUCGUUUCGUUUUCCUUCUCGCGCCUAACCGCCAACGUACGCAAUCCGAACCCCGGCUUGCUUGCUCGCUUGCGUAUUUAACGUAGUGUGUGUAUAUAUUGAAAUCCUAUAUCUAGAUCCGACCGAACCGCCCGCCACGCCUACCGAGCCCUCGGUCGCGGCGGUAGGUUGUAAAUACUCGCCGGCCACGAGACCGAAAGGGCCGGCGCCCAGACCGCCGGCGCGAUCUUCGUCGGCGGUAAAGCGACCCGCGGAGCCGUCCGAUCCGCGACCCGCUGACGGCGGUUUCACUGCCGCCACUGCCGCCGCCACUACUACUGCUGCCGCUGCUGCUACCACUUCUACUACUACUACUACUACUACUACAACUACUACUACUACCACCACUACUGCCGCCACUACCGCCGCUACUAUCACGGUACCCCGGUUAUCUUCAGGUGCUUUACACUAAACUGUUCUUCUUUCGUUUUUAUUUUUAUCUCUACGCCGCUUGAUACGCUCUUUUUAUUUAAGUUUUACGGUGUCCGGGGAACUAUUGUACCGCGUCUAAUAGUAUAUAGUUUGGAAAAAUCCUCGACGGAAAUAUUAAUCGGUUCCUAUUGAUUGUGUGGGCACGGUCUCGUGCCGAAUACAGGUAACUCUACGGCGGACGAAGACGACGACUUGCGCAUGGACGACGAGGAGAUCGAUCGCAUCUUCGGGGACGCGACCAGCGGAUACGACACGCCGUCCAUCGUGACGGUCAGGGAAAACAACGGGGAAAUGUCCGACAUCAUCGACUGGGAGUACAAACUGCCGGACCCGCCGUCGGCGUUCCGCGACAACAACGACCGUUCGCCCGCGGUGACCGUGUUCGACACGGUCACCAUCGGCAAUCAUCUGAAAGACGUCGUGCUCAUCGACGAACCGUGCGACGGCGCGGCCGCCGCGUCGCCGCCGCCGCCGGCCGAGUCGCGGGAAGACCGCGGCGUCUUGACCGAAGAGUCCGUGAAGAAAAUCAUCGGGGACGAGUACCACUGUUUCCCGCAGGACUCGGGAGUCGGUUCGGACGAUUCGUCGUUGCCGUCGAGCUGCGAGGAAAAACUGCACGCGGACGAAAAACCGGCCAAGACGGCCGCCGAACCCUGCAAAGAGUCCAAGCUGAACAAUUUCAAAAUCGUCGCCUACGACGAGGACUGCGGCCCGACCAGGCCCACGGAAAUAUUCUGCGACGAGUCGGUGAAAACGUGGAAGACGACGCAAAUGGCCCGGGAGUCGAACCCCGCGUACAACAGACCGCCAACCGGAUCGUCCAACCCGGUCAACAGGCACAAGUCGUUCAGCAUGGACAGAACGAAUCUGGCGGUCACCGUGAAACGGAGUACGUCGCACAUAAGUCUGUUGAGCGGCAACAUCAAACCGUCCAAUCGGUUGGCCAAACACCACUACAUCGGACGGACCUAUUCUACCGAACGGCUCGACGGUUACGAAGACGACCGGUUCGUAAAAAGAUCGUUCAGCGUGGACAACAUAACGGAAGGUUAGUAGCGCCGGAAAGCACUGCAGCCGUGCACGGGGCGGUCGACGUAACGCGCAAGGCGCUGAUCGUUGUCCCGGAAUCGUGUCGAACUUUUUUCGGAAUUUGUUUCUCGGGCCGUUUCGGAAAAACGAGUGGCUCCACAACGUUACAUUACGGUCAUUUUCGGUCGCCCCUCGGGGGGGGGAGGAGGGUGAAACCCUACAGACUUUCGAUUUUCAAACGGCAAUCUUUACCGCCGUACACAAUUCCCGUGAACAGCCGGAGUUCAGUGCGUAAUUUAAAUACACGUCGGUGUUGAAACGUCUGACUUUCGUCAACCCGUUGACGGGAUAUUUCAGUUUUGAGUUUUAAGCGAGGCGAGAGCGGGUGUUUAAACGCCACGCGCCGCCACACAAAUGAUGUUCCGUCACUGUUGUUCCCCCGCCGAAGCAUAAAAGCGGAAUGACGCUGACGGAAAUUAAAAAUGUCAACACGAAAAUUGAUUUGAACGUAUUACUCCGUUUGGUUAUGACAAUUAUCGUUUAAUACAGGUCGCUGUUUGAAAAUCGAAAUCAGAUAACGGUUUCAACCCCCUAAAAAAAAAAAAACGGACGCGCUUCGUACGAUUUGUGAGCCGCUGUUGUAGCGGAAAUUUAAUACAUAUUUAUACGUAAACAUUAAUCGUUGCUAACGUUAAACGGAUUUUCAGCGACGAGUUCGGUUGUAGGUAUAUGUUUUGAAAGGCCGUAAUAUUUACGAUUUGAAAAUAAUACAUUUCGUUCGUUUUCCCGGUCCCCCCCCCCAUUUAUUAUUAACACCCCUGCAGGGGGGAAAAUCACAAAAUGAUCUACUCCAGUCAAAUUUCCUUUCAAAAAAAAAAAGUGCUACACUUAGAAAUCGAAUCAAACAAAGUUGUUCACAGCAAAAAAAUAACCAAAAGCCAUUGUAAAACCAAUAUAUUCCUCGGCCCGCUCAGAAUCUAAAAUAAAUACGACAAAAAAAUGAGUGACGUAACACUUGUGAGCUAUUUUUCUUCUCAAAUGUCCUAAAAACCGAAUUCCGAAAAAAGUCAAUACUUUUCGACAUACUGUUAUGUUGAUCGCCCUGUAUUCGAUAAGAGAGCCGUACAAUUGUAAAUACAACUAUGUAUGUAGGAGUGGCGUAUAAGCGAACUAAUAGCGCUAGCUGUGCACAACCCACGGGCGUUUACGCUAUAGAACGUUAGAAAACUCGCAAAAUGGCAGCACCCGUAAAAACUGUUCUCUGGUCGUAACCGCUGGCGGAUUUACGGGAGAUCCGAGGGAGGGGGGAGGGGGUCUUGAACAGUGGCGCAUUUAGGGGUGGGCGAUCAUUUAAUAGCAUCAUUUAUUAACAGACAGAUUAAUCCAUGGUUUUAUUUUGCUAAGUAAUAGGCAAUUGUUGUAUAAAAGGACCGUGAGUAAUUUUAUGUCGAGUACGGUCGCCUUCUGUAUAGACUAUUUUCUAUAUUGUGUUGCCUGCACUUAGUGCCCUCAAGUAAUAAGUGUUGACAAAUCAUCGUGUAAAAUCAUUUCGAGAUGAAUGCGACACGAGUUAAACGUAUGAAAUAUAAGUGGGUGAAAAUCAGUAGGAGGGGAGGGAGUAGCGAUGAAAUUAUUUCGCCACGGAGCGCAUAUAUUCUGAAUGCGCCCUCCCCCCCCCACAUACACACACUGAUCUUGAUCCUUCCCACACAAGACAUCGAUAUAAUUUCAAUGACAUGUCAUCUAAAAAAGAGAUAUCUAACGAUAGACGCCGUUGAAAUACGUGUUAUUUUUCGGAACCCCUCCCGGAAAAAUGCUGAAAAUCCGUCACUGGUCAUAAUACAAGCGCUUUAAUAGCAGCACUAUGUUAUUGCGUAUAUACAUAGUUGUUGUCCGCAUCAGACGAUCAUUUAUCAGUAUUGAUAUGGACGCGUUCAACGUGCAUAGUUGAUUUUUUUUUUUUUUUUCUUCAUUUGCAGACGUUCAAGAAAGUAGCCAAGACGAUUGCGAGAACGAAAUAGUACCGAAAAAAAUCGAACCCACUUUGGAACAGACUUCCCCACUGCAUUCCCUUCAGGUAAUUUCUAUUGAUCUCGUCGGAGCUAACAGGAAACAAAACUGAUUUCCGGAGCAAAUCACUGUAACCGUUUACUUAAGUAAUUUUAAAAGUAAUGCAUCGGCGAUAAGUUCCGAGUGACCCGGCAAUCGAGGAGUUGCGUCAACAGCCUAAGUGAUACCUUUACGUUUCGAGCAUUGCCAAAUCUGAGCGCAACAUUUUACUAUGACGUGUGUUUUGUGUGUGUGUCAGUUGACGGACUUUUUUUUUUUUUAUAAGCAUUUCGAGUUUAAAUUCGAACGAAAAUCGUGUAAACCACGGCAUUGCAAAACGGCGUUUAAUCGAACUCCGUUCAGAAUCGUUUUUCGCGAGAAAAGAUUUUCGGAUAAAAUCCGAUCGCCUACCAGAAUUAUUAGAAAUUAGAAAUUAAUUUUGUCAAAUCGACCUUAACAUAUGUAUCUAAAUAUAUGCUUGACCGAAUUGUUUUUCAGAUUUUAAAAUCGAUAUUGCCCCAAAUCGAAGAUCGCAAAUCCCGAGCAAAAGACGAGGACAAAAGGUACGAACACGGCGAUAGAUUUCUUUGCGCGCGAUGCUUCCGUAUAUUACUAUAACGGCGACGAUUUCUAAUUUAAUUUAUUAUUUUUGUUUUUUUCCCCGUUUCCCGUUAUAGUUUCGGCCGAAUUUCCGGCGUACCCGCGAACGCGACUGUAACGGUGCCAUCCGUCGCGUGUCCGGCAAACGGUGACGGAAAUCGGUUCGGAGACGACAUCGCCUCGUCGGCGACGGGGAAAACUGUCGACCGUCACCCGCCGUGCUCGAGGGCCGGCUUUUCGCGGUCCGACCAUCGCGCGGAACGGCCGGCGGCGGACAGACAAGUUCCGGACGACAAGAAAUACUCGUACGCGGGACCGCCAAAGAUCAGCCUGUCCACGUGGAACGAACGUCCCAGGCGGCAGGUGAGCAUCAAGACGGACCGAGACUACGUGGUGGGCGUGGUCGGCAGGUAUCAGCAACAGCUGCAGCAGCAACAGCGGACGGAGCAACCGAAAAGGACGCCGGAGACGGACGGUGAGACAGCGGCGACGUCCAGGGUGCCGCCGGUGGUGAGAUCGGUAGAACUGAAAAAGCCGUACGCCGAACGGCUGUUGCAGCGGCGCACGGCCGCGAGUCCCGCGCUGGCUGCGCUGUCCGAAGCCGUUCGGGCCCAGGCGAAACUGAGCAACGGCCGCGCGGCCGACCCGAAACCCGCAGCCCUGGAAGAAAAACGACAGCGUUUCACCUACGGCAAGCUGACCGCGGGCGGCCGACCCGCGAGACCCAGGGAAACGGCGGCGGACCCCAGGGAGACGUUGCUCGAAUCGAUCCGGUCGUUCGGGGGCAGAGACAACCUGAGGAAGAUCAGAGCUUAAAAUCAUACUGUUAUAAUAUACCGAACGGCGGACAGGGGGGGGGAAAAAAAAUUAUAAAAGUUUUCGAAUCAAAACCGCGAAACCGCGUGCUGUCGUUAGGGGUUAGGUUAGGUUACCAGUACCGAUCGGCGCGGCGGUACCGUCAGAUUGGUCGAUUAUUGUUGUUAUUAUUAUUAUUAUUAUUAUUAUUAUUAUUAUUAUUAUUAUUAUAUUAUUAUUACUAUUGUUUUUGCAUUUUCGCCGCCGCCGAUUAUACGAAUUAUCGACAUAGUUGUUAACAAUACCGUCGGCUCCCGUUCGCGGUCGCCAAAUCCGAGGAGCGCCCCUCUGGAGCUGCGCAAUCCGGAGCGGUCGCGUUGACGCGUUCGACAUUAAUCCCCGGGCUACGUAGGUAACGAUAACAAUCGCGCGACACGUCCGAUACGUUUCGCACUCUCGGGGAACGCGUUUCGAACCGAACAUUUAUUUAAAUAUUGUUUUUAUUUUUUAUUUUUUUUUUCUCGUCUAUUCUAUUAGAUUCCGAACAGUUUCCGAAGAAACGAACGAUCGCUCUCGUCUCGGAGUUUUGUAUCACGUCACAACCGAAACGGACGGACAGAUAUUUCCCGUCCGCGGCGAGACGCGAUUUUUCGUCCGCGGGUGGGGGGGGUAGGGGAGGGCGGUCGGUCGGCCGGACCCGUCGAUAAAAACUGUACCGUUGUAUUGUUGUUUUCUAUUAUUAUUAUUAUUAUUGUUGUUGUUGUAGUUGUUGAGGGCCGACACGAAACGGCGCGGUCGUCAAUUAUUUCGACGCGUUUAUCCGCCGCCCCGCCCGCAGUCUGUCCGCGUUCGCGUUUCCGUUCGCCGCGCGCAUUUGUGUAACGUACCGUUUUACUGUUUGACAAUGCGUCGUGCACCAAUCGUAAAAUAUCGGAAAAUGUUUCCCUAAGCGGACGUUUUCUGAAUGUAUAUAAAAAAAAAUAAACCGCCCCGACAAUUUACAGACUAAUUAAUAUUAUUUAAUUUGAUUAUUAUUAUUAUUAUUAUUAUUAUUAUCGUGUACAUUAUUAUUAUUAUUAUUAUUAUUAUUAUUAU